AGCUUGCAGCAUUGCACCAUCGUUAUCAUUCAGUGAAAGAAUGUAUCAGUACAGGUGAAGCGUUCUAUUACCUGAAUUAGCCCCAAGUCACCCCAAUGUUCUAGAACCCACAGUGAUCGCAGAGCAGGGGAGAGUGCUCACCUUUACAGCUCUCUAUAACCUGAGGAGGGGACAGGAAGGAGGGACAGGAGGAGGAGAGAAGGUGUGGCUGCCUUACCUGCCUCUUACCUUUCUGGCUGGGCUAGGAAAAAAAAAAAAAAAAUCUUAAGGGGGGGAGGGGUGGAACCAAAAAAAAAAAAAGAAGAAUUUCCAGUAGCUCUAGUUCUGCCAUCUCUUUUCCCUUCCACACUUCACACACCUUUACCUGCACAGACCUGAAAGUCCAGUUUCUCCAGCGAGUUAGAAGAUAAAGGGAAAGUUCAUUGGAUCAAACAUGUCACAAGAAACGGACAAGUAAGUGAUCAUACUGGUUUUGGGAUCUGGUGGCUGAAGCUGGAAAGCAGUUGAAUCAUUCUCUCCUGCUGUUGGACUUAAUCUGAUGAGAGCCAAACUCAGGGAUCCCCCCUCACCCCAUCUCACUGAAGUGAAAAUGCAGAUAUAUGUUUUUGCAUGGGACUGUUCUGCCUGAGGUGUUUUUACAGAGGCUGGCCUGCUAUGAUCUGCUGGGGAAAGGAGAGUUUGGCUUUUGUCUUGCAUUGCAACAAAGGGCUUUUUAUUUAGCUGUAGAAACGGCCAUAUUCUAAGAUCUGUGUCAGUCUCCUGAACAGGUGGGCUGGAGGAUGAGAUAAAGAGGACUGUGUAUUUACUUAUUAAACAGAAUUGCCAGAAAUAGGUCACUUUUUGUAUUUUAUGAAGCAACAUGAGGUUGUGGCCACAGGGAAAUAUAGCAUAAACUAUUACUACUACUUUAAAAAAAAAAAAUCAUAUUUUUAUUCCCACAAUGUGAAUAUUAAUACUUUUUUUUUUUCUUUUCGUUUUUUAUAUUUUUAUUUUUCAUUUGAACUUGCUUUGUGUUCGGAGGAUGAGUAUAUGAUAGUAUUCAAUAAGGCAGAUGAGUAAACGUAUUGGUGAUUUCAUAUUUUAGUGCUUUUUGUUAGGGGUUUGAUGGGCUAGAAUUCUCAAAGGCAAUAAGAAAUGCCAACAUCUGAAAGUUUGCCAAAUAUAUCAUUUAUGGUUGGCGCUAAGGUUUGUGCAUAUUAAAAUUUAAACUCUAUAACGUUGUUCUGUGUUUUUUAACUAAAUUUUGAUUUAUUGGAUAGCAAAUUAAUUAUAUUGACUAUGUAACUUCAAACCAAAUAAUAAAUCAUGUUUAUAUGAUACUCUAUUUUGGAAUUUAAACUUUUGUGGAAGCCUUCUCUGAGCUAUGUUCUAUCAGUUUUAUUUGAUACAAUGAAUUUAUAUUUGUAAUACUUGAUCGUAAUGCUUUGAUUUGUUGGACAAUUUAUGGCCAGACACAGUUUAGCAUUAGAGUUAUUACUAGAUAAAAGCAUGAGUCAAGAUGAGCCCACUUUGGACCCAUUGCCAUCGAUUUCUUUGAAACCCCCACAAAUCAUCAAUAUUCCAAAUCUUUUGGGAAUGUGCUUCCUUUGCCAGUUGCAGCAAGUCAUCCAUCACUUAGUUGGACUAGCACUGUGAAGAUUUCUGUAAUCUGAUUCAAUGCCCCAGGCUGAAGUCUUAGGACUUGAAGACAAGUCAAGACAUUGAGUCUCCAGAGGCUUUCUGUCUUUCAUCUGCUUUAUUUCAUCCUUGCUUUAUUUUCCCAGCUAUUGUCCUCCGCCAAGGGAAUGCAAGAUGACCCACCAGCUCUUGGUGGACACCUGCCUUGGAAUGUUCAAUGAGCCACAACAUCUCCACAUGUUUGUUGACCUAGUCUUAGGGUUACCAAAUCCAGCAUGUUUUUAGCGACACACUUGAUUUUGUCAUAUCUAUAAAAAAAGUGUGAAAAGGGUUGCCUUGCAGUAUAUAUAAUGCAUAUUCUACAUGAUUUGUCAUUGCCCAAUUACUUAAUCUUAUACACCUUCUGAAUUCUACAUACUGCAGGGCAACCCUUUCCAUUGCUGACCAUCAAUAUGUAUGCGUGAUAUUUGUCCCUGAAAACGUGGUGGAUAUGGUAACCCUACCUAAUCUUAAAUCAACAUAUCUAUUAUUUUCGUGUAUACAAUACCUCCCUGGAAAUGUUAUUGCAGUUUUAGUCUUUCUGGAGUCCACCCGUUUGUGCUAUAAAAUGCUUCCAGCAUCAACAGACACGUUUCUGAUAUGACUGAUAUUUAAUGCAACAAGCUGGGACAGGUUAACACAGAAAUCUGAAUUACAGUGGUACUAGGAAAAUCUGCCAGGUUUUUGACUGUGGGGUGAAUGGAUUUUGGCUCUGAAAUCAGGUCUCCAGUAGCAUGCUUUAUAAAUAUUCAUAGGUGAAAACCUCGGCAAUCCAUUUUAAGAUUAAGAAUGUUUGGCAGGGGAUAGACUGUUCUUGCUACAGAGAUUUAUAUUCCCACCGUAUGCUUCAUUAUUAGUAUUAUUUUAUUAUUUAUAUAGCGCCAUCAGAUUCCGUAGCACUGUACAAUGGGAUGAAUUUAAUCCAAACUUAUUGUUAGGGCAUCCAAUCCUUUUGCUCCGUAACACCUGUGGCUCUGUUAUAACCUAUUCUGCAGGGGCCCCAAUAAUGAAAUUUUUGUUUGUUUUUGUGUAGCCCUCUUUCUGAGCAACACAAUAACCGAGAGAUUAAGUAGUUCUCUAACAUUGGAGUCUGCCACGACUUCAGAAUUAUGCAAGACGUGACAUACAGAUAGUUCAGUGCAAUGGUAGCAUGUUCCCCCAUUAUUGUGCUUUCUUUUCAUGGACACCCCAAGCAGACACAGCUUUGUUUACCAAUGGCGACUCUCUUGUCAUCAGAUUUAGAAUGAAGGAAACAGGAAUGUAUUAAUCUUUGUAGAAAUAUUAUUAUAUCUGGCAAUAAAAUCCUACUAUUUACAAAUGUUUGAGCUCUGCCUUUAGAAACAGCAUCUUUUUGGUUUAAAAGGUGUGUGUGUGUGUGUGUGUGUGUGUCAGAUGUAUCUAGCCAAUCAUUCUUCAACUUCAUUUUAAUGUAACUAUGUAUAGAACUUCUUAAUACCUUUGAAAUGAUGCAGGUAGACGUCAUUAUAAAGGAGAUUUGUACUGCUACUUGUUGUUGUAAAAUGUGCAUUUUCUUGAUAGUGACCAUCGCGUGAAUUCUGACUGUAUUCUGAUAUUUUCUCGUUGGGGUCUUUAACAUUUCUCUUGUAUCUCUCCACAGUACUAACUGCUUGUAGUCUAUUGCAGCAUUCUAUACAGCAAAACAGUAUCUCGUAAGCAAGUCCAAUAACUGUUACGAUCCUAUCUGAACUUCUUGUUGUGAUCUUUCAAAACAAGCUGACCUUCUCAAUAUGGGAAAGUUGUCUUAGAAGCUAUUAUUUUUAAACCUUGAUUUUACUGAAGGUAAUCCUUUUUUAAGUCAACAAUUGCAUAAACUGAAGAGUGGUUGCCAUUUUGAUCUGUCAAAAAUAUCUCCCAGGUCAGGCUUACUUGGAAUACAUUUCUGGAGACAUUUAUCCUGCGGCAUAAAUAUACUGGAGAAGGUUCAAGGAAUUGUUACUGGAAUGGUUUCAAAGAUACUGAAAGACGCGCGCACACACACACACACACACACACACACACCACACCCACUCCAGUGAACAUGUUACACGGUUUUAGCAUCAUGGUGAUGAGCGUUACAGCACCCUACUCGUUACAAUCUCAUAUUGAUUGUAAGCUCACUGGCCGACUUGAUUAUACUUUGUAAAUGACAGACAUAGCAUUGAAGCCACAGAUAGUGAUUUUUAUCAUUUGUUUUGUAUCCCUUUUUUCUUAAACACACCCAUGUGUUUUUUGCUUUAAAGGCUCUAGAUACUGUACAAUUCUUAUUUAUGAUUAGAAGUCUAUGCAUAGCUGUUUGGCUGGGAAACCCAUUUUUUAAACUUCCAGUGGAACAGUUAUUGGACUGAGCCUACUUAUGUGAGGCAUUUUAGAACCUUCGUAGUGAGUGUUUAACUGAAAAAAGAGGAUUUUUUUUUUUUCGGAAUUAAGAGUUCAGUUUCUCACAUAGUCAGGACAGCUCUAGUAUGGGUAAAAUUUGACUGACUUUUUAAGAGAAAAAAGAGGCUUCCCAUAACUGAAAUAUUUUAACAAAUGUGCAGGAGGAGGACAUUUUCUGGAUUAAGUCAAUUCUCUCCAAAUAUAUGCAGAGCUAUUCGCUUAAGUGAGAACUGUCAGGAAUUCAAAUCAAAUUUAAGGUAAAAAUAGCCGAUGUAGAAACAUUCUCCAAGUCAUCUUUCAUAGGAGUUUGAUUACUAUGGUCUUCAAUUUGAAAUUCACUUUUUAAUUCCCAACAAUUCUCACUUUAGUCAAUAGCUGUGAUUGUGGUGCAGUGUUAGUGUUCACGAAGAUUCAUAUUAUAUGGUGGCGAAAGGUUAUGGUUGACUCCACAGAAGACAAGUAAAAAAAACAUAUGAAUUCUCAUACAUAUAAGAUAUGAUAUAAUACAAGGGUGAAUGAUUCUCCUUUUUAAAAAAAAAAAUAUUUAUUUUCUGUCGUAGUGUUUUUAUUAGAAUAGUCAGUGUUAUAAAUUCUACAUACAAUAAUUUGUCAUAGUGUCCUAUUUUACCAGAUAGUUUGUAGGAAACGUUCCGACAGGUUGAAGCAGCCAUGAUCUGUAGACCAUUUGUUGCAACAGUUAAAAGACCACUAUAGUGCCAGGAAAACAUACUCGUUUUCAUGGCUCUAUAGGGUCCUUGGGCCCCCCUCACCCUCAGGGUCUCCCUCCCGCCGGGCUCUAGGGUGAUGAAGGGAUUAAUUCCUUACUUUUUUUCCAGCGCCGGGCUUCCUCUGCGCUGGGGACUCUCCUCCUUUCCUGUCAUUGGCUGAAUGCGCAUGCGUGGUAUGAGCCGCACGCGCAUUCAGUCUCAUAGGAAAGCAUUCUCAAUGCUUUCCUAUGGACGCUGGCGUCUUCUCACUGUGACAAUCACAGUGAGAAGUGCCUCUAGCGGCUGUCAAUGAGAGCCACUAGAGGCUGGUUUAAUCCAUUUGUAAACAUAGCAGUUUCUCUGAAACUGCUAUGUUUACAGCAGAAAGGGUUAAUUCUAGAUGGACCUGGCACCCAGACACUUCAUUAAGCUGAAGGGGUCUGGGUGCCUAUAGUGGUCCUUUAAAAGUAAAAUAGUUUUUAAACUUGUCAUGAAUAAUGGGUCAUGUGACCCAUGGGUAUGUUUAUCAUAAACAUAGCUGGGCCUUAUGGCAGCUGCAAAUCACAUUUUACAAAGAGCAAGUCACUAUUUUAACACUAAGGAUUUUCAGAAUUUAUGUUGUCUCUAAAAUUAAAGUGUUCCAUUAACAGUACAGACAAUGUUUCAAAAAAUGACACUACACAAACCAUAAUCUAGACCCAUUUGAGGCACUCCAAGUUCUGAACCAAAACAAAACGUAAAAUUUGAGCUCUAUGUAUGAUCACCCAUAAUUUACCUCUUUCAUAUUAAGUACACCCAAACUUAAUAUAUCGUGUUGUUAAAGAGAAACAAGGCUUUCAUAUUACAUCAUAUAAAUAUAUCUAAACAUAACUUAAUAUGAAUAAAAUCUACAAUUGUGAGAAAUUAAGACAUUUUAUUUUCUAAGUUCUGCAUGGCAUUUAGCUGUGAAUGCCAUAAUACAGUUAGCGUUUACUGCAAUAAAAUACACAUAUGGAUGGUGUUUUGGAAAGUUACAGAGUCAAAUAAAGAGCUUGUCCUUUUCAGUUUUUACAUAUUGAAAUUUGCCAGAUUGGAAUGAGAAUUACCCUCAUCAUGGCAUACUAUUUGCAAAAGUAGACAACCCAGGGUAUUAAAAAAUGGGGUAGGUCCAGUCUUUUUUGCAUUUAAAAAACCUGGCCAAGUUAAUGUUUGUAUUUUGUUUUGUUUUUUCAUUUUGUUACACAAAAACUGCACUUUCACUGAUGAUAUCAUCAUCAUUAUAGGGGUUACUAGUCUAAAACACUCAUAUUUGUGUUCAACAAUGUCUCACAAGUACAACAGUACCCCAUGUACAGAUUUUAUGGGGUUUUGACAAAGUUACACUGUCAAAUAUAGGGCAUGCAAAUUCGCAGAAGUUUUCUGCCUAGGUUAACAGGCAGGUCCCUCAAAUUGCAAUUAAUAAAAUAAGAUGAUUUUUUAUUUAUAAAUACACUUUAGAUUUUUUAUAUAUAAACAAAGUCAAAUAGGAGCCCUCUCUUGGUUUUUUAAAUAUAUUUCAAAAGAUAUUCACCAGCUAUACAUCAACGUUUUGACCCUUCAGGGUCUUUAUCAAGUUAUCAUAGACCCGAGAUUCAUUUGUUGGCAUAGACAAUUUAAUUCCAGGGAAGAGUGGGAGAACCCCUUGAAGGCUGUUCCCCUGUCCACCAGACAUAUUCCCCCAGGAAGGGUGUUUCUUGGUAGGGAAUAUAGGAAAAGAGUUCUGAUGUCAAUAUGUUAGCAGUAAAGCCAGAAUGUCUGCAUCAUGAAAGAGGGGCAGGAAUGGAGGGUGAGAGCCUAUCUCCCAACAUCUCAAAUGGACACAGAAAUACAUUUAAUUUUAGGGGAGUAGGUGAGGUUGUGGUCAGAGGAGGUGCUGUUCUGAGAUAUCUUACUGAUAAUUUAUACGACUAAAAUGUAAUUAAGAACAAUGUAUCUUAUUGACACAGACUGAUUUCAAGCUUUAGAGACACAUUUCUGUGUCUGACAAGGCAGCGUUUAAAUUGCUGAGCCUACAGGGACAGGGUAUAGAUAUAACAACCACUAUAUUGAACUUUAGUGGUUCUGGUGACUGUAGUGUCACUUUAUUAAAAAUAAAAUCUGUGUAUACAAGUUAUAUUGCAUCUUGUUUUUUUUCACAAGUUGCUGACUGGGUAUAUAUAUAUGCUUGCUUUUGCAGAGUUAUUUGUGCUAUAUAUUUAUUAUAAAACCAGGAAAUAGUUGAAAACAAUAGAAAUCUCAAGGUAUGGUGGUGAUAAAACACUUUCUAAAUAAAAUAAACCCGAGUUAUGUAUGCUCGUUAAAGCAGAGUAACAUGCUUUAAUCUGUAUGCCAUAUAAUGGAAUCUACCAAUCUAAUCUCCCGUGAGUCAUUAAACAUGUUUUAUCUUGAUCCUUUUAGCUACAGAGUCUUCAAACAUGUCAAAUCUGGUUCGUUUUGGCCAUUAUGCAUAAUUGCCAGCAUUAAUCGAGAUCAGAGCUAUGCAUGAAAGGAAUGCCAGGGGAUGUGGUGGAAGCACAGGGCAGGAGGAAGUUUUAGACAAAGUAUCAAGAAAGUAUUUGAUUGGUCUAAAGACUAUUGUAUAUCUAAGAGUCCGUGGUUCAAAAAUAUAAUUACUCAUGCAAGUAUUAAAAUACUUUUUAUUUAAUUAGAGCUUUGGCUAAUGUUUAAAGCUUUCCUAGUGUUUGUAAGCGUCACGAUACAUUUAAAGUCGUUAAACAUAGAAAGGGCUCAACAUGUCUUGUCCUAUGUCCCUAACCAGCUGUAAAUAUUACUUGCCAUCACAUAUGGAUACGUUCGUACAAUGUCCAAAUCCAUAGGAUUUGAAGUGCAAGCGUGUCUUGUUACCAAUAAUUUAUUUAAUCUGGGGUAAUCUACGGUUGAUGUAACUGUCCCUUUCUGUUAUAGCUCUGAGUAACUUCUCUACCUUACAUAUUGAUUUGUGUUACAGUCACACCUAUAUCCUGACAACAAUCAAAUAGUUAUUUAUUAAAACGAGAGUUCAAAGUGAAUUUCAAAUUUAAGGCAGAGUAGCCAAAAGGGAUAACGGACUUUAAGAGUUUUUCCACUUUGACUAUUCUGACCUUGAAUUUGAAAUUCACUUUGCAUUCACUAUGAAUUCUCACAUUAGUGAAUAACAGAAAUCUUUUUACUUCUUGCCUAAUUUCUCUCCUGUUUCCUUGUCUUGUGUCACUAAUUGCGUUUUAAUCUGUCUUACUGUGGAUUCCUUUUUAAAUUAAUUUUUUCAAAACUUCAAAUUUCUCCUUCAUUGAAAAUGAAUCUUCCUUUGGCAAUUUCUCUUUAUGUAGGUAACAAAAAUAUUGCUGUUUAAGUUUUGCUCUUCCUGUUAUUGAAUAGUGGGGUACAUUUGAAAAGAUGUACUUGGCUAUACCAAUGAACAGAGUACUGUUUUCAACCUAUCAUAGCAUGCUAGUUGCAGGUAUGACUUGGUAUGGCUAAAGAAAAAUGUAAUCUCUCCCUUAAACUUAUUAUCAGUGUCGGCUGUGCUGUGGACUGUCAGGGAAGCUCAUUCGAUGUUAAACUGCUCGAAAAUGGUUUAACAGUGAAUAGAGGGACAGUGUCAGGGGGCACCAGGCACUAAAACCAAUUCAAUAUAAAUGGUUAUAGUAUAAAUUAAAUUAAAUUAACAGCAGCCUGGGGUUUAAUAAUUGACCAAAAAAUACUUUGAGAUGGUCUAGGAUGGUGGUACACUCAAUAGAUUUGCCUAGUCGCUUCUUUAAUGUGACUUGAUUUUUAUGCAGAUAAGUCCACAGUACUGCUUAUAAUUAUUCUGGUAUUAUAUCAGUAGCUUGUAGUAUUUAGUUGGCAUCUCGAUAUGUGUUCUGGUUCACACUACUGCAUUUAGAAUUUGGAACUGCAGUUCAAAAUAUCUUGUUUUGACAAGCCAUUGAAUUGGAUUCUAAAUAUUCCUAGAGAACUCGUUCCCUCUUCUAGAGAUGGCAAAAUAAAGAACCGUAUCUUUCUAUAUUAUUCUAUGGAAUAGGUUCAGGCUGAGAACUGGUUAAGAUGAAGAGAAAAUUAGGAGCAAUCCCAGAGUCUUCAUGUAUGAAAUAAAAGGUGGUUUGCAGAAUGUGUAGAAGUAGUGAGGCGUAUGAAUAGGUCACCUGGGCAUGCUCUAUACAAUUCUAGCUUUUAUUCUGGAUUCAAACUAAAGAUGUGACCAAUCCUCUUAUUCAUGCAUUCAUUAUUGCACUAUAUUGAAACCUACUUUAUAUCAGUGUCUCAAAUAACACCCUUUUGUAGUGUAUAAAGGAUACUGUUACUAUGGAAAAGCUUACCUUUUUCAAACACUUCUGUUUAUCAAUACUUAUAUUAUCUUCACACAUUACGUUCCUGAAGUAUAGAUUACUUCCAAUAAACAUUCAACUGAUGGUGUUUGACUGUGCUAUGCUGCAUUCCCCACCCCCAAAUCCCAAAAAUUCCUCAAUGGUGACACAAAUCAGUUUUCACUAAUCCAAAGGAGCUAUUGUGGUUUUUAGCAUAGUAAUGUAAAUGGUACAGUCAGAGUCCAAAGGUAAAUACUAUAUCAUCAUUAUUAUUAUUAUUAUUUUGUGUUUUAUAUAUAUAUAUAAUUAUUAUUUAUUAUUUUUAUUUUAUAUUUGUUGUUGUUUUUGUUUUGUUUAGACCCUUGAUUUAUGUCAUUUCAAAAUUCUAUACAAGAAAACCCCCCACAAAGAAUAGACCAGUCAGUGCUUUGAUGUUACAUUUAUUUAUCAAAAUGACAAAUUUGGGGGCUAAAAUGUUUAUGGACAAAGGACAAAAGUCUGCUUUUUUAUCAUACAGGGAAACUGUUUGUGUAUUUGCUAUUUAUCAACAUGUUAAUAGCUUACAAUGAACUAUUAACAAUGUCAUCAUAAAACAAUACCAACAUUCCAAUACUUUCUAACAUGACCAUGACUAUUAUUGGAUUAGUGUUUGCACAUGAGCAUGAUGAACACCACAAACACAGACACAAUAGACAUAGAGACAAAGAUAACUAGCAAUGUUUAGCUAAUUCCAUAUCAACUCCAUGUGUGCCAAUUAAGGACAAAACAAAAUCCAAAGAACAAGAACACAGUAACUAAAAUAUAACUAGAAAACCUGAUAACGUAAUAAAUACACGUGCGGUACCUAAAAUGUCUGAGGUAUCUGAAAGAAACAAAAAUACACCCCAGUAUCCAUGUGGAACAUAACAGGUUAAUGACAUAACGGUCACCAUAUAGCAUCAUUAUGGAUGUGGCAGUGUAGUUGUAAAGACCGACCCUUUUUUUUUCUUUCUUUCUUGCCCUGUAAAGGACCAUUAAAGUCACCCUGGCCACUUCAUCUCUCUGAAGUGCCCUCGGUGCUGUGGUCCUUUAGCUUUACUAUGGGCAAGCUUGGAUGCUUUGAGGAGCAUUGGAAUGGACCAUUGUGCAGAAGCCAGAAUGUUAAGCAGCACUGAGGGAGCAUCAACACUUAAAAAUGGUAAGAAAAAAAGCUUUAUUUUAUGUUUAUUUUUUGUACACACAGAAAGAGGGCCCAAUCUACCUAGCGACAGGGUCACUGAAGCGCUAAAAAUACAGGUUUGUAUUCCUAACACUUUAAAGUUCUUUUAACCUUGAGAUAUAGGCCUAUGGCGCCCAGUAUCAUAACUAUGAUCCUAUAUUUUUUUAUAUGAUGUUUAAUAAUUUUAUUUGUAAUUUAUUUAUUUUUAGUUUUUUUUUUACUUUAUUUUUCUUUUGCAAAGCCGUCUAAGAACUGUGAUUUGCUUACCCCUAAAUAUUAAUAGCUGUAAGGUAAUCAAGCUUGCAUCGGCACAAAAUGUUAUAUGUUAAUGUGUUGUAAUAAGUACUAAACCUAAUUUAACCAUACACCUCUGAAGCAUUGUUCUAAUAAAGGAAAAUGAUUGACACCAGUAUUACUGGGAUUACUUCAUAAUGAUACAUAAUUUAUGUCAGAAUUAAAGAAGCUAUUUACUAAAGAUGGUAUUCGAAAGGGGGACAGGACUGUACAUGGCUCUAAUCAUUAUAUAAAUUAAGCCAUAUUCUAUUAAAAAUGCUUGUCUUUGAAUGGAUUAGGAGUAAAAAAGUUGCAGUUGUAUUUUUGCAUACCUAAUCUGGUAAAAAUACUUCUAAACAAAUUAUUUUCACUUAUCCGAGCCCUUUCAUCUCUUUGUACCCCUGUUUACUGAAAUACUAUGAUGCUACCUGUCCUAAACAAGCCACUGAUGAGCAUUUGUGAUCUUUACUCCAACCCUGGUAAUAAAAAAGUCAUGUGGCGCAUUACUUAUGGGGUCCCCCAUGUAAACCCAGUAAAAAUCCUCUAAUAUUUACCUUAAUCCAGCACCAGGCAAAUUGGUGCUCCAUUCGAGACUUCGUCAUUGAAUCCUCCAACAUCACCAGAAACCAGGGGGAGAACUGACAGGCUCUGUCUUUGUAACUUUGUUUAUAAAUAAAUUAACUGAUGGUGCCUGAUCACACAAUAGCAACUUAUUUUCAAUGUUUUUUUUUUUUUUAUUAUUUGGAGAUGAUAGAGUUCUCUCACUCCUCCUCCCCCCUCCCCCCACACACAAAUGUAAGACGUUUAUAUACAUAGAGCAUUCAGAAAGUAUUUAGACUCCUUCAUUCUUUCACAUUUUUAGUGUUUUAGCCUUAUGCUUCAGUUAUUUAAAUAUUUUUCUUCUCAACAAUCUACACUCCAUAACCCUUAAUGAUUAAGCCAAAAAAAAAAAAAAAAAAUAUAUAUAUAUAUAUAUAUAUAUAUAUAUAUAUAUAUAUAUAUAUAUAUAUAUAUGACACCAUUGCAAAUGUAUUAAACUGAAAUAGCACAUUGACGUACAUACUCCGUUGUGUCGUUUCUACCAUUCACCUCUGCAGAUGAUCCUCUUAAUCUCUGUCAGAUUGGAUGGGACAGCCACUUCAGAGAUUCUCUUCAGAAAUGUUUGAUUGAAGUCCAGGCUCUGGCUGGAUCACUCAAGGAUUGUCAAAGAUUUGUCCUUACAACACUCUUGUGUUGUCUUAGUUGUGUGCUUAGUGUCAUUGUCCAUUUAAUACAUUUGCAAAGUUUUCAAACUUCAGAAUUAAAAUGUAGGAGUUUGAAUGUUUUUUUGAAUGCUGUGUGUUUGUUUAGAUUUCUAAUGUAAUUGUAUUUAUUUUGAAGGCACAUAGUAGGUAGCUUGUUUUUACGCGGCAGAAAAUAUACCAAGUUAAAACCGUUUCAGUUUAUUAGUAUAGAGCUUCACUGGAAGGUUUUUAGGGUAGUUGGAAAGCUGAGGAGGAUGGCAACUUGCUCAAUAUAGAUCUCCAACAUAUAGAGAGCAAGCGUGUCCAGGUACAGCAGUAGAGACCCAGGGCUGUGGUAUCGAAGAAUGGAAUUGAUUGGAAAGAAUAGCUGUUGUAACCUGAUACAUUGUAUGCAUCAUCUACUACACCGUACACACUCUUAUUUAUUUCCAAAAGUAACACGUUGAUGCUUUUUAAAAGGUAACCUUUACUAACUUUCUCAGUGACUCAAUACGGAAACACUUUUUUCCUUUUUUUUUUUUCUCACUUCAAUUAAUAAUUGCAAAUACCUUUUCUUUCUAUAAUUUUAUAUAUUCCUUCUGGCCUAUAGAAAGAAAAGGUAUUUGUAACUAUUAAUUUAUUGAGAUAUAUAUAUAUGUAUGUAUGUGUAUAUAUAUAUAUAUAUAUAUAUAUAUAUAUUAUAUGACUUUCCAUUGUUGAAUCACUAAUUCCUUUAUCAAACCUUUCUCCCAUCCUAGUCCUUAGCCUCAUUUCCCAUCACCCCUUUUAGUAAAUCAACUUUUUGACUCCCUAGGUAGAUUUAAUAUUCCCUGUCGGUCUUUUUUUGUGACAUAUCGGUGAUCUGAUCUGAUGUGACCUUUAUAUGUUAGAUUUUAGUGAUCACCAUGUCUCUGUAGAUCUUAUGCCACAAACGCUCAGAUUCUAAUUGAGCAAUUUAAUUUUUUACUUGCUCUUAGCAAUCCUAACAGCAUGUGAAGAACCUUUUAACAUAUCGGCUCACUGGUCCAUUUUUAUUCCACUCCUUAAUUCUAAGGAGCAGAUUAAUGUCACUGAUGUGCCUUCCUAGAAUUUGUCUCUAGAACAAGUUACAGCAUGAUCCACCCCUCCCUCCCCUUCUUCAAAAGCAAGAUUCACCUACAAAUCGCAUAGCACUAUUUUCUAGUAAUGAUGAAUUGGUGGGUGUGGGGGAUAUAGCAUAAUCAACAGUGCCGUGCCAGCCAUUGGUUUAGUCCCUAAUAAUCUAACAAUCUAUCCAACUAUGAGCAGAAAUAUAAAUUCAGACUUUUCUUUUUGUUUAAAACAAAAGCAAAUCUAGUAGUUUAUAUAAUGGAUUUGUAGCAAACCUAUGUUCCUAACGUUAUUGUGCUCCUGUCUCCUCUCCACCUCCUGCAACAUCAUCGAAGAGGCAUGGCCUACUCCGUGGUGGUCCAAUCCAAUGCUCCUCAUAAAGGGAGAGUUUGGGACCUAAUGCCACAUGCAUCCAAGCUUCUUCGUUCUAUUGGUUUCCGUGUCACGUGCCCAGGUAUAGAAACAUAGAAUGUGACGGCAGAUAAGAACCAUUCGGCCCAUCUAAUCUGCCCAAUUUAUUAAAAUACUUUCAUUAGUCCCUAGCCUUAUCUUAUAGUUAGGAUAGCCUUAUGCAUAUCCCAUACAUGCUUACCGUGUUUCUCCGAAAAUAAGCCCUACCCCGAAAAUAAGCCCUAGCUGGAUUAUCGGGGUGGGCUGCAAUAUAAGCCCUACCCCGAAAAUAAGACCUAGGCAGGGCCGGCAGCUGCCGGCCCUUUAAAUGUCUCAGCCGCCUGAGCGCUCUAUAGAGAGUACUCAGAUGGCUGCCGCGCUGCCUCACCUCCCCUUCCCUGUAGCAUGGCCGAGCUCCUCUCCGGUCCGCGACCCGCCCGGACUGACAGGAAGUGCACACUGGGUGUGCACUUCCUGUCAGUCCGACCGGGUCACAGACCGGACAGGAGCUCGGCCACGCUACAGGGGAGGUGCAGAGAAGAUUGGAGGUUGGGGGGGGGGAGAAUAUUACAGGGAGGGAGGGGAGAAUAUUACAGGGAGGGAGGGGAGAAUAUUACAGGGAGGGAGGGAGGGAGGGAUAAUACAGGGAGGGAGGGGGGAGAGUAUUACAGGAGGGAGGGAUAAUAUUACAGGGGUAUUACAGGAGAGGGGGGGGAGAGAGUAUUACAGGGAGGGAGUAUUACAGGGAGGGAGGGAGAAUAUUACAGGGAGGGAGGGGGAGAUAAUAUUACAGGGAGGGAGGGGAGAGUAUUACAGGGAGGGAGGGGGGAGAUAAUAUUACAGGGAGGGAGGGGAGGAGAGUAUUACAGGGAGGGAGGGGAGAAUAUUACAGGGAGGGGGAGGUGAGGGUCUCUAGGGGGGUUACACAGCGCGGACACCGGCUGACAGACUGGCUCUAAGCCCUACCCUGAAAAUAAGCCCUAGUGUGUUUUUUGUGACUAAAAUUAAUAUAAGACCCGGUCUUAUUUUCGGAGAAACACGGUAAACUCCUUUACUGUGUUAACCUCUACCACUUGAGCUGGAAGGCUAUUCCAUGCAUCCACUACCCUCUCAGUAAUGUAAUACUUCCUGAUAUUAUUUUUAAACCUUUGUCCCUCUAAUUUAAGACUAUGUCCUCUUGUUGUGGUAGUUUUUCUUCUUUUAUAUAUAGUCUCCUCCUUUACUGUGUUGAUUCCCUUUAUGUAUUUAAAUGUUUCUAUCAUAUCCCCCCUGUCUCGUCUUUCCUCCAAGCUAUACAUGUUAAGAUCCUUUAACCUUUUCUGGUAAUUUUUAUCCUGCAAUCCAUGAACCAGUUUAGUAGCCCUUCUCUGAACCCUCUCUAAGGUAUCAAUAUCCUUCUGAAGAUACGGUCUCCAGUACUGCGUACAAUACUCCAAGUGAGAGCUCACCAGUUUUCUUUGCAAUGGCAUGAGCACUUCCCUCUUUCUACUGCUAAUACCUCUCCCUAUACAACCAAGCAUUCUGCUAGCAUUUCCUGCUGCUCUAUUACAUUUUCUGCCUACCUUUAGGUCAUCAGAAAUAAUCACCCAUAAAUCCCUUUCUACAGAUGUUGAGGUUAGGACUCUAUCAAAUAUUCUGUACUCUGCCCUUGGGUUUUUACGUCCAAGAUGCAUUAUCUUGCACUUUUCCACAUUAAAUGUCAGUUGCUACAAUUCUGACCAUUUUUCCAGUUUACCUAAAUCAUUUGCCAUUUGGCUUAUCCCUCCUGGAACAUCAACCCUGUUACAUAUCUUAGUAUCAUCAGCAAAAAUACCUUGGACAUACAUUACCAUCAAGACCUUCUGCAAUAUCACUAAUAAAAAUAUUAAAGAGAAUGGGUCCAAGUACAGGUAUUACUCGGUGCAGCAGUCACUAGAGGUGGAUUUAACCCUGGAAUGUAAACAUUGCAGUUUCUAAAAAAAACACAGCAAUGUUUUACAUUGCACCUCGACCACUUACACUGCACCCAGACCAAUUGAGAUGAAAUGGUUUGGGUACCUUCUAGUGUUUCUUGGUAAAGGAGCAAAGUAAAAACAGGCAUCCAUUAAAUGGAUACUGUAGCAGGUAUUACCAUAGUCUAUCUUUCUUUAUUGCAUGUCUAUCCUGUUCCCAUAUACUGAACUUAUGAGCCCCCCCUGAUUACUUUAAACGCCCCUUCGUUCCAUUGUAGUUUGAAUAAAUACCAUCAAAUGAAAACCCAAUUUCUAUAGUUUUAGUUUUCUGUUGGGAUACGCCUUGAAUUACGUGACCGUUCCUCAUUAACGUAUUUGAAAUACUUGGAAAUGGUUUUUCUGGAGGGCGGGAUUAGAUAGAUUUAAUGCAAAUUACAGCGCUUUCAUCUUUGUCUAGAUCUGGUUUGACUGUGGUUUAUUUAGCCUCAUGGAGUGACAAUUGUGUAUAGACCUUGUUGCCUAAUGCAGCCUGAUUAUGGAUGAAUAUCUUCUAAAAUAGAGAAAAGUUGGCAGUUAUUAAAGUGUGUGUGUUUUCUCACCAUUAUAAUGUUGUAUUUUAAACAUCUCUAAUAAAUACUGCCCUAAACCCGCUGAGUACCUAUUGGUUUGAAUUUGAAUGUUGACUUCUAAUCCAGUUUAAAGGUUUAUUCACUAAAGUGAGACUUGUUGCAACUCAAAGUGAGGUAUACAUUUUAGGCCAAUAUUCAUGCAUUGCUGAGUUGAAAUACAAAUGUUUCUAAAUCGUCUACUUUGGCCUUAAAUUUGCAAUUCGCUUUGAUUGCGUUUUGAAUGCCGGACAAUUCUCACUUUAAUAAAUAACCCUGUUAAUCACACCAUGCUAAGUAAAUAGCAAAUCCACUUAGCGAUUUUUCCAGCAUUGCUUGAUUCUAUGCUAUCUUGCAGAGUUCCACAGUAUAUGGUGGUAUAUUGUAACUGAACAAUACUUUUGCUAUGUAAGGUUAAAUGAGCAACUCUCACCCACGUGUCCCAAGAGAAAAGCAUGAGCUUCCAUAGUAAAAAGAUGGAAAAACAAAAAGGAUUGGAAUUUCUAGACAUAAUGUGCUAAGCAGAUAUAAUGGUAAAAUAACAUACCUCCCAAGUGUCUCUAUUUAGGAGAAACAGUCCCUAUUUUGGGUUCAAAUCCCUAUGUUUCUCUUUACUAGGAGUUCCAUAUUGUUUAUGUGUCUGAAUCUUUACAUUACAAUACAUUUGUUUAGAAAUCAGUCUGUGUAAAUAAAAUACUUUGUUCUUGUUUUAAAAAACAUUUUAGUUGUAUAAAUUAUUAGUAAGCAUUUAAACUUCUCAGAACAGCCUCGACCCUGGCCACACCUUCACUCACACCCCUAGCCACACACCCACUCACACCUCAAUAAUUAAAGUGCUCCUUUUUGUCUAUUUGAAAUGUUGGUACAUCUGAAAUAAUGUCAGAGACAACUUUCCAAACCUUAAGCUCUCUGCCAUAAUGAGUUUUUUUUUGUAUUAUGCAAAUGAUCGGAUUUAUGAUUCAAAUUGUUUUGCUUCAUAGCAUAGAGACCCACGCUUAACUUUCAAAUUCCUACUGGAGGCCUAUUUCAUUUAAAUUCCAGAACAUUGUUAAUAGAACAAGCUUAGAAUGCCAUCAGCCUGUGAUCCCAAACUAGAUCUGUAUCAGAGAAGCAUAAUAUUAACCUCCUUCUACCCUUUGAUUUAGUUGCAUUUCCAAUAUUCUCUACAGGACUGAUUUUAAAAGGAAUCUACAAACACCACGAUCACUACAGUUUUUAUACAUUCCAUGCAGAAAUUGAGCGGGCUGCUGUGUGUUAUGGAUAGACACUUCGAAAAAAUUUUUUGUAUUUUUUUCAAUCCACAUAAACAGUUUGACAAAAACUGUAUGGACUCACAGGCUGCUUAUACGAUAACCACUAUAAUAAUAAUGAUCAAGGUGCUAGAAGUGUCCCUUUAAAAUCUAGAAAUCGCUCAAUCUAUGCCAAAAUGUGUACAUGUGGCUUGUAAUACAGGGGUGUCGAAAUGAGGUGCAUGUGAUCUAAUAAUGCAGUCAUGUAUGUUGAUAGCACUGUAUGUCCACUGAGAUGAGUGAACACGCUCCCUAAUAUUUAUUUAUAUAUUCUUUAAUGCAUUAUCUACAAACUGUAUAAAACAAUGGGAUCACUUUAAGAUCUUGUGGUUUAAUGCCCUCAAAAUAAUGUUAUACAAAUCUAAAUCGCCAGGAGAUAAAGGGCUAAAUUAUCACUCGCCAAUGGCUAGUGGAAAUUUUGAAGUGUGUACAUAUAUAUAGAUGUAAAAAACAGAUAAAAUUCUCUACUUGAACACUAUAUAUGUAACAUGAAGAAUGAAUGGGUAAAGCUGUUGAAAUGUCUUGUCUGACCAUUAUUAAGACAUGUACACCAUUCCACUAAAUGCAUUGAAUCAAUUCAUAGUAACUACACUGGACACCGAUUUCUAAGGGAAUUGUAGAGCUAAAUCAUUGAUGUAAAUAUCCAACCUAUGUCUGCAGUUUAUAGACUGCAUGUGGAGUCAAGUAAGUUGAAGGUCUAGGAUUGAAUAUUUGCAUUAGAUAGGUUGUCUAACUGACUUUAAAUGGCAGAAAACAAAAUUUAUAUUCUCUCUGGGGUCUGUGAGGCCAAUUGUGGCUUGUUAAUUGCCAAAGGAUUUUUAUUGCUUAGCAAAUAAGUCUUCUAGUCAUUGUCUCAUUCCAUGAUGUCAGGGUCCCGCGGGCGGCUGCGAGGGGAGGUUGCAGUCCGCUCGCGGCACUCACCCUCCAGCCGUCCGCGGUCCCCCUUCAGCCGUGUGCUCGGCGGGCGGCACCCUCUCUCCCACGGGUGCCGUCCGCCUCUUCCUCUGUGUCUCCCAGCGGCAGCAUGCAUGACGCUGCACGCUGGGAGACCGCCCACUUUAACCAACGCCGGGGUCAGUCACCUGACCCGGCGUUAAAGGCACAGUGCCUCAAUCACAGUGGGAGGUUUAGAUAUCUCCCACGUGUGAUUGUUAAUUCUGAUUGGAAAUUAUCCAAUCAGAAUUAACCUUUGGAUUUAUAUACUUACCUUUCCUGUUCCUCUUCGCCCUGUUGUGGUCUUUGCUUGUUAGUAUUGAUUCUGAACUUGUGCUUCUGGUUACGUACUCUCUGGCUUGUUAUCCGACUCUGUGACUUUCUCCUACCCUUUGACCUCGGCUUGUUUCACGUUAUUCUGUCUUCUGGUUCCCCUUACUCGGCUUGUUUUCUGACUAUUCUUUGUGUGCUUAGCCCGGCCACUCUAAGGUCCGGUACGGCACUUUGUGUGUGUGUGUGUGUUGGCGUGUUUGGUUCCCCGAAUCGUGACAUUACAACAGGGCCAUAAUGGAACCUGCUGACAUACCACAGCUCCUAGUUAAUCAGGAGGCUAGAAUGGAUGGCUUGGACCACCGUAUGGACCAGUUUGCCCAAGCUUUACAAACCAUACUGGCUCGUACUGCACACUUGCAACCUGCCGUCCAGGAGGCUGCUGCUGCUGUGCCCGAACCCAUUCCCACUCCGGUACCCGUUCCUGCUCAUGUUGUUCACAUGACACCGCCACAACGCUACAGCGGUGACCCAGCAUUGUGUCGUGGUUUCCUUAACCAAAUUGACAUCCAUUUGGUGAUGAAUCCACGUUCCUAUCCCACUGACAGAUCCAAAAUUGCCUUUUUGAUUAAUCACCUGUCCGGGAAAGCUUUAGCAUGGGCUAACCCCAUGUGGGAGAAUACAUCUCCUAUGUCCUUUGUAGAGUUCUUGACAGCUUUCAAACGUACGUUUGAUCAACCCGGUAGGGUUGCCUCUGCUGGCAAAGCUCUGCUUAGGGUACGACAGGGUAAUAGAUCUGUAGCGGAUUAUACUAUCGAAUUCCGCACGCUAGCAGCUGAAGUGGUUUGGAAUAAUGAUGCCCUCGUAACAGCCUUUCAGGAGGGUUUGGCCGCCUACAUACUGGAUGAAAUAGCAUCCAGGGAAUUGCCUGUUCUUCUAGAUGAUGUCAUAGAUUAUGUCAUUCUUAUUGAUAACCGUAUUAGAGAGAGGCGUAGUCAAAGACGGAUGGAUACACGGGCAUUACCUGCUCCCCCCUCUACUGCUUUACUAGCACUACCCGCUCCUAGUCAACCAACCCCCGAACCCAUGCAAUUGGGUGCUACGGGGCUAACUGAGGCUGAAAGAGCAUAUCGUAGAAGGGAGGGGUUAUGCCUUUAUUGUGGAAAGAGGGGGCACCACUGUAAUGCCUGCCCUAAGUUACAGGGAAACUACAGCACCUAAGGCCUAGAGAGGGGUCGGCCUCGGGUGUUAUGACUUUGUCCCCUCAUGUGUCCAUCUCCAGACCGUUUAUUACGGUUUCUCUUUUGGUCAAUAAAACCACCAUAACCACCAAAGCCUUGAUCGAUUCAGGUGCGGCAGACAACCUUAUGGAUGAGAACUUUGCUAAAACCGCAGCCUUAACUUUGAUCCAAAAGGCCACACCCUUGGUCGUUGAGGCCAUAGAUGGUAGACCACUUGAGAAACCUCUGGUGACCCAUGAGACCCAAGAAAUAGUGAUGUCUGUAGGUGUUUUGCAUAAGGAAAGGUUAACCUUCCAAAUAAUUGACUCCCCUACUGCUUCCAUCGUUCUGGGUUUUCCCUGGUUAGUGAAACACAACCCUGUUCUCGAUUGGGGUUGCUUGGAUAUACUAUCCUGGGGGGAAUCCUGUCAACGAGACUGUAUGGCUCAGUACGUCCUGUUUGUUUACUCAACGUGCCCACGGCUAAACCACUCUCUGUUUCUGUCCCUUCUGUAUAUGCUGAUCUUGCAUUGGUUUUUGAAAAGAGGGAGGCAGAUAAGCUACCUCCACAUCGUGACUAUGACUGUGCCAUAAACCUUUUACCGGGCACUAUGCCCCCUAGGGGUAAGGUCUACCCUCUUUCUGAGAAAGAAAACCAGGUCAUGGAGGAGUACAUACGAGAAUCCUUAAGGAAAGGUUUUAUUAGAAGGUCCUCCUCUCCUGCUGGUGCUGGUUUCUUUUUUGUGGCAAAGAAGGAGGGCGAUUUGAGGCCGUGUAUAGACUACAGGGGUCUGAACAAUAUAACGGUUAAAAACGCCUACCCUAUCCCCCUCAUCACUGAGUUGUUUGACCGCGUUAAAGGUUCUAAGUACUUUACUAAACUAGACCUCAGGGGAGCUUAUAACCUUAUCCGUAUAAAGGAGAAUGAUGAGUGGAAGACAGCGUUCAAUACGCGUAGUGGGCAUUAUGAAUACCUGGUCAUGCCUUUUGGACUGUGUAAUGCUCCUGCUGUGUUUCAGGAUCUCAUAAACGAUGUCCUUAGGGAUCUAUUGCAUGUCUGUGCCGUGGUGUACCUUGACGACAUACUUGUAUAUUCUCCUGAUUUGAAGUCACAUCAUAAACAUGUUAGGAUGGUGCUUAAAAAAUUAUUACAGAGCGGACUUUAUUGUAAGUUAGAAAAAUGUCUGUUCGAUCAGACCUCUGUGCAAUUCCUGGGAUAUAUAAUUUCUGAACAGGGUUUUAGUAUGGAUCCUGCUAAAUUGGAAGCUAUACUGUCCUGGCCACUUCCCCAAGGACUUAAGGCUAUCCAGCGUUUUAUAGGUUUUGCUAACUAUUAUAGAAAAUUUAUAAAAACUUCUCACCACUUAUCUCUCCUAUCACAAAGCUGACUAAAAAAGGUCUACACCCUAGGGUUUGGACUCCUGAAGCCCUUAAAGCCUUUGAAACUCUCAAGAAAGCAUUUGCCUCUGCUCCAGUACUACACCACCCUAAUCCUUCUCUUCCCUUUGUUAUGGAAGUAGAUGCUUCUGAAUCGGGGGUGGGAGCAGUACUAUCACAAAGGUUAUCGUAUGACGAACCCCUCCAUCCCUGUUGUUUCUUUUCUAAAAGGUUGUCUGAUCCAGAAAAGAAUUACGAUGUUGGGAACAGAGAACUAUUAGCUAUUGUGUUAGCUUUUAAGGAAUGGAGGUACUUAUUAGAGGGUUCUAGACACAAAAUUAUGGUUCUGACAGAUCAUAAGAACCUCUCCUAUAUAACCGAUGCUAGAAGGUUGUCCGCCCGACAGGCUAGAUGGUCUCUAUUCCUUUCGCGAUUCCAAUACAUUAUUACCUAUAGACCUGGUUGCCGUAAUGCCAAAGCUGACGCUAUCUCUCGACAGUAUGAACCUUUAGAAUUUGUUAACCCAACCCCUGAACCUAUUGUACCAGCUUCUCAGAUCAUAGCUGCUACCCGUUUGGUUGUUUCAUCUCCCUUCCUUGAGAAUAUUAAGACAUACCAAACCCAAGCGCCUCAGGAGAAGCCUGUUGGUAAACUAUACGUGAAAGUAAGUGACAGAAAAAAGUUAUUAACAUUAUUUCACACCGCCAAAACUGCUGGUCAUCCGGGGGUUACCAAGACUUAUAAGAGCCUCCUUCAACAGUUCUGGUGGCCUUCACUCAGGCGAGACGUAGUGGAUUUUGUUCAGGCUUGUCGGGUCUGUACGCAGUGUAAGUCUCCUAAUAUGAGACCCCAAGGCCUACUGAUGCCUCUAUCUAUACCCAAGAAACCAUGGACCCACUUGUCCAUGGAUUUUAUUGUAGACCUUCCUCCUUCUGAUGGUCAGACGGUGAUAUUAACUGUGACGGAUAGGUUCUCUAAAAUGGCCCACUUUAUUCCACUUAAGAAACUACCCUCUGCGAUUCAGCUUGCCCAGGUGUUUGCCAAGGAAGUGUUCCGCUUGCAUGGGGUACCUCAGGAUAUUGUUUCUGACAGGGGCCCGCAAUUUGUCUCUCGGUUUUGGAGGGGCUUUUGUGCUGAGAUGGGGGUCUCCUUGUCGUUCACUUCCUCCUAUCACCCGCAAUCUAAUGGUGCAGCCGAACGUGCUAAUCAGUCUGUGGAAUUGUAUUUGCGCUGCUUCACUAAUGCGCACCAGGACGACUGGUCUCGCCUUCUUCCGUGGGCUGAAUUUGCCAGGAAUGCGGUGUCUCAUUCGUCUACUGGCUUAAGUCCUUUUGAGGUUGCUUAUGGGUUUCGGCCUUCUGUCCUUCCCGGAGCGUUCUCUGACAAGGGAAUGCCCGCCUUGGACCAGCACCUCGCCUCUUUACGGAAGACGUGGGAUCAGGUCCAUAUUGCGCUGUCUCGUUCAGCAGCUGCUCAGAAGAAGUUCGCUGAUCGCCAUAGGGGAGCGACCCCUUCUUAUGCUCCGGGUGAUAGGGUGUGGUUGUCCUCCAAGAACCUCCGUCUCAGGGUCCCCUCCAUGAAAUUUGCUCCCAGGUUUCUUGGUCCCUACAAAGUGUUACGUAGGGUCAACCCCGUUUCCUACUCCCUGGACUUGCCUCCUUCCAUGCGUAUUCCGCACACGUUUCACGUUUCACUUUUGAAGCCCUUGCUGUGUAACCGGUUCUCUCGUCCUCUCGGACGGCCCGUUUCCCCUCGUGCUGUCUCUAGUGACGUGUUCGAAGUAGCUGCCCUUCUCGACUCUCGUGUUUCUAGGGGUCGGCUGCAAUACCUGGUGGAUUGGAAGGGUUACGGCCCUGAGGAGCGGUCUUGGGUUUCGAGCUCUGAUUUGCACGCCCCCUCUUUAGUCCGCUCCUUUCAUGCCCGGUUUCCUUUGAAGCCUUCUGCUUCCCGCCCUCUGGGCGGUCUUCGAGGGGGGGGUACUGUCAGGGUCCCGCGGGCGGCUGCGAGGGGAGGUUGCAGUCCGCUCGCGGCACUCACCCUCCAGCCGUCCGCGGUCCCCCUUCAGCCGUGUGCUCGGCGGGCGGCACCCUCUCUCCCACGGGUGCCGUCCGCCUCUUCCUCUGUGUCUCCCAGCGGCAGCAUGCAUGACGCUGCACGCUGGGAGACCGCCCACUUUAACCAACGCCGGGGUCAGUCACCUGACCCGGCGUUAAAGGCACAGUGCCUCAAUCACAGUGGGAGGUUUAGAUAUCUCCCACGUGUGAUUGUUAAUUCUGAUUGGAAAUUAUCCAAUCAGAAUUAACCUUUGGAUUUAUAUACUUACCUUUCCUGUUCCUCUUCGCCCUGUUGUGGUCUUUGCUUGUUAGUAUUGAUUCUGAACUUGUGCUUCUGGUUACGUACUCUCUGGCUUGUUAUCCGACUCUGUGACUUUCUCCUACCCUUUGACCUCGGCUUGUUUCACGUUAUUCUGUCUUCUGGUUCCCCUUACUCGGCUUGUUUUCUGACUAUUCUUUGUGUGCUUAGCCCGGCCACUCUAAGGUCCGGUACGGCACUUUGUGUGUGUGUGUGUGUUGGCGUGUUUGGUUCCCCGAAUCGUGACACAUGAAGCAGAACACAGUAAGUGUUGGGUUCUAUCAAUCAGUAAACAUUAUAGACAAGCAGUUAUUACGUCACCCUAGAGCUCUUUGCAUAGUGUUGAAUUCUUUGUUGUGAAAAAGGGGUGAUGGGUAGGUUGUAUUUGGUUAGGAGAUAAUGUAUCAUAACCUCUGUAUAUAGGGCACUUAGAUGUGGGUCGUUGUCUGACAAGGAGACCUGCACUGGUGGUGGUGGUGUGAUCUGAAAAGUAAUUUUGAGAAUUAAAGGGGCACUAUAGUGUCAGGAACACAAACGUGUAUUCCUGGAGGAGGUGGUGUGUUUAGUAGCUGUAGAGGGAGAUAGCCACUACAGGUGGACUUAACCCUGCAAUGCAAACAUUACAUUGAAUCAAUGCAUCUCUAUGAGUAAAGUUCAGUGUCUCCAUGCAGAGGGUGGAGAAACUUACUGUCAGUCAAACUGUGUAGCACUGACCCAGGAAGCACCUUUAGUAGCCAUAUAAGGAGUGGCCACUGGAGGUGUUCCUAGGGAGUAAUGUAAACCCUGCCUUUUCUCUGAGAAGGCAGGGUUUACAUUAAAUAACAAGCAGGAGCUGGCUAUACCCACCAGACCAACUACAUUAAGCUGGCUUUCAGUUGAUAAUUCAUACAAUUCCAUCCAAAAUUCAUAAGAUAUAUAUCAUAUAUCAACACUUGAUUUUGAGCAUCACUUUUGCCUUGUGUUAAGCGUCUGAUUAUGCAAGGAUUAUUUGUGCUUAAAAAUAAUAUCUGGAAGUAUUACGUUACUAAGAGGGUAGUGGACGCAUGGAAUAGCCUUCCAGCUGAAGUGGUAGAGGUGAACACAGUAAAGGAGUUUAAGCAUGCGUUGGAUGUGCAUAAGGCUAUCCUAACUAUAAGAUAAGGCCAGGAACUAAUGAAAUUAUUUUAAAAAUUGAGCAGACUAGAUGGGCCGAAUGGUUCUUAUCAGCCGUCACAUUCUAUGUUUCUACAUAAUAAUUAUAUUAUGAUAAUCUAUUUACACAUAUAACAAAAUAGGUGGUGUCCAACCUUGAUCCCUACUGCUACUUUUUUAAUGUUUUACUGCUGUUUCAUUUUCGGUCAUGUGAUUUUAUCUGAUAUGAGGAAGGUACAAAUUGUUGUUUGUGUGACUAAAGAAACAUCUUUUGUUUGAUAAAAAUAAUGGUUUCCCAUCUGCGGAACCAAAGUUAGACUUCUCCAUAUCCCCAUAUAUCAUUUUUUAAAGGACGUAUACUAUAUCAUCUACCUAUUUUUGCAUGCUCAGAUGUGUUAAAGUAUCACAACUAUAACAUGUAUUGGUACAUUGUGUGUUUUGAAUGUAUUCUAGAGCUUUGAACAACAUUCAAAAUAAUGUGUGCUUCAACUAGUGAGACCUCACUUGGAGUAUUGUACACAGUACUGGAGACUGUAUCUCCAGAAGGAUAUUGAUACCUUAGAGAGGGUUCAGAGAAGGGCUACUAAACUGGUUCAUGGAUUGCGGGAUAAAACUUACCAGGAAAGGUUAAAGGAUCUUAACAUGUAUAGCUUGGAGGAAAGACGAGACAGGGGGGAUAUGAUAGAAACAUUUAAAUAUAUAAAGGGAAUCUACACAGUAAAGGAGGAGACUAUAUUUAAAAGAAGAAAAACUACCACAACAAGAGGACAUAGUCUUAAAUUAGAGGGACAAAGGUUUAAAAAUAAUAUCAGGAAGUAUUACUUUACUGAGAGGGUAGUGGGUGCAUGGAAUAGCCUUUCAGCUGAAGUGGUAGAGGUUAACCCAGUGAGGGAGUUUAGGCAUGCGUGGGAUAGGCAUAAGGCUAUCCUAACUAUAAGAUAAGACUAGGGACUAAUGAAAGUAUUUAGAAAAUUGGGCAGACUAGAUGGGCCGAAUGAUUCUUAUCUGCCGUCACAUUCUAUGUUUCUAUGGUUCUAACUAUACUAAAUGUUGUUUGAAAUUAAUUUGGGGACAUAAAUACUACGGUUAAAUUGUUAAAAUGUCACGAAAGUCUUUUCAGCAAUACAUUAACCAAACAUCUUAACACAUCCCAUAAAAAAAAAAAUCUUCGUAACACCCCUUUGUCAUUUGAUACUUCUCAUAGGAGGUAAGAUCUGAACCUGAGUUAAUUUUAAGCCACUGGCUUUUAUAAUAAUUCUAGCCUUUAUUUACACUGAUUAUGUAAUGCUGUCCUUUCACAGAUUGAAUUUCUUGGACUGGCCCGACUGUACACAGAACUCAGUGUAUCUAGACUUCCUAGCAUGCUCUGCUGCAAAACAAUAUUUAGAAGAAGUUAUAUCAAUAUUCUGACAAAAAGGCUUCUGGCUGGCUUCACACACAUGCUUAUUCUUAAAUGGCAAAGAAUAAGGUGGGCUAAAGCAUUUAAAAAGGAUUUAAUUAUAGGUCUUUUAAUGGUCUCAGAGGAACGCUAUAGCGUGUUAUUCCUAAUGCUAUAGUUUCCCUCUGCCUAUUACUAUAGAGCUACACCCUCUGUGAGUAAAGGGUUAAAAACCCAUUUUACACUUGCCACUUUCCAAUCUCCUCCAGCAACAUCAUGCUGGUGGGGAAACCUAAUGCGAGUGCUGAACGAAUUAGAGCUUCCCCAAUGAAUCUGUGCUUUCCUACGGGGAUUUCGAAGAUGUUGGGCGUCCUCAUACAAAGCAUAAAUUCUAUUGUUAAUAUGUGAAAGAUUGCUCUGUCCUAGAAACAAGAAGUGAAUUCCAAUUUUCCAAAUAAUGACGCCCUGACAUUUUAUUUACUUAUUUUGUAAAGGACAUGUUUUUGAACCUAGAUAUUGCUAUUCUGCACUUUAAAGCUGAAUUAAUUUCCAAAAAUUGUUUUAUGUAAUGUAAUAUCGGAUUGCGGAUAUUGAUGAGGAUACUAGCAAGUGGGUGUUACUUCCACGUUGGGCUACUAAUGAUCCGAAAUACCUUAGAUGCUUUGCAGGUGCAUUGUGACAAUGAGAAUUAGACACGUGCAUUCAGAUUCGGACGAAUCGAAUUUCGUCUGAAUUUCUACCUAUAUUUGGAAGCUUCUGAAUUCUGCAUCAUCCAAAAUGACCAAAAAUGAAAGAUUUAGAAACAAAUUUAUCCUAAAAUGUUGGUAUUCGUUCUUUUUCAUAAGGACAGCAAAUUAGGGACUUGUCUAUUAACUGAAACAUGAAGAUUAAGAAAAAAGUAUUUUCUUUUCAAACUAUUUUUAUUGAACAGUAUUUAAAAAAAAAAACAUAUUUCACAUUAAAUUGGUAUAUAAACAAAUCAACAUUUAACAAUAGAAAUGAGUAGAAAUAAGAAGGGAAGGUGAAAAAGAUAAUGAUCAAAAAUAAAUAAAAAUUAAAGGGAAGGGGAGGGGACGUGUACUAUCCAAAUCUAUAAUAAUAAAUUAGCAGAUUUGUUCCUGUCAAAAUAUAGUACAGAGAGUAAUAUAACCAAUUUUUUUCAUCUAGAUAUUUUAAUCUUUUAAAUUUCCUCUUUCUCUUUAAAUUCUGAAUCCUCCCUGUUUCCAACCUCUGUCUUGUCUAAAAUGUCUAAAUCUUCUUCAGCCUUUGUUUUGCUUGCUUUGGAAAAAUGCAGUAAUAAUGUCCUUAAUUGACAAGAACAAUUAAACAAAAUAUCAUCCCACUUAUUAAAACAUUUUUUAUUGUCUAAACCAAAAGCUGGAGUUUUAUCUAUACGGAGUCCCCUUGGAAUGAGACCCUCUUUUAGGUAACUCUCCAGAAAAGCAAUUUCCCACCAUUUUUUUGUUUCCAAAUUCAGCAAUUUCUCUUUCUGUUUAACCCCUUAAGGACCAAACUUCUGGAAUAAAAGGGAAUCAUGACAUGUCACACAUGUCAUGUGUCCUUAAGGGGUUAAAGAACUUCUCUAAUCCCUCCCUCAAACUUUUGUGAUCUUGCUUUCUGAAUCCUUUGUAAAUAGCUACUACUGUCUGCCAUUAUUCGUAAUCUGAAGCACAAUAUGGAUAUGUAUUACAAUACUGGGAAUACAACAAAAAGGUGUAGAUACACACAUCCACCCGUGAACAAAGUGAUCUGUGUAAACAACGUAUAAAAAACUUAACUUAUUUCCCAGCUAAUAACCAUAUAACAAGACUGUAUAGAUGAUAGGAAAUUUAGGGAUUCUGCUAAUGUACCUGCAAUAGAGGAUAAAACAUAGUGCAAAUAUUGUUUUAUACUAUAAAAUAAUAUGAUUUUUAUGCACUCACAAAUUCCAAAUUGAUAAAGCGUUGAUAAAUGAACAUGUACAUGACUGUGCAUAUGUGGGCAAAUAAACAGAAACUGGAUGCCGAUCCUGCAGUACACUCAUUGGCUAUAUAGGUAGAUAUAUGUGUAUGUCCAAUAAUAUGUAUGUGCAGCAUAAAAUGCCAUUAUCCCAUUUAACUGGUCAUUGUGGUUAGAGUAACGUUUUUCCUUUGCGAGCAGUCGAUGAAGAUUCAUCUUUUUAUUAAUGGAACACUAUAGGGUCAGGAACAAAGUGGUAUUCCUGACCCUAUAGUGUUAAAAUCACCAUUUAGUUGGCUUGCCCCCCUUAACAGGUAAUAAAACUCCCCUUAUUUCUAGUGUUGCGCGGGUUUGCCGGUGCUGGUCCUGCCCCCGAUCCGCCGCCUUGGCUGACAUAAUCAGAAUUCAUGAUUUCACCAAUUUAAUGUUUUUCCUCUGGAAAAGCAUUGGAUUGGCUGAGAUUGUCAAGGAUGUGGGGGCAUGGCUAAACGCCGGACUAGCCAGUUAGCAUUUCCUCAUAGCAUUUCCAUGAGGAGUGGCCACUGGAGGUGUUCCUAGGCUGUAAUGUAAACACAGUGUUUUCUCUGAAAACUGUGUUUACAGCAAAAAAACUGCAGGUACAUUCUAUAUUCACUAAACAACUACAUUGAACUGCAGUAGUUGUGGUGACUAUAGUGUGCCUUUUAAGUAUUAGAACAAGAUUGCUUUUAAUAUAUUUCCUCACUAUAAGUAAUAGUGUAGUCUGAGGUUCUGUUGAAAAAAUGGGCAUGACCGUAUACUUUUACAGCUUUGUGGUGUCAUACCUUGUGAGCACUCCAGGAAUCUUGUAUCUGAUCCUAGAAUUACUGGCUUCCUCAAAAUGGAUGAAAAUUCUAAUAGGUGAGAAAAAUCAAGGCUUAAACAGCGUGAUUAAUUAUGAGAGUACACCAUUAAUUGAGUCUAUUUUAAAGUGGAACUGAAUUGUAAUUCAAGCACUAAAAACUGUUAAUUGUUAACUCCACAUAAAAUACUGUCUUUUAGUUGAGCGUUAUACCCUAACUUAUUAAAUGUAAAUAUUAGACUGAGAAAUAUUUGUUUGUCUAAAUUACUUUUAAUUCACUCCCAAACAAAUCAAUCCAUCUAGCUUUUUCCAGUGGAGUUUUAGUCAAUGAAUAGGACUCGACAGGUAAAUCCUAGAUGAAUCAUUUAAGUUGGGUGUGGAUUAACAGACAUUUGAUUCAGGUAAACUGGCUCAAACAAUUUUGUCUCAAGUAUAAACAAUAAGGCAUUCUAAUUGCACUCAAAAGUUGAAUUCAGUAGUUAUUAUUAUUAUUAUUAUUAUUAUUAUUAACCUUUAUAUAGCGCCAACAGAUUCCGUAGCGCUUUACAAUAUUAUGAGAGGGGGAUGUCACUAUAUAAAUAGGACAAUUACAAGAAAGCUUACAGGAACGAUAGGUUGAAGAGCACCCUGUUCAAACGAGCUUACAGUCUAUAGGAGGUGGGGUAUAAAACACAAUAGGAUAGGAAAUAGCAAUCAAAUAAGGUGGGAGUGAAGCAGAGCUGGAGAAAAGAGUAAAGCACUGCCCUAUAUGAGAGAGCAAGAGACAGGUAUGUGAGGUAGAGGUUACUCUGGGAGGCCAUAAGCUUUCCUAAAGAGAUGGAUUUUAAGGCACUUCUUAAAAGAUGCAAGACUAGGGGAGAGUCUGAUGGCGGUAGGCAGGCUAUUCCAUAGGAAGGGAGCAGCCCAUGAGAAGUUCUGCAAGCUUGAGUUGGCCGUACAGGUGCGAGCAACGGACAGGAGACGGUCACGGACAGAGCUGAGAGACCGAGAAGGGGCAUACCUAUGGAUCUGUGAGGAGAUAUAAGAGGGGCUAGAAUUGUUCAGUGCUUUAUAGGUAUGGCUUAGCACUAUGAAUUGACUCCUGUAGGAUACAGGAAGCCAAUGUAAAGACUGAUAGAGGGGUGAGGUGUGAGAGGACCGACUAGCGAGGAAAAUCAGUCUGGCGGCAGCAUUCAUUACAGACUGUAGCGGGGCAAUACAGCUAUUGGGAAGACCAAUUAGGAGAGGGUUACAAAAAUCCAUGUGGAAAAUUACUAGAGCAUGGACAAGCUCCUUGGUAGCAUCUUACGUUAGAAAGGGGCGAAUGCGGGCUAUGUUUUUAAGAUGGAAUCUACAGGAUCUGGCAACAUACUGGAUGUGAGGCUCAAAAGUGAGGCCAGAAUCAAGUAUGAGGCCAAGACAGUGUGCUUGCAAGGAUGGACUGAUGUUGAUACCACUAGCAUGAAGGGAGAGCGAGAGAGGAGGAUCAGUAUUAGGCGGAGGAAAGACAAGGAGCUCAGUUUUAGAGAGAUUGAGUUUCAGAAAGCGGGCAGACAUCCAGUCAGAGAUGGAAGAAAGUUGAAUUAAUUUUCUUAACCACAGCAUUCGCUUUCCAAUAGGAUAAUCUAUUGUAAAAUAAAAUUCUUUAGGAUGCAAGAAGUAAUUUGUCUGACCUGGUACUGUGGAACAUUAGGCAUAGUUGAGGAGUACACUUUGCCCUAUCCAACAAUAAUAAAUGUAAUGUAAAGAGAUAAUUUGGUGGUUUUGUUCUUAUAAAUAUAUUCUGUGUUUAGACAAUGCGGUAGAUCACUAUGACAUCCACUUAUUUCCAACCCUUGCCUGAGAGUGAAUACCUAGCAUAAAAGGAGACCAUUUACUGUACACAUUGUCUCCUAUGAUAUCGUAAUACUUUAGAAGAAGGCAGGGCUCAUCAGUUCUAAGUUUCAGAAAGUAAAUUUCCAUCUUCUAUGAAGAGCGGCAGAGAUAAACCACUUUCUCUCUGUGAAUUGUUUUGGAUUCUUAAAUUCUAGACAUUCUCCUAACAGGAGUCUAAUUGAUCUAUGGUGCAGUAGAUCUGCUAUUCUCUGCCUAUAGUUUCUCUGUAACCUUAACCCACAAUUUCCUUGGGAAUAUAGAGAUAAGUAAUGCUCAUUGCAUUGCUUGAAUGCCACUUGCAUUCAUUUCCUGGGGAAGGCAUAUACCAUCUUCUGGCGAGUUAUUCUUUCUUUUUUUUUCUUCAAAACAUUUAGACAGUAAAGUACCUUGUUAGAGUACCAAUGUAAGAAGCACAAACCCAGUGGAUGCAAAAAUUGUUCCCUAGUUGUAAUGCGAAUUCGGUGUGCCUAAUUGUGUUUUGAUUUGUGAUUUUUGGAAAUGGAAAAACUGAAACUAAUGAAGGUGUUUGUCAUGCACGUUUUGUAUGAGAUGUGGUGAAAAAAAAGCUCAAUACAAAAAGUUGGAGCUACACUCGACUAGUAUCAAUUACCAAUGCAGUGAAGAUUCCAAGAAACUUGAUUGUUCAUCUGAAUAAACAUUUAAACAUACAAGGCAGUAUUUCAAAUUGCAUAGAUGUGGAAAGGCAAGAUAAAGCACAAAAACACAGCGUUUGUGUGGGGGGAGGGUGCGCUGCAUAGGGGUGCACAGCCUAUUGCAUUAGGGUGUGCAACCUAAAGCACAAACACACACUCUUGCAUACAUACAUAAACAGACCCGCACUCAUAUAAAUAUCAAUAUAAACAAAUAUUUAGCUACACAGGCAAAGUAGCAUUUUGCCCCCCCACUCCCAAAAAACAAACCACAGGGUGAGACCACCUUAUUCCUGGUGGAAAGGGGCUGUAGAUGGGGGCACAGGAGCUCUAGAAGGGGGUCAGGGGCUGUGGUGGGGGAUAGGGUAUGCUCAAUUCGGACAAGGUUUGUUUGGAGGCAGGGGCUGUAGAGGGAGACACACAGGAAAAAAAUUUGAGUCCCCAGGCACAGGCAGAGGAUUUGGAUUUUUGCACCCCCCUGCAGCAGUGCAGCACGGAGCCUCAAUUUUGAGGCUUGAUUAGGGUAUGACCAGGCACACCCGUCACACCCGUGUGCACACCUAUGGUGCUGUGUGUGGGGGGGGGGGGUGAGAGGUGCUGUGUAUGUGUGUGUUGCAAAGUUUGAGGGGUGCAGGUACCAAAUGUUUUUUUUUGCUGUUGUUAAUAAUGCUAUACAUUAAUGAAAUCUUCAUCCCCCUCCGUCCUCAUGUUUGGUGAAUAGGGGGGGAGACAGCCAGCCCUGGUGGUCCGGUAAUGGUGAGUUCUGUAUAGCCUGCAACUCGUCUGACUGCAGGCUGUCUCCUGUCCUCCUGCGCGCAGAAUGCUGUGUGGAGCAUUGCCAUGGUAACGUGCAGCAAUGCUCCACACAGCCUGCUCGCAGGAGGAGCCAUCUGCCUUGCAGGUUCUUCCUCCCUUCUUCCAGGUCCUCCUGCCCUCUCUGAUCUCCCUCACUGGCCCGAGAGGGCCCACUGCCAGAAACCAGGGAUCAAAGGAUCUCCCCUUUCAGCCUGGGCAUGCUGGGCAGUGCGGUGGGGCCCCCAUGCCUGUGGAGCCCCCGGGCAACUGCCCAGCGUGCCCAUGGGGAAAGACGAAAUUGCAUCGGUUUUGCUGGUGUCCAUCUACAUUAUCUGAACUUAGUGAGUUCAUUUUCAUAUAUCUCUUCGGGGUAGCUGCACAGACUUCACAAUGCCAUUUUGCAGUUUGUGUGGAUAAGUAAAGCUUCCUAAUCUCGGAAUGGCUAGGAGUCUUGUUUUUAAAGGACAACUGUCACCAAAAAAACUAAUUUAUAGAAAAGAAAUCCUUCUCCUGAAUUUUGAAACAUACUAUGAAAAUUUCUAAACCAAGUAUACCGGACAUUCUGUGAAAAAAACAGUCCAAACCUAUCUCAGACCCAUAACUGGCUCCCAUCUUGCUGCUCCUUUGGUUGAAUUCUCCAUCUAAUGGAGUGUCAUGUGAUUGGUCAGUCACUGUAACUGCACUGCCCAUAACAUCAUAACACCCCCACAGCCUUUUAACUGUCAUAUUCCAGCCUCACGGCAGUGUAACUCUGCUUGCCUAGCAGCUCUAUAACAUUAUAACUCUACCCCUACACAUAAAGUCCUAACCCUCCCCCAGUGUCUGAAUUCUGCCUCCCCCCAGCCCUGGAACAUUGUAACUCCACCCCUGCUCAUAAAGUAUUAACCCACCAGCACGGUGUCUGAAUUCCGCCUCCCCAGCCUCGCAACAUUGUUACUCCAGCCCUGCCCAUGAAGUUCUAACCCACCCCACAGUGUCUGAAUUACACCGUGCUCCAGUACCACAAUAUUGUAACUCCACACCUGCCCAUGAAGUCCCAACUGAAUUAAGCCUCCUCCCAGCCUCACAACAUUGUCGUGACGAAACUCCUGUACCCUGAUCGAGUACCUACGCCCAACCCGCUUCCUAGCUGCUUGCAAGGACCCUGGAACGAUUGAUUAUGGUCUCUCAGGAGCUCUUCUUCCUAACCACACUACAGCUCUCCUGAACACAGUUUCAUCCUAUAAGUUCAUUGUCUCGUUGGAGAGGGAGUCUGACAAUCUUAACUCCUGGCAACCCAAGCUGCAGCUGGAGAAAGAGACCUGCUGUCCCCACUCCCUGUAACUCACCCUGCGACUGUGGAGGAGGAUCUGUAUACUCUGCUCCUGGUAAUUCUGACUGCUGCUGCUGGGGAGGCUGUCUCCACUCCCAUUAACUCUGCCAGCCUCUGGGCAGAGAGACCGGCUGUCCCCUCUCCCUGUAACAAACACUGCCGCUGGGAAGAGAGACCGACCGUUUCCUCUCCCUAUAACUCACACUGCUGCUGGGGAGGGAGAUUGUCCAUUUCGUCCAACUCUGCGGGCACUUGCUUCCUGAAAGCAUGCAAGGAUCCCAGGGAUGUUUUCUCAUUCGCUAGGAAGCCAUCCCACUUCUGCCACCAAAUGUGACGGAGCUCCUGUACUCCGACCGAGUACCUCAGCCCAAUCCGCUUCCUAGCCGCUUGCAGGGACCCUGGAACGCAUCCAGCCCAGUUGGCAAAGCUUGACUGGGGUCUCUCAGGGGCUCUCCUUUUUAGGCAGAUAUCAUCCACUGUGCCUAUUCUGCUGCAGCCAUUCAUCCAUGCAGGGAUCAUCACCUCUGCCUAUUGCCUUGCAGCUCUCUACUCCCAGGAAGGUAUUGUCCCCUCUGCCUAUGCCACUGCAGCUCUUCUUACAGGCAGGUAUCUGGAACACUGCCUAUAGUCACAAUUGUAACUCCACCCCUGCCCAAGAAGUUCUAACCACAGUGUCCAAAUUCUACUUCCUUCCAGCCUCACAAUAUUGUAACACUGCCGCCCUCUUCCUUCAUCUCUCUGCCCCUCUCCCCUCUUUCCAAUACCAUGCCCCCAGUUGACGAGCUCCACCUGCUAACCUCUGCCUCUUACCUGCCCUCUGUGUGUGCUCCACCUCCAGUUACUGCACUCAUGUUCAGCUUCUUAAAAUAUAUUUUUGCAUUGUACGUAAUGGCUGUUUCUUCUCUGCGGCAGCCUAUACUGAGCUGUAAAGAUAUAUAUUAAAAAAAAUAAUAAUAAUUUAAACCUAAACUCUCUGUAAUUUAUCACAAUCUUGCUCUUCUCUGCACGUGUACCCAAACAGGAGUGGGCAUGUUGCCAGAUCUAUUUUUCAAACUCGUGGGUUUUUUUUGGGGUUUUUUUUUAUUACAGCUGAUAAAACACAAAGCAGAUAAUCUCUCCAUAUUUCUUUUCACGAGCUAUCAUAUCACCUUAUUGUCACAUUAUCUUAAUUGUCCCAUAUCCUAUCUUUCUCGUGCAUUAUAAAGUUGCAUUGUGGGUUAAAAUGUUGGAUAUUAUUGCAAUGAAAUACACUUUUUUUUUUUUUUAAAGAAGAAUGUCCACUGUGAAGACCUUUUUUUAAUAGACCUUUUCAAGUAGUGAUGAGCGUUAUAAUAGAAAUAAGAAUCUAUUCAAUAAAAAAAUCCCAUACAUUUUCAAAAUUAUGUUAAUAUUCUUCAUUUAACAGUAACAUAUUACCUGCAAGAUUUUAACAAAUGAAAAAGGCUUUUUUUUUUUGUAUUCUCAAAACUUGUUAAACACCACUUUCUUUUGGUCUGAUUACAUACCUUAGUUAGGAUUUUCAUCGAUUGGUCUUUGACUCUGACAGACUAAGUGCAAUUCUUAUUGAUGUGCAAAUGCAAAAUAAAUUAUUUUAUAUACCCAAUACAACACUCUAAAGAACAUGAGGAAGUACUCUUAAUGGACCAUUGGUCCAUCAUAAUUACAGACCAUCGAUACCAAAAACCGAUCACCUACCAAACUUGCAUUCUCAUCAGCAUUGCAUCAGCAAGUGAAUGAAGGUCUACCAUUUAACAGUUUGGGCUCUAUUAAAAGGACAGAUGUCAUCACAUUUUCAUGUCUUGUUUUUUUUUUUUUUUAAAGUUUAUUAAAUUUAAACUUAAUUUAUAUAUAUAUAUAUAUAUAUUUAUAUAUAUAUAUAUAUAUAUAUAUAUAUAUAUAUAUAUAUAUAUAUAUGUGUGUAUAUAUAUAUAUAUAUAUAUAUAUAUAUGUGUGUGUGUAUAUAUUAUAUAUAUAUAUAAUUUUUAAAUGUAAUUUUUUUUUUUUAAUGAUAUAUUGAUGUAUAUUGAUUUUUGUUUUCGAACUUGCUGCUAUGUUUGCUUUAUGUUCAACUGCAACUGGAGGCAAGUUAGUUUGAGCAGCAGUUGGUCAGAUCGUGUCACCCAACAUGGCUGCUCAGACAGAUAAAAAGUGAUUUAUUUAUUUUCAAAAUCAGUAAAAAAAAAAAAAAAGACCAAAUUUCAUUAAAGCUAAUAUAUAUAUUUUUUAAUUAAGUUACAGUUGUCCUUUAAAGCCAUGUUUAACGGUGGAAUCUUUAGUCAGGAGCUGGAAAUUCUGAGAUCAGAAUUUCUAAAACCUAAAAUUUUAUAAAACCAUCCCCAUGUUUGCUUAAAAAUAGGAAAUGUCAAGUGUAUAAAUAUUAAUAUUCACACGCAAGCUGAAUGGGUGCAAGGAGUCACUGCCUUUGGUUCAAUGGGCAUAUGGGAAACAGAGGGACUGUUUGUAGUGGGAAUGUAGACGAUAUAGGCCCUUCCUACCUGAAAAUAGUUCAUAUAUUCUGUUAAAACACAUUUAGGGAAAGUUACGGCCAUAUACAAAAUAAUUCACCGUGCUAAUGGUGUCAACUUUAGCAAAACUAUUGCUAUUAGUUUUUUGUUUAUUCAUAUAUUCUCUAAGUGUACUCUGAAUUCUGUGUUGGUUUGAAUACAGUUUGCAACUUAAUUGCAGUCUUUGGAGGGAACUUGGGAAGGUGGAGUACCCAUCAUGAAGUAGAAACUGGUUAUCACCAAUCAAUAUGGGGAACUCCAUCCAGUUUUUUGAUGAUCUGUUAAAGGGCAACAGAAUAUGUUAGAUAAACAAAGGUUCAUUGAGAGCAGCUUGUCUAGAAUGUUUAGAUUUUACCUGUGCUGACAUUGUUCAAGGGUUAGGUUGUCUUUGGCAGUAACAGCUCUUCCUGAACAAUUACUGAAAUUCAAUUAAAGGUACCUGCAUUAUUUCUACAAGGGGUGUUUUCUAUCAGUGCAUGUCUUAGUGUCUGGCUAUUCCAGUUAAUGUGAGACUCUUAACGUCUGACUACCUUGGCAUCUGUCUGUCCUAGUCAGUGUGCCUUUCUGGCCAAAACCGUCUCGGCAUCUGUAUGCCGAGACCAUCUUGGGUCACCGGUUUUAGUAACUGUCUCUCUGUCUAAAUGAAGUCUGUCUUAGUAUGUGUCUGUUUUAUUUUGUGUAUUUUGGCUGUCACCGCUUAUAUUAAGACUCCACUUCACUCUGUGUGAGUCUAGCUAUACAACUUGUUUUUCAAAAAAUUGUAGGUGUUUUUUUUUGUCUUUUUUUUUUUUUUGCCUCAAGUGUACUUUUGUGUUUUAGAUACCUUGACCUAUUGGUCCCAGCCAGGUCAUAUACACAGCCAGGCAUAGGGUAUUGGGUGACCUGAAUAGGCAAUCAUUCUCUAAUCUACUAAAAAAAGGUAGUAAAGCUCACUGUUGUGAAUCUGUUCCAUUCUGACUCUCUCUAAUGACCUCGACUGGUCAGGUUAUUGACCUUAGGUCGCUAAUGGAUUGACUUAUUAGAUUACCUUUAUAUUGUGGUAGGAGCCAUUUUUUUCAGGUAAACUUGCAAUUCAAAGAAAUAAAGAAUGGCUGAUUGGCUUUAAAUUGGCCUCCAGGCUAGGGAAAGAAAUAAGUCACCACCAAUCAAGAAAGGCCAUGGAUAUAAUGUCUGUGUCUGUCUCUAACUGGAAAGGGGAAAUUGGCAUAUAAAAGUUAGAAAUAAGUCAUAUAUUGUUACAUUAUUGAACAUUCUCUUGUUUAAUAACAUGUAGUAGAUUACAGCAGUCUAGUAUUUAAGAAUGAUUUGAGACAUUCCAGCAAAAACAUGCUCGUUUUAAAACUCCUCAAACUUUACAGCUACAUUUCACACGUUCCUUCAGCCAAAAGUUCUAGAACUUUGAUGAUUAACAAAAGGUAAUAACCGGGGCAGGGCCUAACUGUCAUGGAGGACAGACGUGUUCCACUGAAGCUCCUCCACAAUCUUGCUAACAAAAGCAACAAGCAGCCUCACAAAGUUUGAUUCCAGGACCACCUGGAGCCCACUCCGACACUUGACACUGCAGGGCCCGGUUGUAGGGGUCGGUGACCCGGUAAAAAACAAAUAACCACACGCGAGACGACAUGCGGCCUUGUAUGCACCGGGCGGGAGAGGCGGCCGCUCUCCCGCUUCGAGGAUACCCAGCGACCGCUACGGAGAGGCAGAGGCCUCGUUACCCCCCCCCCCGGGACCGUGGGGGUAAACACAGUCCAACACGGGAGAACUACACCCCACAGGGGGGAGGUGAAGGCCAGCAGACAAGCGACUCACCUAACUUUCCAACUUACCCCCAAUGGCGGACACCUCGUGCCUCCCUCGCAAUUAAGAUCUCAGCACUGAGACCAAGCUACAGACCAAACUAGAGGCUAUCAUGGCAGCAUUCUGGUUGAAGCUGGAGAACAGGGCACUGCAACAUGCCCCACAGCAGGCAAGCAGUCUCUUACCUAAACGGCACCUCCCACGCACACAGAACAUACCCGCAGCUCCGGCAGGAAAGAGGAUCACGCAGAGAAGGCUGCCCAGGCCCCAGGUUUCGCCUCAGCACAAGCAAAAGCAAAGCCUGACACAUCAGAGCCCUACCUUUGCCCACCGCCGAAGACCUCCAGUACUUACCACAACCACUAUCCAUGGGACUGACCGGCCCCACAGAACGAGACCAAAAACCAGGGGCACGAAACACCACACCGACCUGCACAGUCGUGGGAUGCCUGGCACUCAACCACGCAAAAGCAUCUGACACUUCAGGCGAUGAGAGCCCACGAGGACGGCGUCUGGCACCCAGCUGGAAUCGGAUGAGUACAAGUAGCAGACCAGAGUCAGCCAGACACAGAUUGUUCUAGCUGGACGUUACUAACAUACCCCUUAAUGCAGGAACUGCUUCAUGUAAACUAACUAACCGUAAAGUUACAGUUUGUGUGCUGUCGUUAUCUCACCCCUCACAGAGUUUUUAACUGCUUAAGUGUACAUAAGUUUACCUUAAAAGCUUACACAUUGUAUGAAUAGCUAACCCUAUCUAAAAUGGCAAUUUAAGCGAACACUAGCAGUGAAAACAAAAAUGGUCUAUAUGUAAUCUUUGAAACGUGCAACCAGUGCCUUAAUCAUACAAAGCUUUCUCCUUUAACAAUGCAUCACUAUACAUAUAUAAGUUCAAACACACCUAGCUCGAUUAAAAGCAAACCUAGCAUGUUAUGUUAUACCUACAAAAAUGUGCAAGUUGUCUACAUGUCAUAUUUCUGUUAUAAGCACCGAAAACCGCACUUGUGAAAGCUAUUGUGGCUGUGCAAGCACUGUUGUUAUCUCAUGCACAACAAAAAAAGGUAAUAACCAUAUCACAGGAAUGCCUAAAUAUUGUUAGGUGGAAUCCUGCACUGUAUAUAUAAAUAAAUGGGUGAAUGUCUUUUUGCUUCUAGUAAAAGGCUUGUGGUCGUGGUUCCCAAUGAAGCAGCCUUUAAUACACGAAGGGCCUAUACUAGUGAGGAUGAAGCAUGGAAGUCCUAUCUGGAGAAUCCAUUGACAGCAGCGACAAAGGCGAUGAUGAGCAUAAAUGGAGAUGAAGAUAGCGCUGCUGCCCUUGGGCUCUUAUAUGAUUAUUAUAAGGUAACCUGUUUUAUGAUUGUUAAUAUUGUUGCUAUUAUUCAUUUUAUAUAUAUAUAUAUAUAUAUAUAUAUAUAUAUACAUUUUUCAUUUUUAAAGGGACGCUAUAGUCACCAAAACUUAAUGUAACUAUUUCGGUGCAUAGGUCAUGCCCCUGCAGUCUCACUGCUCAAUUUAGGAAUUAAACCACUUUAUUUUUGCAGCCCUAGUCACGCACAGCCUUCCUAAACACUACCUGUCAAGUGAGAUCUAAUGUUUACACUUCCUUUAUUGCACAGUCUGUUUAAUUUAGAAUGUUUUAUCUUCUGCUCUGUUAAUAGCGUGCUAGACCUUGCUGGAUCUUCCUGAGUGUGAUUAAAGUUCAAUUUAUAGAGCAGUAGAUAAAAACUUCUGAAGCAAGUUAACAUCUGAUUGAAAAAGGAAACUUUUUUUUUUUUUUUUUUUAUGCAGACUGUGAGAGUCACAGCCUGGGGGGUUGUGGCUAAGGCUGCAUAAACUGAAUUAAAAGUGAUUAUACACAGAACUGCUUCAUUAAGUCCCUUUAAUAUCUUUUGAUGUGUGUUUGUUUGAAUGUUCUCCUCUCUAAUGUUAAUUCUGUUUUAUUUAUAUAUAUAUAUAUAUAUAUAUCACUUAACAGACAUUAGCAAAAAAUAAUAAUAAUUAAAAACACUUAUUUAUAUGUAGAUACAGUCACAGAACCUGCACAGAAAAACAUUACUCUGCUUGUAUUUCAUUACAUCCUUAAAAAUAUCAACUUUUUAAAUGAUGUAAUAAAAUAAAAGCUAUGUUUUAUUUUUUGUCUACUUGUUGAAGUCCCUGGAGUGCGGCCUUUUUUGCUGACAUUGUGUAUGUAUGAAUGUGUACAUACAAAUACAUACACACACGUACAUUAUGCAAUAUGACAAUUUUUGCUUCAAACAGUCUAGAUAUUUUAUCCCAUACAUUGCUGUAGUUUUCACUGACCACAAUUUUAACCCCUUAAGGACCAAACUUCUGGAAUAAAAGGGAAUCAUGACAUGUCACACAUGUCAUGUGUCCUUAAGGGGUUAAUUUUAGCUCUAUUAUAACUGGCUCAGUAUGACGACCAUUUGGUGUGUUUCAUGAUGUUCAGAAAGGUUUAAUUUGUUUUUUCUCUCCCGCCAUCCUUUAAUUUGUUAGUAUUUUCUUUCUAUAUGUGGCAACCUAUACUGCAGCGCUGAACAGUAAGUAAGCAAAGCUUAUAAAUAAAAUAUAUGUUUGCAGAAAAAAUGUGACAAGGUCCUUAAUUUAAAAAAUAAUAGUUUACAGUUGUGCAGUAUAAUAAUAAUACAAAAGUAAAAAGUCUAAUUUAUCCAGAAUAUUCAUCAUUAUAUAUUUCUGGUGAUUUUAAAUUAAUUAUCUGUAAUAUGCAUAAAACUAGGAUGUACUGACGCAUGAUGUGUUUUUUCUUUUAAAGUACUUAAAAAUAUUUAAAUUCUCAUUUGUUUUUCUGCCUCACACAUUCUAAUUAUUGUGACUACAUUUAAAGAAACCAUAAAAAAUAUAUUGAGGGAAAGACUGUAUCAAGAGAACUUAACUUUCAUUUAUAGAUUUUUUUUUUAAUGAUUAUUUUACUUUUUCUAUUGUCAUUUACAUAUGCUUUAAAGGACACUAUAGACACCAGAACAACUACAGCUUAAUGAUUGUGCUCCUGACCCUAUAGUAUUCCUUUAAGAUCUGGGAUCAUCUACAAAAAUCUUGAACUUUUUCAGUUAUGGUGAUCCAAAUAUUUUUAUUUUUAUUUUUUCCUAUGGCGUUGUUUCUGUAUUUUAUUUUUUAUUUUUUUGCAUUCCAUUUUUUUCUAAGAAAAACAAAUAUAGCAUGUAGUAAAAAACAAAAGGGGGGGAAAAAAAUGAAAUUGUUCUUUCUUUUGGUUGUUUUCAGGUUCCCAGGGAGAAAAGGUUAUUGUCUUUAAAUAAAAUAAACGAUGCCCAUGAAGAACAAGAUAAAAGGUAAUGCAUCCAGGCAUUCUUAAUAAUGUAUAUCUAGGUUAUGUGAAGGGUUACUCCAACCACCAUAACCACUUUAGUGCUUUGAAGUGGUCCUGAUGGUAGGAGUCAGUAUGGGCAGAGUUUCAGCUUUAAGCUCUACACAUACUGAAUACUGAAUUAUUGGCAGUUAUUGCCAGGGUCAAGUUGCACACCCAGCACUCCUGCCUAACGUCAGUUCUGUGCAUAAAUUAAGUCUAUUGUCGCACUGCAAGUUGACAACAGACGUAUAGAUAGACUCCCUCCUCCCGUACUUUCUUAGAAGAAGUGACGCUGAAGAGGGCAUAGAGCUUUGCCCUGGGCUGGAUUUGUUGUGUGUAAAAACUUUUUUUUUUUCUUUUUUCUUUUUUUCUGUACUUUGAGAGGGGGGACCUUCCCCAUAGUGCCCAGUAGUCCCAUAUGCCAGAAAGGUUCCCCCUCUCAAUAGGGUUAUAGUAACCCUUUAAUACAUGUUUGUAGGUGGUCUCGGUCGGUGCAAUGGGAAGACUAGACCAGCCCGUAAGGUGCACCAGUCCUGAAUUUAUAGGUCUCCAAAUUCUAUUCCAUUUGGUGAUACUGACAAAACCUGGACCUUUGGAGUUUAAAUUAAUAAUGCUUAGUCCUAUUUAUUAUAAAAUAAUAAGAUUGAGAACAGCAGCAAAAAAAUUUAAAAUAAAAAGCUAAAUAGUUUUGCUACAUAAACCCAUCUUUUCUGUCCCUCUCUUCCAUCCUGCAGGUUUUCCUUUUAUUAUUCCAAACUUACUCUGUACAUAAUGUCACGAUUUGGAGUUUGGUGCAUUGUAGUAUAUGUUUCUCUGUGUCUCUCUGUGUCUCUCUGCUCAGUGCUGGGGUUAGAUUUAAAGGACUGUGUGCAUGUAUUGCGUUAAUGCUGCUUGUAAUUGUUAUUGGACUUUACCCUGAACUCUGAAGCGCAAGUCUAACCUUAUAUUGAAAGAACACAUUUUUCAUGUUCUGUUCUAUUUUUUUUUUUUUUUUUAAUGCAUCUUAUUUUCCUCGCUGCAGAUCUUAGUGACACUGUCUUCCUUUAUAUCUUACUACACUGAUGAUAAGCAGACUAGUAAAAUAAUUAGGAACUAGUUCAUACAUGGAUUAAACUAAAUAACUAGACAUGAAGUGUGUCUUGGCUCUUUCCUCUCAUGCUCUUUUUCUGUCUGUCUAUCAGAUCCACCAUGUUUUCAGGGACACAUCAUUUUAUCAAAUUUAUGAAAAUGCAUGAAAAGCGCUGCCCUGCAGUGAGUAUAUUUCUUAAUUUGCCUAAUCACCUUUUUCUGAAUGCUACAUACUACAGAGUAACCCUUUUCAUGUGCUGUCCAUCAAUAUGUAUACGUGAUAUGUGUUCCUGAAAACAUGGUAUAUCUGGUAACUAUAUAAGUAUAAACGGAAACAUUGUUUAAAGGGACACUAUAGUCACCAAAACAACUACAGCUUUUUGUAUUUGUUUUUGUGAGUAAAAUCAUUCCCUUCAGGCUUUUUGCUGUAAACACUGGUUGUUUUUUUUCAGAGAAAAGGCAGUAUUUACAUUACAGCCUAGGGAUACCUCCACUGGCCCCUCCUCAGAUGGCUAUUAGAGGUGCUUCCAGGGGGAGUGCUGCACAGUGUCUCCAUCAUUCAGUGUCUCCAUCCUCUGCUUGGAGACACUGUACUUACCUGAUAGAGAUGCAUUGAUUCAAUGCAUCACUAUGAGGAUAUGCUGAUUGCUCAGCACACACAUAGACAGUGGUGAGGGGUGCAGUGUGUGUGUGUGAAGGGUGCAGUGUGUGUGGAGGGGGUGCAAAGGGAUAAGGGAAUUGUGUUAUUUUUAUUUAAAAUUAAUUUUAAAAAACCUUGAUGUCCCCCCACCCUUCUUCUUACCUUUUGGUGAAGGAAUGGGUGACAGUCGUGGGUUCGGUAGUGAGUAGUAGAUCCUACGGCUGCAGGCUAUCUUCAUGCCACGGCAAUGCUCAGACCUGCAUGCCCUCCUCCCUCUCACUAACGUAGGGCCUUUGGGCUGGUGAGGGAGAUCUUUGGUUUCCUCACCAGCCCAAGAAGGCCUAAAUCAAGUAAGCAGGGCCGGCUCUCCGUGGGCCAGCAGUGGUGAUCAAAAGAUCUCCCCUUUCGGCCUGGGCACAUGGGCAAUGCUGUGGGCCCGCUAUGCUUGUGGGGCGCCCGGGAAGUGCCCAGUUUGCCCAUGCGGAAAGAGGGCCCUGCCCCUGAUCUGCCUCAGUGACAUUCUCAGCCAAUCCAAUGCUUUUCUAUGUGAAAGCAUUGUGAGUAGCUCAGAUCAACACUUCUGAUUAUGUCAGCCAAGAAGGCAGAUCAGGGGCAGAGCCAGCUGCAUCAGACUGGAAUAAAGGUAAGAUUUUACUAUAUUUAGGUGGGGGAGGGGGGAGUGAGGCUAGGUGGUGUUUUAACACUAGAGGGUAAAGAAUAUGUUUGUUUUCCUGACCCUAUAGUGUUGGUUUAAUGUAUACUUGCUUUGAUAUGUAAUAAAGCAGAAGAAAUUCAGUGAAAUUUUAAUCCGGAGUCUGACUCCCCAGUGUAUAUUUGAUAUGUCAGCAAGGGCGAGAAACCUUGGUAUAUUUCUGUAUAUAUGUAUGAUGAUUAUUAUUAUUUUUCAUCUAUUCAUUUAUCUUUUUUAGAGAUAAAAAGCAUCAGAUAUUAUUAGGUAGGCUGUCUUCUACAUUAAUUUUUUUUUACAUUAAAGGAGUGCUCUAAGUUGAAAUGUGCUGCCUCUCUCAUCUUCCAGUUUCUGGAGAAAAAGAAAAUAUGUGUAUUAAGCACAGUGACAUUGAGUGUUAUUGGAAUUUUAAAUUAAAAAAUCACCAUUUAAAAAAAAAAAAAAAAGUCUUUUUCUUAUACGCUCGUUAACAUGAGUGUCCUUGUCCAUGAUUUAUUUUGCAGAAAUUGUCUACCAACCAGUGAAACAUCGAAUAACCAGAGUAAUGGAGAAAAUCGGGUACAAGUUUUAAAAACCGCACUUAUCAAUCGCUCCCUAAAUACUGAGCCACUAGAGUCUUCCAAGAGAGAAUACAGUGGGAACAUAACUGCAAGUCCACCGGCGACCACCGCACCAGGGAUCACAGUGGUCAAAGCAGAAGAAUUUACACCAGUGUUUAUUCCCCCGGCUGUGCCAUACAGACCUGACAGUGAGGAACCAAGGGUUGUGAUAUUUGAGCAAACUCACUACGGAGUACAUAAUAUUAAUAGCCAUACGGACUACCUCAAGGACGACCAGCGCAGCACUCCCGACAGUACAUAUAAUGAGAGCUUCAAAGAAGGAGUCACUGAUGUAAGAUCUACUUCUAGAACAUGUGUUUAAAUGUCUUAAUCUAGAUUAACUUUCACAUCAACAUCUGAUCUCACUCCAUCCAACUAAAUUUAUUAUAUGUUCACAUAUAACAAAAUAUGUUUUUGUUAUAUAUAUAUAUAUAUAUAUAUUUAUUUUUUUUUUCUUUCUUUAGAAGAAAACAGUUUUCUAUAAAAAAAAAAAUGGAUUUACACCUCUAGAUCCUGCAACUGGGUGCCUCCAUCUUAUCUUAUUUUUUACAUUUUUUGUAAAUUUGAUUUACACCUCUUUAUUCUACAACUGGGUGCCCCCUUCUCAACUUAGUCAAUCAUUGUUAUGAACUCUCGUCGACAUAGAGAAAGCUUAAAGGAAACAGGAAAAAUAAACAAUAUUUCUAUUUAUCCUCUUCAUUUGCCAUUUGCUGUAUCUUUAAAAUACAUUUAAAAGAAAACUUAGCAUUUCCUGGGAAAUAAAAGGUUAACAUGUGUGCUUUAAGUCUUAUCUUCCAUAUAUUGCCCCUACUUACUAUUGCUAUCAUCCCCCACCCCAUGACUCCGUUCCUGCAACUGUCAACAAAUGACCUACCAAGCACUCAAUGAACCCUUCUGUAACAAACUAUGUAAUUCCCCUACUUUAACCCUUUGUGCCACAAUAUCCCACUCCCUCUAGCAUGUAAGCUCAUCGAGCAGGUCCUCAACCCUCUCUGUUCCUGUACGUCAGUGGUCUGAUCUCAAUUAUGUGUCUGUUAGUCCACCCAUUGUACAGCGUUACGGAAUUUGUUGAUGCUAUAUAAAUAAUAAAAUAAUAAUAAUUAUUGCUGUUUAUUGGGUACAAUUAAAUGAAUUAAGCAAAUGUCAAUUUAGGAAGUGACUUUAAAAUAUAGAAUAACUAUCUAAGUACUGUAUUUAUAUAUUGAAAUAAAAAUUGCUUGCCAGUUCUCUCUGGAUGUGACAUUUAUUUUUUUGUUUGUUUUUUUAGAAAUACCGUAGCUCAUCAGUAGGAGCUGAAGAAUUUAUCUAUGAUCAAACAUCAAGGUAAAUUGUGAAAGGCGCUGUUGUUUUUUUGUGCGGGGAAUUUCCACAGACUAGGCAUGUAUAUUUCUAUUAAAAUGGUUCAUUUAAAGUUAAAGCCAAAUUUCGAAUGUGACCCACAAUAUAUCAUAGAAAAAUAAUUACUAUGGUUAGGUAACAAGUUUCUGCACAAUUUAUAAUUAAGAUAUGCAGAUAUGGAGCAUUUUUAAAAAUAUGUAAACUUUCUUGGAAUAUGAAUAAAAAAAUGAAUGUAAUUCACUGACCAGGCAAGUUAAAGCACUAAAUAUGGUCUGUGACAGACCGCCUGGCACUCUGACCGAGUGCCUCUGCCAAUCAAUGCUCCCAGUGCUCACCGAGAAAUUCCAGCACUCCAUCAUAUACCAUAAGCACUGCAGACCCCACUUCCAGCGAUGCAGCUGCUCUGGGGUCUCGCCAUUCUUCACCCACCCUGGACACAAGACCAGGAUCCAGCUUCCAGUGGGCAGACCUCUCCUACUCCCAGAGAGCGUAGCAGGAACAGCUCUUAUAAGAGCUAUUGAUUAUAAUUCCUGUGCAGUAUAGUGAUAUAGCAAUCCCCAGGAUAGAUACAGCUGUUUCCCUCACACGUGAGAUGAGGCUCUAUGUUGAGGGUAAGCAGGAACAGAAUUUUAAUGGAGGCACACUGGCCUUUUAUGCAAGUUUCCCAACAAGGGUGACCAAGGCCACCAUCAGGGGGUGAUAACCAUGACGGUUGUCAUGGGCCCGGCGGUCCUGGGGGGCCUGGACUGCUUUGGCAGUCCAGGGCCCCACAAUUACUCUCUGCACAUAUAUAUAGCGAUGAUCGCUAUAUAUAUGUGCAGCUGCGGGCCCCAUGCUCCCUAUACUUGCAGAGGGGGCCCAGCGGACUGCAAGUGUACUUACAAACUCUUCCCUCUCUGUAACUCCCGCGAGACCCGCGGCCGUCAGAGCGUUGCCAUGGGUUACCAUGGCAACGCUCCGCGCGGCACACACGCCGUGCUCGCGGGAGUUACAGAGAGGGAAGAGCUUGUAAGUACACUUGCAGUCCGCUGGGCCACCUCGGCAAGUAUAGGGAGCCGGGGGGCCCCAUAAUGCCACCGGACCACCAGGGAUCAUGGUAUCUCCCCCCUCCCUGAACCAGGUAAGAAACAGGAAGGGGGGAAUAACAUUUUUGGAAUGCUCCAUUUACAGUGUAUGCAUACACUACACUAACACACACACUGCAUACACUACACUAACACACACACUGCAUACACUACACUAACACACACACUGCAUACACUACACUAACACACACACUGCAAUCACUACACUAACAAACACACUGCAUUCACUACACUAACACACACACUGCAUUCACUACACUAACACACACUCUGCAUUCACUUCACUAACAUACACACUGCAUUCACUUCACUAACAUACACACUGCAUUCACUACACUAACACACACACUGCAUACACUUCACUAACACACACUCUGCAUUCACUUCACUAACAUACACACUGCAUUCACUUCACUAACACACACUGCAUUCACUACACUAACACACACACUGCAUACACUUCACUAACACACACACUGCAUACACUUCGCUAACACACACACUGCAUUCACUUCACUAACACACACUGCAUUCACUACACUAACACACACUGCAUUCACUACACUAACACACACUCUGCAUUCACUACACUAACACACACACACACACUGCAUACACUUCACUAACACACACACUGCAUACACUUCACUAACACACACACUGCAUACACUUCAAGCUAACACACACACUGCAUUCACUUCACUAACACACACUGCAUUCACUACACUAACACACACUGCAUUCACUACACUAACACACACCUGCAUUCACUACACUACACACACACACACACCACACACUCUCACCAACACACACACUGCAUACACCCCACUAACACACACACACUGCAUACACUUCGCUAACACACACACUGCAUUCACUUCACUAACACACACUGCAUUCACUACACUAACACACACUGCAUUCACUACACUAACACACACUCUGCAUUCACUACACUAACACACACACACACUCUGCAUACACUACACUGACACACACUCUGCAUUAAUUACAUUGACACACACUCUGCAUCCACUACACUGACACACACACUCUGCAUUAACAAUACACACAGCAUCCACUACACAGACAUCCUGUAUUCACAGUACACCCACUACAUCCACCACACAUUCAAACACUCUGCAUUCACUAUACAGAGACACUGCGUCUAAUACACACACUACAUUCACUACAGACACUGCAUCCACUAAACACAUUGCAUCUAGUACACACAAACACUACAUCCACUACACAAACACACUCUGCGUUCACUAUACACACUGCAUCCGCUACACAAACACACACUCUGCAUUCACUGCACAAACAGUAUCUAAUACACACAAACACUACAUCCAUUACACACAUUCUAAUUCACUUCCACUAUACACACCACAUUCAGUCCUGCAUCAUUUGCAGCGGACUUGUGGGCGGGCCGGGUGGGAGGGGCAGGGAGGCUCAGACCUUGUGCUGUGUCAAGGGCCCCAAAAUUUCUGGUGGCGGUCCUGAGGGUGACACCCAGGUGGACCUUGUUGGGCACAUGGACACAAAGUGAAGAAACCAAUAAAAACGGUCAUACAGUGAGACACUUCCAUACACAAACAAUAGAAUACCUCCUCUGUGCUUGGGAGAUAAUUGAAUCAGGAACUGUACUAAUCUAACUCCAUUAUCCCCAAGCACAGAAAAACAUACAAUUUAUGAAACCCCAAAAAGUACCUUAAAAACACAUAAAACCCCAUAAAAGUUGCAUAACCUGAUAGCCCUGAUCUGGGUUAACAACAUAUUCAAAAAUCACCUAGAUCGGUGCAGGGGGUUCAGGAAUUUCCUGGAAGUUAUAGUUUUGACUGACCAUGCACAUGGUCCUAUGCCCAAAACAAUUCCAGGGAAAUCAGUGCUAACAGUCGGUCUAAUUUGGUAGUCUUUUACAGGUUUCUCUGCAGGGCCCAUAGUUUGUGGGCAGGAGGCUGGCAAGCGGGCACCUCCAAGUACAAGUGGCGAGGAUACUUUCGCCACAUGGUCUAUACAACUUAAAGGGACACUAUAGUCACCAGAACAACUACAGCUUAUUGUAUUUGUUCCGCUGAGUAUAGUUUGUGCCUGCAGACAUUUUGAUAAGGUCUCUUUUUCAGAGAAAAUACAGUGUUUAUAUUACAGCCUAGAGAUCCCUCCACUGGCCACUCCUCAGAUGGCUACUAGAGAUGCUUCCUGGGGCAGUGCUGCACACUGUGCAGCAUUGCCAUUCAGUGUCUCCGCCCUCUGCAUGCAGACACUGAACUUUCUUCAUUGAUUCAAUGCAUCUCUAUGCUGUUUGGCUUGUGCUGGCUCUGCCCCUGAUCUGCCUCCUUGACGAGCUCAGCCAAUCCAAUGCUUUCCUAUGGGAAAGCAUUGUGAUUGACUCAGGUUACCACUUCUAAUUAUUUUCAGCCAAGGAGGCAGCUCAGGGGCAGAGCCAGCACCAUUUUGCUAUAUUCAGUGGGGCAAGGGCAUACCAGGGAGGCUAAAUGGUAUUUUUAACGCUAUACAUGUUUGUGUUCCUGACCCUAUAGUUAAAAGAACAUGGAUAUCUAAAAUAAAAGAAUUAAUUUGAAAACAAUCUUUCAAAAAAAUCUUACUGAUGUAAUAUCACGUCACACAAUAAUUAUAUUUUCUAUAAAUUUAAAAUUUUCACUUUUCCAGACCAUUUGCUUGUGUAAGUGUAUAUUUCAUUCAUUUUUUUGUUUACUGGAUGCGUUCCCUGUGAUAGCAGUAUGAUGCUACCCCCACUGCCAUUUCCACCACGAUUGCUUAGUGAAUACGAGUGCAAGUGAUUUCAGAAAUAUGUGCACGCUCCCUAAUUCUUCCAGUUAAUUAAUGGGGAGGCAUAGCACUGGUUUAGAUAGCUGUUUGUUCCUCUGACAUAUGCGGCACAAGAGUAUAAUGUGAUUCCUGGCAAAAUAUGCACACACAAAAAAAGGCCAAGGCAAAUGUUUAUUUUCUUAUAAUUGAUUUAUUAAGUUGAAAAUACAGAUUAUUUGUUUUUGUGAGUUUAUACAAUUUAUAAAAUAUAUAUGCUGUGUGUGUGUGUGUGUGUGUGUGUGUGUGUGUGUGUGUGUGUGUGUGUGUGUGCACACGCGCUUGAGUAUAUUCCAAAUUGCUUAUGUAUGCUCUCACUCUCUCUCAUGUUUUUCUUUGUUUUUUUUGUUUUUUUUGUUGCAGAUCUGUUUUGCUUGGGCUAAAUAAAAAUUAUACAUGUCUUGUUCAUCGCACCAAGACCCUGUCUAUCUCUUCUAUCUCUACCGUGUACCUUUUAAACACGGUUUUGAUAACGGAAGAAUCUUACUGCAUUGUACAUCACCGCCUUUUAUUGACACAAGACUAAAUAUUAAUGUGCUAUUUCUUUGUAGGCCAAUUGUGAAAGGUUAAAUAAUGUACUAGAAUGCUUGUAGAGUUCUCAGGUUGAAUACUAAUUCUGUAUCCUUUUCUUUCUACUAUAGUACAUUUCAGUAUACUCUGGAAGCAACAAAAUCCUUGCGCCAAAAACAAGGAGAGGGGCCAAUGACUUAUUUAAACAAAGGCCAGUUUUACGCCGUCACUCUGAGUGAGACCGGGGCCAACAAGUGUUUCAGGCAUCCAAUCAGCAAAGUUAGGGUACGUAAUCGGCUGCUUCUCUUGUGCCAACAGACUUGGCGCUACUUGGAUCACAGCAUCCCAGUAAUGAUCCUUGGUAAUCUCAGAGCAGGUCUUCAGUAAAUAAGCACAUGAACUCAGGUGAUUUCAUAAGCAUCGGUAGAUAUAUGAGCACAGGUCGAAUGUAUUUAGAGCCAAAAGAGAAACAUUAAGCCUAAGGUUCUGUUUGAUAGACUUUCAUGCAUUCCUCUUGCUAGGGAGUGGUUGUCAACUGGAAAAUAAAUUAAUUGUGAAACCAUUUGAUGCCAAGUUAUUGGCAAGUUUGUACACGAAUCGGUGUAAUGAUGGGAUGGGUGGUGUAAUGACACCACAAAUCCUUCUGUUUUAUUUUUUCAGGAUAAUUUUGAAAUAAACAAACAAAAACUAGAAUACAUGCCAUUUGUCAACUAUACACGUAACGAAUAAGCAAAUCCGAUAGAGUAUAGCUUUGCAGUUUGUUGUGUUUUUGUUCAAUAAAACCGCACUAUUGCAUAUGCAAUAUUCCAGCAUACAUACAUAUUUCUGUCUUGGAAAGUUAAUUUCUCUCUUUUUAAAAAAACAAAACAAAACUUUUUCCAGUGUCUAAUUUAGUUUUGUUAACAUAUUGCUGAAAUGUUUGAAGGUGCCUGGACAGUGACACACGUUGAUUCCGUUCUAUUUACUAACAUUCCGUUUAGUAAUCUCUUUAUUGUGGAGGUAACUUGGUGGGAAGAUAAAUGUGCAGCAAAGGGUUUUCAGUUCUACCUCUGUGAUCUCAAUGAAACUGGAUAGUUAUUUUUACAAUAUAUAUUCCAUAAAUAUACAAAUGUUUGUUUAAUAUUUAUUUUCAGAUAAUUUUCCAACUUUUUCUUUCUCUACUGUCUAUGUACAGAGUGUGAUAAUGGUUGUGUUUAGUGAAGAUAAAAACCGUGAUGAACAGUUAAAAUAUUGGAAGUACUGGCAUUCUCGACAGCACACGGCAAAACAACGGGUUCUGGACAUUGGUAAGUGUGUUGUAUUAGUUUUUGGUAACAGAGUAGGAUUUACUAUAAGCUGACCUUGGGCAGCUGCCUACGACCCGGGAGUUGGUCAGAGUUUCUGGAAACAUGAUUUGAUUGGUCCUAUAAACCAUCCAGAUAUGAAGACUGAAUAGAUGGCCUCAUACCUGGUAACUUUGUAGAGAAUUUAAUCCUUUUCUGAUACAAGCACAAUCUAAAACAUGUAACAUAGAGAACCCAGUCAGGGAUAAACAUGCUAAUCUAAUCUAUUCUAAAUAAACUCUAGAUGCUACCAGAGAACCAGUUUCUUAGACUCCUCUAGCCCAGACUCCUGCAUCUCCGCUUCUCUCUCUAUUCACAUGACUAAGGUAAAUUAUUAUUGUAUCCCAGUCAUGAUUAUACCAUCACUGCAUCAUUUCAUUUUAUUGAAAACUAAAAAAGAAUUAUACAAUGUAAAUUAUAAAAUAAAGGAAGAACAAUCAAACUCCUCAGUGUGGGUGGGUGUUAUCUGUUAAUAAUGUAAUUUAGGAUCACUAGACGGAGAGAGUAACGUAAAUCAUGAGAAUUUUGAAAAAAUAAAUAAAUAAAAACCACGGAAUAGAAAAACGAAACACAAUAAAGGACCCCAUCCCCCUCCCAAAAAAGCAAAAUAAUAAAAAAGCCCUAUUGGGAAGAAACCGGAUUAAUUUGUUGUAUAGUAUCGCCAGUGAAACCUGGGCAACAAAUAAUUCUUUUCUAAAGUACGAAAUCCCUGAUUAUCUUCAAUAAAACAAUGGAACAUUAGGUACAUGUGGAGGAAUGUCUAUAAGAUUUGCUAUAAUCUGUGUACUGAUCAUAACAUAACUGUGUUAUAUCCAGUUUUCCUCCCUGCAGCAAGGUGGGUAAAGCAAUUAAACUGACCUUCUGCUUCUUGUAUUCUCCUCCUGUCUGUGUCAUGAUGAGCUCUACUGGAAAAAAUACUAUGUCAAUGUCCUUUUAAAGAAUAUUAAUUGGCUUCAUAAUUACCUCCAACCUUGCUUUCUUGGCCUUGUGUAGUUGCAGCUGUGAUGCGAGUUUGAGGGACAUAUUGUGUGUGUGGCUAUUGAGUAGAUAAAAUGUGAGCUGAAUUAUAAACAAAAAAAAGGGCAUAUACUAAAAAUGAUAAAACUAUGGAUAGGUGGAAAGGUUAAUUUUAUAAGGUCAGGGUAAUCUUAAAAACUCCAACACAAAUGUAGGACAAAGAUAUAUUGUAGUUAAAGGGGUGUAUCCAAUGACAACUUCAGAAAUUAAAAAUGAUAUAACAUAUAAUGAUCAAAAAAGAAAGGGGAGAAAAAAAAAAGUAUUGCUCCCAUAACAUAAUCUAACUAACGUCAUUUUAUUAUUGUGCCCAGUACAUAAGGAAGUCUCUACUUUGCCUGUCACUCUAACAGGGACACAUUAUUAAGAGGAAAGAAAUGUCCAUUGUCAAUAAGGAAGUUGGCUGAACUCUGAGUUGAGGGAGAUGAAUAUUGAGUAAUUCCUGAUACUGUGUUUUUGCUGAACAAAACAUUAUCAGUUCUGUGAUUUCCCUAGUCUGUGUGUCAUAAAAAGGAAGUAAAAGAAAGAAAAGGUAAAAAAAUCUUGUUGGGGAAUAGUUUAGUGAACGCAUGAAUGCCAGUCUUGUGCAAUGCCUGGAACCUGAAUAGUUAAAUUCGAUUGAACGACCUUUAAAUAACUUUCAAUAGGUGAAACUUACAUGAGAGAUUUCAAAAUGUCUGUCUCCUGGAUGUGUUUACAAACCUCUGUUGCUAAAUGACGUGCUCAGCAAACAAAGCACAUUUGCUUAUAAAAGCAGGCUACUUUAAUGAGUUCUCACAAACGUGUAAUGUGUGUCAAAGGCCAGGACAAUAGCAGGAAAAGCAAAAAUAUAAAGCCACACCUUUUAUGUGCUAUUUUACAAGGUUUUCACAUCUCUUUUUUUUUGCCAAUGACUUCGAGCAGGGGUUUACAAUAAACUUUUCCAGUGGAACUCUUUGACAUAGUGUAAUUGUGGAACCCCUGAUAAAGGUUUGCGCUUUAGCACAAACCUUUUAAUUACCACAUACAAAUACAGAUACACAGAGUGACAUACAGGUACACACACUGGAAGAUACACAGACUGACACACAGAUACACAGACUGACACACAGAUACACAGACUGACACACAUAUACACACACUGACACACAGUGAUACAUACAUGCGCACACACACACACAGAUCAUAAUAUUUAUAGUUGCGGCCACUCUCCACUUAGCUUACUUUUUUUUCUGCAGGAGGGUGUCUUGUUUGGUGUGUGAAGUCUUUGUAGCUCACUCCCCGCUGCUGCCUCACUCCAUCCAGCCGGCCCUCUUUAUGUCUGGGUGGAAGUGACCAUCUGUUAUCUCCUCCCAGCAUCCAUACAGGUUCAAAAGUACCCAUUGGUUGGCACUAAGUGCUUUACCCGAUGGGCAAAUUGCAGCGGAACCCCAGUUUUGUUUGAACCCUUUGGAACACCAAUUGGUAAACGCUGACUUAGAGUAUGGUUGUGAGUGUUGUUCUCUGUAUGUAUUCUUGAGCAGCACACACAAAUUGAUAUACCUUUCAUAUGGCCAAAGAGGGAUGCUUUAAUUUUAGGGGGGUGGGGUGGCUGGAGGUGUAGGCAAAGGACUGGGAUAAUCCAGAACAUUUUAGGAGAAAAAUAAGGUUAUUUACAAAUGUGUGAAUUGUCGGGAAUUCAAAAUCAAUUCAAAGUGAAUUUUAAAAGCAAGUCCAAAGAAUAUGAACUAAAAGCAUAGCUGACUGCAUUUGUCUAGCUAUUUUGUUCUUAAAUUUAAAAUUAAGUGUAUAAGUAUAUAUUUUUUUCCCUUCAUCUUCUGUAGCCAAAUUAUCAGUAAUUCAGACAUGGGCCAAUGUAAUGUAAUGCAUUUACAGCUAUUCACAUAGCUCUGUUGGUUAGGGCAUCCAGAGCAGAUUCUCAGGCUAAUUCAAGGAUGAUUCUACAUAUCUGUGGGUAGUCACUUGCAAAUGGCUAGUUUCGGAGUGGAAAUUUCAAACCUUGCAAUCAAACAAAAAUCAAUCAGGAAUUUGACAUGAAGGUACAUGCUCUCCCAACAUUGGUUUUGGAAAUCUGUUUAAAGAAACUACUGAGCUUUUCCUGUUUAUAAAUGAAAUGAUUCACUGGAUCGAUGCAUACUUGGUAAUAAAUAGGGGGUCUUGUCUUGUACAAGAAGGGCUUCUUUCGAUGUUUAAUAUAAGCCUUAGAAUAUAAAUUUUAUUUUGGUGCCACACCGACUAAUCUGGAUUCCGUCCCAUUUAUUUACAACAGGUGCAUUUGUUCACUUUGAUAUUUCCUAAUAUUUACAGAAAAUAUGCAUUAAACAAAUACUUCCUCGUAAUACUUGUGCUUCAAAUGUCUGGGCUCACCUGCAGGAACACUGGGCAGUGCCAGGGCUGUUUAACGUCCUCACCUACUGAGCCAACCUCCCCCCUCCAUAAAUCCCCUGGCACUAAUACACCAAUAUCUGUUAUUUUACUCACUGUUUGAUGGGCAUGAGCCAGUGAUAAUUCACUGAGCAUAGUAUUAAUGAUGUAAACAAGCUCACCGACAAAAGUGAACAAUGCGUCUAUAUGGAAAGGUCAGUCUGAUCAACCAGGAAGCAGACCGUUUGUGUUGCUGUGAAAAAAGCACAGUGUAGACCGUGAUACUGUAAAAAGAAACGUAUAUACAGCAAUCCUAAUGGCAAGCAGUUAUCUACCAAAGUAAAGGUAUGGGACUGCAUUGCAUCACAUGAAGUGUAGUAUUUCUGUCUGUGAACCUGAAACUCUGUGAUUCUAGUUCAGCCACAUUACUUUCAAAUGUAUUACUGGAUGUGAAUCAAGGAUUUCGGAAAUGUCAGAAUAAAUUUCCAGAUCAAUAUAUGGAGUUGCAAUACACGAAGAGCUGUAUUUGUUCGUGCGUUUGAUAGAAGUUCUAAUAUUCACCAAGUGGGGCACAAUCACUAACAGAUUAUAAUGAUAACUAGCAAAUUAAAUAACGUCCGCUUACAGAAGCUGGAAUCCACCUCUUUGUCUUUGGCUUGUGUUUCUUGACAAAUUACUGUUGAACAAGGAUAGGUCUAUACACUUAACACUGAACGGCUGACAAAUAGUAGCCGACCGCAUGUUUUGGUGAUCCUCACAAUUUGGCUCCUUCAAAGGGACACUACAGGCACCCAGACCACUUUAACACAUUGAAGUGGUCUGGGUGCAGUGUCCCUGUCACACUCUGUCCUGCAAUGUAAAUCAUGAGUUUUAGAGAAAAAUGUUUACAUUGCAGCACGAAGAUAGCCUCUAGUGCAGGUCUACCAGACAGCUGCUAGAGGCGCUUCUGGGAUUUUACCGGACGUUUGGUUACCUAACUGACGCUGGACGUCAUCACCCUCUGCAUGAGGACAUCCAGUAUCAGUUAAGUCCCAUAGGGGAGGGCCUAAUCCGUUGUAUGAUGUCUGAUGAGGAGUAGGGGCAUUGGUGCUGGAAUUAGGUGAGUAAAUUGUUUUUUAAUCCUUUAUGUACUGGGGGAUGGGGGAGCACAAGGGAGGGAUUUGUAUACCUACCACUAUAGUAUGCCUUUAACCCAUUCACCUAUGCAAAAAUGAUUAUUAUUUUUCAUCUAAACUUGCAGUUUCAGUUGUCUGUUGAAAUCAGUGGAAUCUCCAUAUGAUAUGGGUAAUUUAGCUUCCCACAGACUGCCUUCAUUUUUCUGUUACAUUCCCCAUGAUCAAGACCAGGGAAUAUGCACCUAGAACUGGUUGUCUAAUUUUUUUGUUUUGUUUGUUUGUUUAUUUAUUUUUAUAAAUCACAAGGAUCAAUUUGGCUCAAUUUGGUCAUUAUUUGGUUGCUGGUGAUUACAGGGAAACACACAAGAAUUUUAACAACUUAAUGCAUCAGAAUUGCGCAAAAUGAAAUUGAGUUUUAAAUGCAUAAUUGAUAUUUAGUAAAUCGAUGCUGAUCAGAAAACAACACUGUGGAGAGAAAGUCUCCUAAAUUUUGAAAGCAAGUCCACAGCAGAUAGUACCACCUGCUGUAAAGGUCUUGAACAUCGACCUUCUGAGUAAAUACUGAGCGUGCCCCUUUAAAGGAAGACUGAAGUCUUUUUUUUAUUUACAUUUUUUUAGUAGUUCCAAAAUGUAGCAUUCAAAAAAUAGUAAAAAUAACCAGCAGAUAACAUGAUAAUAGCAAGCAUCAUGGCAACAAGCAUUAAGCAAAUUAUAAUGACUUCCUCUAAAGGUGGACAAAAAAAAUAAAUCACUUAGAAAAACAGUAAACCAUCACUGUACACAAUAAAACAAAAAGAGAGUAAAUGAGAUUAAUUUGGUCCUGACAUAAACCUUUUUGUAAUCUUUUCACAGCUGACUACAAAGAAAGUUUCAACACAAUUGGCAAUAUUGAAGAAAUCGCUUACAAUGCAGUGUCGUUUACUUGGGAUGUCAAUGAAGAAGCCAAGGUAACUGCUAUUUUAUUGCAAUUAAAAACAUGACCUAUUACACGAACAUGUAUUUGGAAAAGGUGUGUAGAGCACUAUUUCUCAACCUUUUUUCAUGACUGGAAAAAAAAAACAAGUAUACCGGUCUCAAAGAAGUAUUUUUUUCUUGAUUAAGAAUGUCUGGAAAAGGUCAAUCACAUAGAAUUAACAUUACCUCAGUUAGAAAACAAUCAAAGGGGAAUCUGGGACAAGGAUUGUUACCGCCCCAGGCUAAAAUACACUUUCCCAUUUUUCAAUUUACUUUUUGGCUUUCUAGUUUCUCCUUCUGCCAACCUAAUUUCCAUAUUCUCCAAGUCACUUUUUUUACCCCGGUGUCUUUCUAUGGCUCUUGCUGCAUGCUGCCUAUUAUUUUCCUAAUGUAUCUCCUCCAGUAUGCCCGAGUUACAAGUUGUGUUUUUGAAAGUUCUGCAUUUGUGUGAUUAAGGCUCUGAUGUGGAGGUUGUUGCUGCUAGUAGUGGUGUGGGGUAAGGCUUUGUUUUGGUGUGUGUGUUUUCCAGUGGCUCUGGAUGUUAGGAGUGUUUUUAGAGGAGUUUGUUUCUCCCCCCCUGCCCCCCAAACCUCCUGAAACAUUUUGUAGUCCAGGAAAGGUAAGCUUCCUGGGGAACUGGAAGGGGUAAAUUAGCAUGUGGAUUACAUCUCUUGUGAGUGAAGAUCACUGUGAGUUCUCCUUCUGAUCUGGUGCUCCUGAAUGGUUCAAAGUACUAGUUGGGUAAUAUGGCUGCAGAAGUACGUUGCCCUGACCUCGACCUGCACUCAUCCAAGAUGCAGACCACAUGCCCUUUGGUUAUAGAGAAAGGGUUUAGCGAUUAAAAAAAAAAAAUUCUGUCUGUUACAUACGUAGCUUGAGUUUCCAAGAAUAUUUUUUUAUACUAGCCAUAAUGUAAAGUAUAUACAUCCACUCUGCAAACACACAGUCAUCGCUAAUGGGUCCCACCAGCAUGCUUUAUAAUAGUCCCUUGCAAACACUCAUUAAAUUCUGUACUUCAGACUCUUGAAAAACAUACUUUUUAUAACAGUGUGUUCGGUGUAUGUGUUUUGAGGUGGUUGUAUUGAACUCCACCCUGUGAUGAUGCGACACAGCUUUUUUUAUUGUGUAAACAAGGCUAAUGUUUACUCAUCAUACACGCACAAGUUAUUUAGUUUUUUGUGUGUGUUUUUUUAUUUCAUUGACGUUGUGUGUGUGUGUGUGUGUGUGUGUGUGUGUAGCACGGAAACCUGAUACUUCUGUUUAAACUAAACCAGCAUAUAAAAUACUUUGUAUUUACAGAUUAACUAUUACGAUGUUUAAAGACUCGAACUAUGACCUUUAAUUCACCUGCAACGUUUUUAUAGAUAGAAAUAUAAAGCAAAAUUUAAGGCACGCACCAAUCUGACAUGUUUAUUUUAGUUAUAUCUCUAACACAAAGUUGAGCCAAGUACUGUAAAAUGACUCCAUCAGUGUCUUGUACAUAUAGAUUCCAUAAGAAUGGUGGAGUUUGUAGACAAAACAGGCUUCAUUCUUGAAACAUAGUAAAAAAAAAAAAAAAGGGGGUGAGGGGUAAUAAUUUCCAUUCGUAACCACUAUCAAAUGAAACCUGAUUAGAGAGAUUAUAUAUUAUCAUCUGGAUGGGACAUGCCUUCUCUGCCAAAAUAUGCUGGGGAGGAGAGCGGAGACAGGCGGCAGCAUUGAGGGAGCACUGGUUUUCUUCCAGUUCCUCACUGCUCCCUUCAUCCCUGAUGUGAUGCCGGGGGCCAGAAUAUGAUGUCACUCUGGCAUCACUAAACCGCGCGCGAGGGAGCUCUGACGAACUAGAAGAUUGCAGGAGCCUUUGGAUUCCCGGGAGAGGACCCACACCAGCUCUCCAAAAGCUAGGGAGGGUGGAUGGACCUAACAAAAUAAAACCACAAGAAAUAAAAUUAAUUUGUGACUGUGUGCAAGAAUGUGUAAAUGUGUGAGUGUGCCUGUCAGUUUAUGCGUUUGUGUCUGUCAGCGAGAAUGUCCAUCAGUGUGUGUGUUUGUUGGUGAAUGUCUGUCAGUGAUUAUGUUUCAAAUCAAUGAGAUUGUGUAUCUGUCAUUGAUAGUGUGUCAGUGUGUCAGUCAGUGUGAAUGUGUGUGUGUGUGUUUCAAAUCUUUAAGAGUAUGUGUGUGUCAUUGUGUCGGUGAGUGAGUUUGUUUCAAAACAGUGAAAUCACCUGUCACUGAGAGUGUUUCUGUUGGUGUGUAUGUGUGGGUCUGUAAUUGAGUGUGUCUGUCAGUGAGUGUGUCUUUCAGUGUGUGUAUAUGUGUUUGUAUAUGUCAGUGUAUGUAUGUGAGGGGCAGUGUAUGUGCACCCCGCAAUCAAAUGCCAAUGUACAUACAAACACAAAUACUAAACACAAGAACACCAAUGCUUGUAAAUAGCAACAGUACUUACAAACAUACAACCACGUUCAAAUGCCAACUCCUACACACAAAUACAUACAUACAUUCAAACACACAAAACAUGCUUAAAUUCGUCACCAGCUUUUUCUUUUCUUUGCAUUAAGAAAUGUUUAUUCAUUAACAUUACAAUGCACUUUAUCAACAAAUACUAUAGUGAGUUUUUACAUGUGUUGAAUUAGCCUUACAACAAGAGGAAUAGAAUGGUUGGGAACUGGGGUGGUAGUUAAUGGUGGGGUGCAACAUUGAUUUCUGCCCCUAGUGACUGUAACUCUGGUUACAUCAGUGGUUCUACACUAAUUUUAACAUGAGAGAUUAAAAUGCUAACUGCAAUACUUGCUGCUUAAACUGCUUCUAGAGAUUCUCCUCAAAUGUAUGCUUUCCUGUGUUCACCUGCAAAGGGGCAUAGUGGAAGGUGGGGAUUCAAUCCAUAAAGGGUUAGCUUAACACAAUAUAACCGAAUCCCCAAGAUAAGUGAUUUUAGGUAGCCUUGUAAAAUGUAAAACAGUACUUAUUUAAAGGAACACUAUAGUCACCUAAAUUACUUUAGCUAAAUUAAGCAGUUUUAGUGUAUAGAUCAUUCCCCUGCAAUUUCACUGCUCAAUACACUGACAUUUAGGAGUUAAAUCACUUUGUUUCUGUUUAUGCAGCCCUAGCCACACCUCCCCUGGCUAUGAUUGACAGAGCCUGCAUGAAUAAAAAACUGGUUUCACUUUCAAACAGAUGUAAUUUACCUUAAAUAAUUGUAUCUCAAUCUCUAAAUUGAACUUUAAUCACAUACAGGAGGCUCUUGCAGGGUCUAGCAAGCUAUUAACAUAGCAGGGGAUAAGAAAAUCUUAAUUAAACAGAACUUGCAAUAAAGAAAGCCUAAAUAGGGCUCUCUUUACAGGAAGUGUUUAUGGAAGGCUGUGCAAGUCACAUGCAGGGAGGUGUGACUAGGUUCAUAAACAAAGGGAUUUAACUCCUAAAUGGCAGAGGAUUGAGCAGUGAGGCUGCAGGGGCAUGUUCUAUACACCAAAACUGCUUCAUUAAGCUAAAGUUGUUCAGGUGACUAUAGUGUCCCUUUAAUUAUUUUUGUGUGUGUAUGUGCGCUGUUCUUAUUCUGUAUAUUUAAAAAAAAAAAAAAAAAAGUGUCCAAGGAGACAGGUAAAAUGUGACUGUCCUAACAUAGUCUGUGUAAUUCUAAGAUAAGGACCUGAUUAUAUCAUGAUGUAGUAGGGAUUUCACUUGCUCAUGUGUAUUUAGCACCUCCGUGUGUCAUCCAAGAUCUGUUUUAAUUCAUUCACCACCAAGGUGGAAGGAAGACAUUUGUAUCAAACCUGGAAAGUCAUCUGACAUAAGGGGGUUAAGCUGUUUAUUUUUUAUAAUGUAUUAUUAUUUUUUUAUGUAUUAUUUGUUACAAUGUCUGAUAAGUACAGAUGCACACGUGUGUGAUUACUAUUCGCCCAGGUUACAGGUAAAACUUUCUGUACAAAGUGCCGUCCUAACCAAUACAAGGCUGUAAUGGAAUCUGUGUAAACCUGCUCUAGAUUGCACUCUAUCCAUAGUAACUGGCUUCUUUAUGUGUAGUUAUCAGGGAGUGGCGUAGAUUAAACGAUUCAAUAAAGGAAUGUAAACAUCUGUUAGAGGCAUUGACAUUGUUAUAAAACCAAAUAACUUGCUUCUUGGGUGAGUUUUAUAGACCCCAAGAGUGCUUAUAAAACUGGGCUGUUAACUCGUAAAUAAAGUACAGCCUAGAGCUGCUCUGUUGAGGCUAAACAAGAGGCUAUCUUGUCGAGGAGCAAAAUGGUUUAUAUUAACUACCAGUUCAAAGAUGCAAGUUUAUUUACAAAGCUUUAAAUAGAUUGUCAUGUUUGCAGUAUCCCAGUCGUUUUUCCUAAUCAAAUUGCUCUCUGUAACCGGCCUAGCUCAAAUAGUAAUUAAAGUAUGAUCUGUGAGUUGUCCUAAUGACAUUUUUCAUAGUCCUAAAUUUAUGGAUCAGCACAUAGUUGAAACUGAGUGUCUUAUACAAUUCAAACAUGAAUAAAUUUUUGGGAAAGAGAGAAAGUAAUAGGCGCUCACUAUAGAAAAUGAUGAAUAAGCAGCAGUAUACAGAGCAAGGAUUCCCAGAACCUGGUGUCAGGAUUACUGUUUGAUUCAGCACGUAGAACUGUACAGCACGGAUGACAAAUAAGUAACGUAUUACCGGUCCUUAGAAUGGCCGGAUUUAACGUACAAAGAAUAGUCAAAAAUACUAGCCGAGGUCAGGGAACACAGAAAGGGACACAGCGAUGAGGAAAGCCAGGAGUCAGGAUAUCAGAAUAUAGAGAAGUCAAUAAACAAAGCCAAAGUCAAAAACCAGGUAGAAAACUAUAAACAGGAACGCGCUCUCAGACAACCACAAGGGAAACCACGACAGGCACUGAGCAGGCUGAGAACUGGGCCUAAAUACCCCUCCUUUAGUUCUGAUAGGCUGUAACCGGCCUUUGACCCAAAGUCAGUUACCAGGUUUCAUUUGCAUAAUUGCUGCUCAGCAUUAACCCUUCUGUGGAUUAGGUUGCUGCUCGGCACAACUUUUCCUGUGUGGACAGUAAAUGUCAUUAACCACAUUUCUAUAAGCGGACGAAUACGUGACACCUUGUGAUUGAAUAGAAAAAAAGAAGAAAAAUGUAAACCGCGCUGUUAUAAAUAUAAAUAGUAGAUACUUCCAAUGAGUCAAAAGAACCUUGGAAUAAAAUAAAGAAAAAUAAUAGUGCGAUACAGUACAAAUAUAUUAAGUGCUGAUUUUGACUGUAACUCAAUCCACUCACAUUCGUAUGAGCUAUAACAGAGCUCUGCUGUAGUGCGCUUGGACGGUACGAUCCCUGUAUCAGGAUGUGUUGUUCAGGUUGAUCCAAAUAUUUCAAAGUGUAGUAUGCAUAGUAGAGAGAAAAAUAGCAGCCAAUAGUGAAGUACAUCCUAAUGGUGAAGCUGGUAAUAAAUAGUAAUGUACUUACAAUUUUUUGAGCAUACAACUUGCUCUAGUACAGACAGUUUAGGUGGUAUAAUCCCCACCAAGGAUAUACAGGAUCCAGGAAGUAAAGAAGGGAUGGAUAAAAGUAUCUAUUAAAAAGUAUACUUUAAUAUAAACAAAACAUAUUAUAGAACAUAAAAAAUAUAUAAAAAUAUAAAGGAGAGUCCCACUUAACGCGUUUCGUCCCGGUAGGCUUCUUCAGAAGUUAUAUAAAUAUAUUUUUGGUUCUGUUUGUUUUAAAAUGGCAAGUCCCUAACGGUCCUAUAAUUGUGUGUAUGUUGUUUUACGUUCUAUGUACUAAAGGAGCAUAGAGUGGAAUAAAAAAUAAAUAAAAAGAGUAUAACUGUGAGAAAUUAUACAUUUUGGCCAAUCAUAUAGCGUUGCAUUAUAUUACCCACUAUCUAAUAAAUGGUUAGUUAUAAAGUGUUUUCCAAGCAUAGGAUCCCCACCCUCAAGCUGAAAUAUGGUUUAAUAUCAAACCAAUUGCGUUACUAUCUAAACUUUCUUUCUUUUUUGCCUUAUUGAUUAUUUUAUUCUGAAAGGAACACUAUUGCAUUAGGAAUACAAACAUAUAUUCCUAAUGCUAUAGUGCCGUAGAAAGAUUUCAUUACCUUUUCUCCCUUGCCGCCCUUGGUGAGCUCAUCAAGCUUUAAGAUCUCAGCCAAUUCAAUGCUUCCCCUUUGGUAGGAUUGUGCACACGUGCAGCAAAAAUGACACACUGCACCAAUCAGAAUCAACUCGCAGAGAUGCUUGCAUAGAUUGCAAGACUAAAAUAUGGAAAGGCCUCUAGUGGCUGUCUGAGUGAUGGCACCUAGAUUUGUUAUUAGGGAAUGCUGUAAAAAUUGCCCUUUCUCUGAAAAGGCAGCAUUUACAUUGAAAAGAUUGCAUGUAAUUUUUAUUCUUAAAUAAAUAAAUAUUCCAUAUAAGAUACAUUUGUAUCAUGCUAACUGGGUUUGAGUCUGAUAAUCCCAUUUAGCUUUCCCUGAGACUAAUGUACAACUUCUGUAUGCAAGCAAGUCUGCAUGUCUCUUGAAAUGCUUUGCAUCCUUAAUAUGUCUGCUUAUCUAUAUCUCCUAACAUUAAAUGGACAAAGAGGGACACUUUCAUUUUAGGGGUAUGACUAGUGGUGGGGAUAGGGUCUGUUCUGAGAAAGUUGAGGUGAUUUACUAAUAACAAUUUAUGCAACUAAAAUGUAAUCUAAAACAAGAACAAUGUAUCUUAUUUACAGACUGAUUUCUAAACACAUUUAUUGCAGUCACGUUACUGUGAAUAUUGCUGUGGAGCUCUGUUAUACAUUAAGGCACACGAACAAAAGACAGGGAGCCCGAAAUAGGGACUCUCUCUCCUAAAUAGGGACACUAGUAUGCUUAUAUGACAUAUUUAAUUAAAACGACACUGCCAUGCACCUUAUUAUGAGCUCCAAUUAUAUGUUAAUAUAUUUACAAUAGGUGUUCAUUGGUAUUUGUGUGGUUAAUGUUUAAUAAAGUAUUCUGGUUGCUUUUAAUUUUAAAAAAAAUAGUGUCAUAAUGUCAUAGGCCAUUAACAUGCUAAUUAAACAAUGCUAUGCAUUUAUAUUAGGGUGUUUUCUAAGCAGCUGUGAGUGUGCCGCAAGAACAGAGAAUUAGCUGCAAGGUAUUAAAAAAAAGCACACUAAUUAGGUUUACCUGUUACGUUGCAAAAUCUUGUAUGGAACAUACUAUUUGUUCAUGUGGUAUAAGGGAGAAAACUGGAGCGUUGAAGGUCUUAAAUCAAUAGGGCACAAAACGGAUUAACCCUAGGUGAACUGUAUAUUAUGGAGAGGAACUUGCCCUAUGAUAUAAUAAUCUCUAAAAUGUCAUUUAAUAUAUUAGUUAAAAAAAAUUUGUCACAAAGUAAAAAAGUGUGAAAAGUAAACCCAAAUAAGAAUGAACCUAAUAUAAUCAAUUUAAUAUAAAGGAAAAGUGAAAAAGAAAAGAGAAACCGAUAACAUAUACAUAGUUUUCGACUAAGUAAUCUUCGAAUUAGAGAUCAAAUAAGUAUAAUUUCUGCUAAGUAUAUAUGUAGGCAAAAAAAUAUCCGUGAACUUGUGAUGUUAGUCAGAAUGUCAGUAAAACAAAAACUGACUACUAUUUGUUCAUGUGGGCAAAUCAACAACCAUACUGAUCUUAUAUUUUUAUGUAUUUAUCUAUUUAUUUAUUUUGCAGGGUUUUUUUACCAAAGUAAGAAUUCUAAGUGAAUUUUGAAUUUUAAGGCCAGAGUAGCCAUAGUGAGAGCAUUUUGCCUUUGUUUUUUGAAAUUUAAAAAAAUAAAUAUUUUUAUAAACCCCUUUCCUUGCUUUAAAUGCUCAGUCAGAGCUCUGUGAUUGGUUGUUUUGGAAGCCAACCAGCAUCACCAGGCAAUUUUUGCUUCUCCAAACAAUUGUCCUUUACUGUGAAGCAAUGCUUGCCCAUCAGAGCACUGUGAUUGGCUGGCUUCUAAGCCUCCCGCUUUGACAAGAUGUCAAACUAUGUUUUUAUUCUAUUACUUAUUGGUUAUAUUUUGACUUAACCCAGAGGAAAAAAAUUAUGACUUAAAAAAAGGGACCCUCUUUUCUAUAUUUUAUUUUUUUUGAAGUGGGCACAACAAGGUAAAUAUUGUUGUCCUAAGCUUUGUGCAGUAAUAAAUACUAUAUAUUCCAAUCAUAGUCAUUUUGUUACCAUAAGUGUGUAUGAAAGUGAAAUAUAUGUGUUUCUUAGCAUGACAAGUGUGUGAUUUGUGAUACCUUGGAUGUAAGCAUGAUUUUUAUUUUAUUUCCACAGAUUUUCAUCACAGUGAAUUGCUUGAGUACAGACUUUUCCUCACAGAAAGGGGUCAAAGGACUUCCCCUAAUGAUUCAGAUUGACACCUACAGCUACAAUAAUCGCAGCAACAAACCAAUCCACCGGGCAUAUUGCCAGAUCAAAGUGUUCUGUGAUAAAGUAAGUUAAUCUGUCCUUUUGAAUGAAUAGUCAGUGUAUAUUGCCGGGAUUGUGGUUGGAUUAAUAAUAGUUUUGAGUAUAAAAUAUCUACAAAGGUGCAAAAACUUACUUCUGAUAUAAAAUUGAUAUUUAAAUGUUACAGAGAAUGAUUCUAAAGCUUUCGAUGAAUUUAAGAUCUUUUACUCGGUUUCAGCCAGUUCAAACAUUGCGAUUAUUUGUCAAACUUGUGUUUUAUUAUUCUUAUUGUUCAAACCAACAACAAACUAGGUGACACACAGAUGCGCAUAUUAAGAAAACAAGUGUCAGUGUUGAUAGCAAUUCUGAAAUGGGUUGUCAUACAAUGAAUAACUUACUGCAGUUCCUUCAUGAUUAAAAUGAACUUUUACAGAUGAGUUUUACAGCUGCCCUGAGAACCACAGGAAUUCAACACUAUAAACACUACUUACUGCAGUAAUUUCCCACUGAUAUUUUCUUAGAAAAGAAAACAAAUUUUUUUCCAGGGUCAAAAUCAGAAAAGGAUACUUGAAUGUCACCACAUUUGCUCCAUGAUAGUCCGCUCCAGACAUUAAUGGUGAAGUAACCACAUGACUCCUCUAUGGAGGCGUGAUAUGCUAGCCUAAACGUGUUCAUUAUCAGUUGUUUGGUUUUUCAGGUUUAACCCUUAAAUUUUUUUUUAUUGUGUGGAAUAGUUUGGAUACAUACAGUUGUAGGAAAAAAGAAAGUACACAUGCAUAGACCACUAAAUCUGUCCCGGAUAACAAGUGGCCCAGGACCCUUCUGCCAGUUGCUGUUCCUACUGGAGUCCUUGUAUGAACUGGAUUUACCAGUUUAAUUGUAGUAUCUCUGGAAAAAAAUUAUUUUGGAUCCUGUUGACAUUCUCCCAGUGAACAACACUACCAUGCUCCCUUGCCCCACUUACCAGCAAAUUGCACAAUAGCCUCUAGACUGUUGUCACUAGAGUUGUGCAAGGUGGAAAGGAGAAGAGAUAUUAUUGUUUGAAUGGAGAUACGGAACUGUUAUUCUGGCAUUUAAAAUAUGUCGAAAGUGUGUCUAAUCGAAGAUGAUUUGUUCGGGUACCGAAGAUCAUUCGCAUACCGAGACAUUUUUUUUUACUCAAAAUUUUUGUUAGACUUCAGAAUUGUCAGAGAACAGGACCGCUCGAGUUCCAAGGUUCCACUGUAAUAAUAUAAUCAUCCAGUGCAGGAAUAGUUCUGUUUGUAAUUUGGUUGAUUGAAUUACGACUGAAUAGAAUGGUAUUUUAUCAUUCAAAUUUGGUCCUCAUUCGAUCAAUAUUAGAGAUUUUAGUUCAGUUACUUUUGAGCAUUCAGUUGCUAAAAUUUAAAUAUUUAGGCCAGAUGAUCCCUGGUUUAAUUCUGUAUUACUUAUUUAUGUGUUUCAGUAGCUGUCCCCUAACCAUCAAUCAUUAUUAUUUUUUUUUUAAUGUAUUUUUAUUUUGGUGGUGCGGACAGAACAUCGAAUUACAAAGCAAAGAAAUCUAUUUGGCCAUUAUCCGUGUUGUUUUUUUGUUUGGUGAUACGUCCACAUGGAACUGCAAAGUCAAAAGUUGAAGUCGAAUUCUCACCCAAACUACCUCUAAAAUUAUCCUUCACUUUUCCCUUUGCACUUUCCUUUUUUCCACUUUUCUUUCUCUCUGUUCUGUCUUUAUGUGCAUUGGUAUUUUUUCAACAUUGCCUUACUUUCUUCCUCUCACAGAGUUCAUUCAAAAGUGAAAAUUAUUGGGAAUUCAAAGUGAAUUUCAAAUUAAAAGGGACAUUAUAGUCACCAGAACCAGUGGUGUCUAUAGCAUGUCCCAGCAUGCUCCGCAAUGUAAAUACUGCCUUUUCAGAGAAAAGGCAGUGUUUACAUUGAUGCCUAGUAACACCUCUAAGUGCUGUCACUUGGACCGCCACUAGAGGUACUUCCUAUUUCAGUGCUGCCUUGUGCGCAGGACCUACAUUCAGCAUCUCUGCUCUCUGCAUAGAUCAAAAGGAAUUAGCUUAUGUAGCCCGAAAUGAGGGAAUGUUUAAUGACCAAAUCUGAUGUUUCCAAAACGUAAGUAAAUGGUGGAAGCAUCAGUUUGUAGGACAGACAUUGUGAACUAUAUCACAAUUGGUCUAACGCAUUUCUAAAAAAGAGGAAUCCAUUCUCUCACAUAAGCUAUUCAAACCUUUAUCUCCGAGCUAGUGAGACAGGUGUGUGUGUGUGUGUGUGUGUGUGUGUGUGUGUGUGUAUAUAUAUAUAUAUAUAUAUAUAUAUAUAUAUAUAUAUAUAUAUAUGACCUUUCAUUGACAACUCAUAUAAAUACCACUUAUUAGUAGAAUUAACAUACUGAUCUAUUCAUGUGGAGGUGAACUUGCUUAGAAAAGUAGUCUUUUAAACCAGGGAAUAUUUAAUUGGCCAUUUUUCUCUUAGUAAACAGAGGAAGAUUAUAAAAUAUCAUCUCUUUCCCUACCAUUUUCUAGGUUCACUUUUAAUACAAGAGAGCCACCUAGUGCCAAAGACAGGGUAUAAAAAAAAUAUAAAAACAGAAGAUUCAGCACAGUAAGAAGCAUAAGUACUCAUUAGCGACACCUCAUGAUUACUGAAUGGGUGAAAUUAGCCCAUUAAAGCCUUUCAUUGAAAACAGACAAGGCAUUAUUUUAAAAACCUAAAAGAAGCAGGUGGUGAUUGCUUGUUUUGCUGUUCUUAUCUAAUUCUGAUACGUAGGUUUCCAAUAGACCUUCUGAAAUGAAAGCUGAAACCCGUGUACAUACGUCUGUUGUCUGUGUGAUACUUGGGGUUCUAUUCAAUAAACCCAAGGUUUUAGCUAUUUAAAACGGUAGAGCAGACUUGGUAAUCACAACUGUAAACAAAUUUCAUUAUUUGUUCCACUUACAACACAGUUCAGUUGAAAUUAAUGGGACAGAACCCUCCAGUUGAUUGAAUGGUUAUUUAUUUGUUUAUCUAUCUGUCAAAUACAGUCUUGGAUAUCUCUCCAAUUGCUGUAAUUAUUGAGCAGAAUUGGGUAAUAAUAAUUGAAAGCUUGACUCAUAGGAUAAUAAAUAAAAAUGGAUGUAUUGACACUCGAACCAGUCUAAGCGUUGGCUUGUUAUAAUAGGUUUUUUUUUAUUAAUAGGGGGACAAUGAAUUUUUAUUAAAAAAAAUUAUACUAAUGAGGCAUAUCAUUGUUUUUAAAAGCCAUAAUGAGAAAAGUGAUAAAAUGAUAAAGUGAUGUUUGAUGUAACAAAUUCCAGAAGGACCAACAUGAUGUAACACAUUAAAAUAGACAGUGCUUGAAUGCAUCCUGUUAUAAUGCAUUUUAUACAUGCACAGCAUGAUCAUGUGUUUUGCUCAGUAACUGUAUUGUUCCAAUCCAUUUUGUGGAAUAUAUCAUGAUUUAGCAUGUGUAGUAAAGACUUUGUAUGAUUUCACAUAUUUUGUGCAAAUAGAUCAUGAUUUUGCAUACUUUAUACAGCAUAACACAAUGUUACACAGUUUUUUUCCCCAAUAUUUACUAUAGUAGAAGUAUAAAGACUAUCAAUUAACUUCUAAAAGAUUGAAGUACAUUAAUUGAAUCUACAGCAAAAUAGAUCCCCGGAAACAUUUCUGCAUGACAGGCAAUCAAGGUCUCCAACAAAAAGUCCUUUCAGUAAAAACUGAUAAAAGGAUGAAAACAUAAAACAUGGGGUGUAAAAAUGUAAGGCAGGAGAGGAGGUACGGAAAGGUUGGAAGCACAGAAUGUCAUUUCUUUUUUUUUUUUAUUGUCUAUUUAUUUAAAACAUUUUUAGGGAGCUGAAAGGAAAAUCCGUGAUGAAGAAAGGAAACAAAAUCGGAAAAAAGUAAAAGGCCAAAACGCGCAAUCUCAAGGCAAUAAUUGUGAGUAAAACAAUGAUGGUGAAUUAAAAGUAAUAUCUCAAAUAAGACCACUGAUAUGUUUCUAUGCACCGGUUAUAUGCUAUGUAUUUAUGUGUUUAUGUAUUUUUUUGUACAUUAUCUCAGACUUCGCUGGUGCAUUAUAUGAACACAGACUAUAUAAAAAAUUAUAAUAUAGAUACAGAUAACUUUUUUAAGCAGACCUGACAUCCAGAAAUGGCUUUUCAGGUCUCUUUGACAUUAAAAAAAAAAAAAAAAAGAAAAAAAUACAAGAAAAAAAAUUAUGUAAAUAUAAUAGACAAAAUCCCUUCCCCACACUCAUGAAGACUCUUUAAAAAAAAUAAAAAAAAUAAUAAUAAUAAAGUAGAUAGCAAAUCACUUUAAAUCCAUGUGCUGAUUUAUUUCUUCUAAAUUGUAAUACAACCACAACGCAGAUGAAAAAGUUAGAAUAUAGCUCUACAUUCACACUGCAUUCACACUGCAACAAACAGGGGGAACGGAAAACGUAAAAAAAAUAAGACAAAGGAUACACGUUUGACGUCUAACUAGAUACUUCCUUAAUCAUAUUGUCUUGUGAAAGAAGGAUCGUAACAUAAGGCCGUUUUGACCUUAUAAUCCAUUUUGGUUGAACUGGAGUUUUUGCCUUGUUAGAGGAAACUUUUUAAUCGAUUGUACUUUUGGUAUUUUAGCAGCUGACGGGAAGCUAUCAGCUUUAUCUCUUCAGAAGAAAAGUGACGCCACGUUCUUCAAGACCAUGGUUGACUUAGUCUCCCAGCCUGUUCUUUUUAUCCCAGAUGUUCAUUUUGGAAAUCUGCAGAGGACUGGACAGGUACUAACAUUUUAAACAUUUUCAAUAAACUGCGUCCUUCAGUCAUUUGCAGAUUACUGGAGAUAUCUACCAAUUAUUAAUUGGUAAAAAAAAAACAAAAAAAACCUGAACUUCAUGUCUAAAUAUUGAGUCUAAAGUCCUUAAUGCCAUCUUCGUAGGUUAUAUCUCCCUCUUUUGUUUGGUUAGGUGGGCAAUGAAGCUGUGCAAUAAAAAUACUGCAUGGAUUUAUAAUUCAGAGAGCUCCAGAAAUGUAUUUUUAUGGCUUGGUUUAUUUUGACAUCAUCAUUGCACCAUCAAUCCAACAGUAUACUAAAACAACUGACAUACUUUUGGAAGUUGGAAUUAAGCAGUGGGGGGGGGGGGGCAAAGUUCUUAAAUUGAUGCAGACACCAUAGAAACCAAUAGAAUGUUCCUGCUGCCCCCUUCUGUUUGCUCUACUUUUAACGUUAUGCCCUGGAAAUGUUCUUCAUACAAGAAGAUUUGCUGAUAGUUAUCAGACACCUAAUUAGGCACCUUUCUGCAUCUAUAUUUUACACCACAAAAUCUGUGUUGGAAAGAAACGGUUAGCCCAUGGGUCUUUCAUAGCUCCAGAUGUAUGCUUUGAUAGAACGAUCUAAUUUUCUAAAAGGUUCAUCUCAAAGGUCAAUCAAUAGGAGUACCUUGUAGGCUGUCAAAUGAUCUAUUAGAAUUAUUAAACCCAGAUUAAAGGACUUUUUGGUUGGAAACCAUGUGAUGGGUCUAGAUGUAUAACCUUUCCACAUAUAUAUAAAAAUAUACCUUUUUAAAAUACUGAUGUGAAUAUUUGAACAGCAUUGUAACAUCGAGCAGCUGCGUAUUUGUAGCUGCAAGGUUGUGCCAUAAAUUAUUAAACAUCCCAGGGGUCCAUUCACAAGAGGAACAAGCUGUUGUCAUAAAUAGGAAAAAUUAUAAAUACAACUACCUAUAACAUACAGUUGCAUUUUGAGUUUACAUACAAAAUAGGGUGUAUAUAUUUUCAGGGAAUGGGGACUUUACACUGGAUGACAAUUCUAGAUACAUUUGGUCUACUAUAAUUUUCAUAACUAUAAAAAUAAACUCAUCACAAUCCAGUGCUGCAAAAGCCACACAACUUAAAGAAAUUGCUGGACUUUUUGCUAGCCAUUCCCAAAAGCUUACAUUUAACCGUGUACUGCUUAGCUCACUCUGUUUUGUACAGAUAGGUGUUCCUUUUGCACUAGGCAUUCAUGUUACUCACAGUAGCAGUCCUAUCUGUAUCUUUCCUGAUUGUAACAUAUGAGGUUAAUUAAUUUCAGUUGCAAACAUUCCUCAUUUUAUAAAAAAAAAAAAAAAAUCUCACAUUUUACUUGACACCAUCAAUGGGUCAUUGUCUCUAGGAGACCCACAAAGGAAAGUCCCAUUAAUCCACAUUCUAAUCCAUUCUUCGAAAUGCAUUAAGGUUUAUAUAGCAACACAUUAAAUAAAUAAAACAAGAAUAAUAUGUUAUAAUUUGCUUUGAAAGCCUCAGACCAAGGGAGCUGCUUUAAGAACAUGUCUUCGAACGCACGAGAUGAACACGGGAUACCAAUUUGAUUUUCCAAUACUCAUCGUCUUUCUCUUUUUAUUUACACUGUUAAUCAUUGUUUUUAAAUCCUGUUUAUUCUUAAUUGAAGAAAAACACUUUGCAUCAGAUGCUAAUGGAAUUAAAGUUUGCAGUAGACACACAUCUGGUACUUUUAUCAACGUUUAUUCAAUUUCUAUCUAACCACAUUUACAGAUUUGGAUUGAUGAUGCAAUUAAAGUAUAGCAAAUGUGUAUACAUUUUAGCAUGUUUACGCUCUAUAGUAACCUACUUUCACAUUUAUUUGAUCCCACAGGUCUACUAUAACACUGACGACGACAUAGAAGGGUAAGUUUUUUAUAAAUUCCCUUUAUUAUUAUCACUAAUCUAAUUUCUGAUUUCCAUGUCAUUUUUUAUAGUUGUAUAUCUUGAUUAUUUUUGAUCUUUAUUUGAAAAUGUUUCUAUAAAAAAACAAUACAGAACUAUAAUUUACAUACUAAUGCAAGGAAACAUUUCUUCAAUUUGAGGAAUAUAGCAGUGUAAAUUUUCCUUACACAUUUCACUAACCAAAAACAACACAAUAUAUUUAACUUGCAUAUCUACAGAUACAAGACAAUGCAACAGGGGAGAGAAGUAGAAGAAAAAAAAAAAAGGAAAUAAGCUAAAUCUGCUUGUCGGGGUGGGAAGGAGAAGAUAUAGGUCAAACAAGAGUGUGUGUCUUAUAUUAUCCAAAGUAUAAACGAUCUAGCAAUGUUUCACUUUAAAUUUAUAAAGAAAUUAGUUUUGACAGACACUUUAUUUACUGGAAGCUCUAUUUAUUUAUCCGCUCCCAACACUUCAUCCAAACAGUUACUUUUUUACUUAAUUUUUGUUUAUCAUUAUUAAUUCCAUUUUGAUCUGGAACUUAAGCUCUAACUUUCUCCCACGGGACGUCCAUAUCGUUUUUUCCAACAUCUCGCAAUCACAAUUUUGGCAGCUAAAAAGAGAUGAGUAAGAAUAAUUUUCAGCUCAUACGCCAUUGCCGGCCAGUUUAAGUGAAGCAGAACAACUUCUGGGGAGAACCUCAACCCAAUGUUCAGAUCUGCAGAUAUAAACCUUUGGAUUUUAGACCACAGGUUGUUCAAUUUAUGGCACUCCCACCAUAUAUUCUUAAAAGUGCCUGUAACUAAGCCGCAUCUCCAACAUAGGUGAUUUAUUGUGGGGUACAUUUUGUUCAAUUUGUCUGGUAAUAAGUACCAUCUAUUUAAAACCUUGAAGUGGGUUUCUAGUAGAUUUAGUGAGUGUAUAGUCUUCGGAACUUCCACCAGUGAAGAACCCCAGUGCUUGAUAUCUAUGUCUGUGUUUAGUUCUUCCUUCCAGGCAGCCAUAGCUAUUGGUAUUUUUUCUUUAUUGCACAUUUUACUUAAUAGCAAAGCUUUAGAGAGCGGUUUAGUUAUUCCAUAUGAACUAAAUCAUAUGUUGAUUAUGUUGCUUAAACUAGAUUUUGAUACAAUUAAAUGAGUCGUCAAAAAAUGUUUGUCUCAAAAAAAUUAAACAGCUCCUUUGAUGGUAGGCUAUACUCCUGUAUUAAUUAAAUGAAGGUUUUGAUUGUUCCCUCUACCAAUAGCUGAGCCAGCUGUACAAUUCCUGCCUGUUUCCAAUUAUUAAGAUUUAUAUCUUCAACCUGUUGUUCAACAAAAUUCAGCUCUAGAUAGCUUGGGACUCUAUUUUCAAUUUUUAAUAUUUUUUUUUAUUUUAAACCGACUAUUUAAUAAAUGUGUUAAAAUUUGUAUUGGAGUAUUCUCUUUUAUGAGAUUUAGUAGUGUUCCAGAUUAAACAGUCCAAACUGGGGACUACUCCUGCAGUAUGUUCCAUCUUCUACCAUCCUUCGUUUUUAUUAUCUUCUAUUUGCAUCCUGUAAAUGUGUAAAAUUGUAGUUGCUCUAUAAUUAUUUAAUAUUAAGGGAUCGGCUAAUCCUCCUCUACUUAAUUUUCUGUAUUAUUGUUGAGUGACUCAGUCUUGGUUUCUUACCUUUCCAAAUAUAUUGGGUGAAGCCUUUCUGUAUCUGCUCCAACCAAUAAUUGGAAAUAUAUAAUGGCAACAUCUGGAACAUAUAGUUCCAUUUUGGAACAUAUGAAUUAAUCACAUUUAUUCUUCCCCAGAAAGUUAUUUCUAAAUUUCUACGAUCUUUUAGCCAUUUAUUAAGAUUUUGUAAUAAAUCUAAGAAAUUUGUCUCCAUAAUUUUAUUUACAUCUCUGGUCAAUUUGACUCCCAAAUAAUCCAUACUAUUUUCAACCCAUAGAAAAUUAUAUCUAUCUUUAAUCUCAUUUUGAGUUUUCUUAUCCAGAUUGAUAUCUAAAACCAUGGAUUUAUUUGUAUUUAAUUUAUAAUUAGAUAUUUGACUAUAACUUUUAAUUUCUAACAUUAGAGAGUCUAAUGAAGUACUAGGAUUGGAUAUCUUGAUUGUAAUAUGUUAUAAUAUAUAUUAUAAUUUUUUAACUAGUUUAUCGGAAAUUUAGGCAUAAUUCUUUAAGCCUAAAUUGAUUGUAGUUAAUAGGUUGGGUCCUUUAUUAACAGGAGCAGUGUGUUGGUAAAAAGAAUGCUACGUCCCAUGGAAGAAGAUUAUGGUCCGCCUGCACCAAAGCAAAGUAAAGAAGCACACAAAAAAGGUAAACUGAUUAAUCAACUGAUGCCACAUAAGUCCCCAUUAAAGGGCACUCUAAGCAUGACACCAACUACAUGCAGAUGUAGUGGUUAUUAUGCCGUUUGGCUAUGGGUGUCAUCCAUUGAUUCUGUGUCAAACUUCCCUUGCUAACGUAGUCCCUCACUCGUCAAGUGGAAUAUCCACAUUUUCAAUAGCAAUUACAUUGAUAUUUGGAUGUAAUUGAUUGUCUGAGAACAUCAGAUGGUAUGCCAGCCCAUCACCGCUGUUUAAAUAUGGACAAAACUGAUAUUGGUAAUGUGAUCAUAAGACCUCAUACUUUUCUGUUGACCUGGUAAAAUCAUUCUUUAUUUUAUUCUCAAAAGAGAAUGUCAUCACUGCACCAUAUCAUAUGUAGCAUAUAUCGGAGAUGCAAGAACAAGUUCAGCAUAGCAGAAGCACAGGAGUCUGAGUGCCAAGGUUUGCAUUAUAAAGAAACAAACAAAAAGGACAACAAAUAUUUAACAAACUGAAGGUUAGGAAUAUAAUGUAUUGGGGUCAUCUGCUUGGUCAAGGAAUAGCAUUUGGUUGAUUAGAGACUUGGGUUCUUACAUUAUGCCGAUAUUAUGGAUUUGUAUGCAUUUGGCUCUUGCCCUCAGGUAAGUAUCAGUAGGAAGUAAAUAAAGAGAAAGAGUCCAUCUCCAGGUCUGAUGUCUUAAGGGGCACGACUCAGCAGAAAGAUGUAGAGAAAUCAUCCCAUGUUUGUAAGUGUUUGUUUUUCCCACAAAGAUGUCUAUUCGAGUUCAUCCAUGGAUCUAGUUUGCUCUGGAGGCUCUUGUUCUAGUUUAGAAAUUUGGGGGCGCUUCCAGAAUGAGAGGGUUAAGGCAUUAGCAUCGCCUAGCAAUAUCCACAUACAUUUUGUUUGUGUUUAUCUAUAAAGAAGUUUGGCCAUCCUAACGGGAUCUGGGACUGAGAUAGGCUAUGGGAAAACUUUAGGACCGACUGCGCGUAUGGAGGGGCAGCUCCACCAUGAAUGCUUAACGUUGCCCACAUCCACCAUGCACCUCCAACAUUUAUCACUAACAGAGGGGAAGAGGGAGUGUCUAUACCAUCCAGUGAUUUUUUUAUUUUUUUUAUUUUUUUAAUGGAAGAUUCCUGUUAGAUGUGAGCCCAUACUCCUUCUCUGCUGUAUGACAAAUUUUCUUAAUGGGGUUCAGAUUCCUUGGUUCCCACUGGGGCAGUAAUGACAUCUUUAAUAUAUUCUGAAGGUGGAGAUGCUAAGAGACUCAGCCAAUAGGUAAUAAUCAUAUAGAUAGGGCAGGUCUAGACUCUUUCUAGUCAAAGUGUGAAAGGCAUCAUUAAGGUGUCUGUGUGCCCAGAUUAAAUUUGGGUAGAACUACUUUCCGUUUAAAAUAAAAAGUCCCCAAAAUGUGUAGAGUCUGAAAUGGAUACAAUAUUUUGGGAGGGCCAUCACCUUAAUGAUGUUUACCCGUCCCAUCAACACAGAGGUGAAGGGUGGAUACAUUUGCAUUGUAGCUUUCUUUAGCUGUUCUUGCCUUAUAAAUUCCAAAAUACUUCAUUCCAGGUUUAGCCCAACAGAAAUUAAAAGACUGAUAUAAUACCCUUUAGGGGCAUGGGAAUUACAAGGCCCAGAAGUGCAAUUAUGGUAUGAAAAUGGGGCAAGGCUUCAAUACUUUUUACCAUAAUCACACCAAGCAUGUAAUGAGUAUGGUGCUUGGAUGGCCCAUUUAAUAUAUAUGCCUUGCUGUACAUCACUAAUGAUAGGAAACAAAUGCUUUAUUGUGUAAUUAUAUACUGGAAUGUGAUAAAUACUAUCCUCAUCCCAGAGAUUACAGAUUCUUCUUCAUAUCAAUUGUGACACAUGUACAUCCUUGACCUAGUGACCUCGAGAGUGGUUAUCAGAUUAAACUACUCUCCAGAAUUAUUCCUGCUGAUGUAGGGAGAACUAAACAAUACACCAGGACAAAUCAAGAAGAGCAGUCAUGUGAUUGUACAUUGUACCUUUAACGAUAGAUCUGUGCAUUUAACUACACUCAAAUAACUGUCACUAUCAACUAAAUUCAAAGUCAGGACCCGUGUGAAGUGGAUUUUGCAUGUAGUGCUAGACUUGUGUGUUUUUAGAAUCCACAGUUUUGUCUGAAUUUACAGUAUCAGACCAGGCACAUUAUAAUGAAUGGUUCUGCAACUGUAUUGCGACGAGGGUAAAUAUGCACAUCUAAACUCUGGACCAUGUGCACUGCUGAGAUGGACUUUCUGUUUUAACAACCAGGGGUCAGGUCUUGGGGGGAAAAAAGUGUGGGAACUCAGCCAAGAUCCCUGGUUAGUCCCUGAAGGAGCAACGGCAACGACGUUCCUGCUGUGAAAAAAAGUGCAGGAACGCCGUUCCCACGUGUUCCUGCAGGACUUGAGCCCUGUUAACAACCCUUUACAUAUUAAUAUUUUGCAAUAUACUGUGGUCAUUCAUGUGUUGUGUCAUUGUUUAAUUGUAAACACACAAAAUGUAGAUGGUAAAGAAAGCAUAAGUACAAUAAUAAUGAAGAUUACAGAAAUCUAUAACAUACUUUAUGCAUUAUGCUAUAUAAAAUGCAAAAAAUGUAAUCUAGUCUGAAUGAAGAUCGGGAAUAUUAACUAAUCAGACCUCUCUCUCUCAUCAGAAGAUAAAAAAAAAUCAUAAAAACCCCCACUAAACAGUUAUUUACUCAAAAUGAAACCGUGCAAAAUCUGUAAAACAUCAAAAUUAUCCUAGGAUAUCGAUAUGUUUGUAAUCUUGGAAAAGUUAUCAAAAUAAAGUGGCAUUAAUCAGAAUAUUCAAAUUAAACACAGUAUACUGUCACAUCUGUUUAUGGUAGAUACCCAUGGUAUAAAAUUAUAUUACAUUACAUUAAAUCAGGUUUGUUUAAUUAAAUUUAUUUGGAAGGGGCAGAGUAAAAUAUACUUGAAAAAUAUUUAACGUUUUAAAAUAAUGACUGGCAGAGUAGUUCUUGGAUUCCCUGACAAACUACCCAGUCUUAGAAAUUGUGGACUGGAAACUGUGGUGAAAUAACAGAGACAUUUUAAAAUGAUGCGAAUCAUCCUGAUGUCUACAAAUGUUGCUCUAGUGUCACUUUAGCAAAUUACAUACCUCUUACGUGUUAGAAGUUUUGUUCUAGGAAUAAUGAGCAAAUAAUGAGCAAAUCGCUCAAAAUAGUUUAAAAAUAUUGAAGAUAAUGUAGUUUCCCUGACAUUUUCUAAAAUUCGUAUAAUUUUCACCGUUAGUAAAAAUGUAUGGCAUUUUAUUGUCUAAUUCUAAAUGAUGAGACUUUCCUAUCAACAGCGACUUAAGGAAACAUCAGUUUUAUAUCACUAGCAGUUUCAUUUACCAAAAUAUCGAAAUAAUAAAUGGAUUCUGCUGUCACGGAAAACAGACUAGUAAACACUUUUUAUUUGAUCUGCAAAUCUAGAAGAUAAUAUAAAUCUAACACUAUCUUCUCCAAUAGAAGAAAAUGUUUGGUUCUAUUUAUCGUAUAAAGUGCUAAAUAUCUCUCUUCGUGUUUUCCAGUGCUUCUCUAUGUGAGGAAGGAGUCGGAUGAAGUAUUUGAUGCCCUGAUGUUAAAGUAUCCAACUGUGAAAGGUCUGCUGGAAGCUGUAAGUAGAUGCAUAAACUUAGAUUUUUUCAGGCAAACUUGGUAACCAGCUUUCUUCUAAUAAAGAUGGAUAUUUCUGACCUUUGCCACGUAGAAUAAAAAAAAUACAUGUUUCUCGUUUUCUUUACAAGCACUCAAUAGGAUUAGUUAUGCAGCUGUUGCAUCAUAAAUAGAAAAUAGUACAAUGCAUCAUUGCUAUGUGCUUUUCCAAACAAGUUUGUUUAUAUAUUUAGAAAUCAUGAGUGUUUAUCUGCUUGUUCCCAUUGCCAUCAUCAUCAUCAAAGCUUUUUUUUGUCUAUGAAAUUGGUACCACUUGUUUCAGAACGUUCAUUUUAAAUUCUACAUAUUCUAGUAAACUUUCUUAGUGAUCCAUAUCUUGGUGUAAAGUGACCAAAACUUAACAAUUAACUGCUUCCUUGUGACUAAACCCCUCAACAAGACAUGAGGUUCCCCACUCGCCUUCUAUUAAGUCCAAUAUAAAAGAUUUUUAUGUUUUUUUUGUUUUUUUUAACUAAAAGUUUAGCAAAAUAAAAUUCCCUGAUGGCUCUGUUCAGCAAUAGUUUAUAGCUUUGAAAGUACCAAAAUAUAUGCGAUGAUGUACUUUAGUAAAUGAUGAUAUAACAACUCUGAGUGCUGUGCUAUUACAGUGCUCACAGAUGGUUUGUACUCUACAUUUUGACAGUAAAUCAGAAUCUAUUUCCUUUAGAAGUCUACUUUGUGCUGUGAAAUUCUAUGCUACGAUAUGCAUAUGCUCAUUGUUGUUGAGGUAGAAGGCAACCAAAGAUGUAUACAUUAUGUGGUCAUUCUACCUGAAAACCCUGCUUCAUUUUAAUGACUUCCUGCGUUGUAAAUUACGUGGGUUAAGGCUGUAUAUCUUCGAUGCAAAUGUGCAUGUCAAUGGUUUGGCCAUAUAGUUCAUUAGCCCUUAGACUAAUUGUAGCAUAGGAAAUGCACUCUGUGGUUUUUCGAUUGCAUGGAAAUUACUGAAUGACGCUUGUGCAAUAGCUCUCAAGAAUACAAAUGGUUUCCAGCGUAUAUUUGUAUGUUAGUGGUUGUCGGAAACUUCCAUUAUUGUACACCUGUACCAGUUUCUUGAUUGACCACAAGAUGAACUAUUUUACCAGCAAGAAACAUCUACAGAUAGCAGUUUAAUUGAUGAAUAGCAUUGUUGAGGGUCAGGUUUGGACCCUACAUUAGCUGUGCAAAAAUAAUGUUGUAAGUUAUUGGAGACUAUUUACUAAACUGGAAUUAUAGAGUAUGUAUGAGGGGAUUGCAAGGUUUUAGACUAAAAGAGACAAAAUGGAAAAAUGGAAAAUUUGUCAAUUUGUUUUUUAUGACCUAAAAUUUUUAAUUCUCUUGCUAAUUUCCCAUAUGUCUUUCUUUAAUAAUUGAAUCUAAUAGUUUUAACACAUACAUUUCUCCAACACAAUGUAAUUGGUGAAGGGAAUGCGAUAUGGCAUUUAUCCCAACUGUUCUAGGCUACUAAUCAACAUGGAGAUUUGUUAGUUCUAACAAGGACUGAGUAAGUGUUUUGUCAAGUUUAAGGGAAGGGGUCUCGAAACCCUUAUGAUGUUUUCUCCUAUGGUAGUGCAGUUCUAGAUACCAAGAGCUACAUUUACACACACAGGUUCAUACUCCCAAACACACUCCGAUCUACACACACACACAAAUAGUGUCAGUUAUGCUGCAAAUGAAAACAAAUCAGAACAGUGUAAGUAGUGGAAAAAGACACAUGCAUCAUGUAAUGGAACACAAUAUCGUAGGACACAUCAUUCUACAAUAGUCGGACUUUUGACUGGGAGAAUUGUAUAAAUGUUACCACUGCACAGUUGGUGAUGUAGAGCUCUGUGGUAAGGUGUAUAAAUGUUUUUAGCACUUGUUCGCUCCUAGAUUUUCAGAUUGACACAUUUGUAGAGACUGAAAAUCGAAUGGUUUAUUUAACGAUGAGGAACCUCAUUUGAAGUCAAAUAUUCCACUUUCUAGUCUAAAUGGGAUGAUAAAAGUUUGGUAGACUGUAAGCUUGAGGGAAAGAACACCAUAAUUAGUCAUCUGGUUUCAUUCUGGCUAUCAAACUACGUUCCUCUCCUUUAUUCAUAAAUAAUGUGUCCAUAGUACUCUUAGAAUUUGUCGCCAUUUUAUCAAUAAAUGUUGAUAAUAAUUAAACAUUUCUAUUGAAGUGUGACUUCUCAACCUUGUUUUGUUUUUUCCUUUGCCUCCCAGAUAUCUGAGAAAUAUGGCAUUCAAGUGGAAAAGAUCAUAAAAAUAUAUAAGAAAAGCAAGAAAGGGUAAGUAAACAUCUAAAAAGUAGAUCUACCAAAAUCAGACUUAGCCAAAGUGGAGAAAACUCAAAUUCUCUUUAUAAAUGGUGCUGAACUACAACAGAAGUGAUCCCCUGGUGUCUGUUGUCCUACAGCUAUUGUCUGACCAGCCAGUUCACAGUACACUACAGGGGGUUGCUGAUAUCAUGGUCGGGUGUUCUUGGCUACAGUGUGAGCCCACCAUUCAUUUUACUUCCAAGUAAUCCAGUGUGAGGGAUAAACAAAACUAUUCAACACUCAUAGACUUUUAAGGUAUUUUAUAGUGGAUAAAGGCUCCAAUUAGUAAUAACCCUUCUUAUACUCUAACAACACUAGAAUUCUCAGGGAUUACGGUUUGUUUUGUUGUCCCCUUGUACAGUUUCUUCUAGGCUUACCUAAUUUAAAUAUGGAAAACUAAUCAUAAUUAGGGAUAUAAUCUCUAUUCAUAAACUCUGCAGUCUUACAAAUCUUCAGUUCUCCUCUUGGUACUUUGGACUAGAAUCAGAUUCUAGCAUAAUCUGGAAUAUGCCAUUGGGAGAUGUAGAAAGGAUCUGUUUGUAUUCGUCAAGCAAUUGUAUCCAUCUCACAUUGUCUAAUGUUCCUCCAGUGACCCUACAGUGAUGAAGUCCAUACGCAAACAGGAAUACUAAUGGUUUCAAUUGAAUUAUCUGUCAAAAAAAUUCCUAUUGACUAUAAAUCAGUUUUAAUCUGAAUAAGAAAUCUAAAUUUAAUGUCCCUUUAUUUAAUCACGUAUGCUACUUCUCUGCCCGGUUCUCCAGAAUUAACGCCAUGUUCCGACCUUACUUAAUUUUGUCACUGACAAACACUUCAAAUGUUCACAUAAGACCUUAAAAAAAAAAAAAAAAUCAGUUUAAAGGAUCUGUAUGAAAACUCUUAUCAAAAUGUUAUUUGAGAAUUUUUUGUUAACAAAAAUCCCCUGCUCUCUAUCUUUACACCAGCUUUCAAACCAGAUAUAAACUGUUUUCCCCAGAUAUAUAUUUUUUUAAUGUGUGUGGUAACCUUGUCAUAUUCUUAAACAGUACAGGAUCACACACACCGGCACACCAUGGUGUAUAUUUACUAGAUAUAGCAUAAAGCACAGUCAUGCUGCUGUGGCAUAAUCUGUUUCAUAUUCUUACUACUAAUGAAGAUGUUGUUCCAGAUAUAUUUAAUAUUUCUAAAUUUUAACAGAUCAGAUUAUUUUCCUACCACAGAUGUCCGGCUCACAUGGUACAUAAUUAACCAUCUGAGAUUUUACCAUCUUCUUAUGUUAUAGAUACUACAUCCGCUUUAAUUCUAUCCAUUGUUGAAAUUCCAGAACAGAACAAAUUCUGGAGAAUUCAGAGUAACAUUUUUGGCCAUCACUAGACUAAGCACUCUAAGUGUCUCUUUGCAUGUAUAUCACUUGCUCUAAGAGUUUUCAAUAGGCUGAAUGGAGAACCUCACACCACUGCCACUAAUUAUUCUAAUAUAAUAUCACAACACCUAGAUUAAAUAGGGGACUGAUUAUUUCUGUAUUUCACUACAUAUUUAUCAGGGCCACUAUCAUACCAAAAAUGCAAAUUACAUAUAUGAACCCAGCACGAGUAUGAGGCUGAUAUUUUGGUCAAAGAUUUAGUUUUUAUUUAUUUUUUUUUUUUUUAAAUUUUAUUUCUGUGUGAAAAAUCUUGUCUUAAAUAUUACAAACAGUAUGUGUCAGACAUGUGAUACUUGACGUACAUGUUAACAUUGCCUCUGUUACAUCACCAUUGUUCAUUCAUUUUUAAAUUAAACAAGUCUAUUACUAGUUACAACUUUCACAUUUUUUUGUUUUGUAUAACUUGGAGAAAAACCAGCGGUAAGCAAUUCGAAAAACCUUCUAAGGUGAGUAGUUUUCGGUGCCUGUAGUAUUGCUUGGUAUUUGGGUUGGGACUUAGUGACUUGGCCCUUUUUUGUGUAGCCCUGUAGGUGUCAGAGGGUCACAGUGUAAGUUAGGGUAUAGGACUCUGCACCUGUGUCGCCUCCCAUGUGGAAGGUAGAAAAUAAAGAAAAUCUAUAAGAAAGAGAAAUAGUUAAGAAGAAAGAGAGAGGAGGGGGGACCAGAGUUCCUCCCUGUGUGCACGGUCUUUAUGGGGGCCCUCCUGUCGAUUCUCUGCUCCUAUGAGGGAUGGGUAAUGCUGUGUCAGACAUACUCACUACUUGUCCAGGGAUCCCACAUUAUUUCAAAUUUAGUCGUGGAUCCUCUCACCCUUGCUGUUAGGUUAUCCAUUAGGUAUACCUCUUUUAUGUUGGAGAUGACCCUCUUAAUGGGUGGCAUAUCUACCUUUAGCCAAGGCUGAACUAGGGCUCUCCUAGCUGCUAAUGUGAUUUUAUGGAUCAAUUUCUGUUCUCUUUUUGUCCAGUCAUCUAGUUGUCUGUUUAGUAAGUAUGUCCAAGGGUUAAGCUCUGGAGCGCUCUGAAAAAGCUUCUUGACUAUAUUGUAUACUUUCUUCCAAUAGAUUUGUACCUGUGGGCAUUCCCACCACAUAUGGAGGUAUGUGCCCCUGUGGCCGCAUCCUCUCCAACAGUCAGAUGGUGUUUGUUUCAUGUGAUACAGUUUGACCGGGGUGGUGUACCAUCUGAACAUUGUUUUGAGGGAUUGUUCCUGGAGAGAUACACAUAUAGAUACCAAAUUAUUUGCCUCCCAUAUGUCCCUCUAUUCCACACCUUCUAGUACCUCCCCCAGUUCUCUUUCCCAUGUGUCUGUGUAUGUCAGUGCACCCCACUCCUCUAUUUCGGAACAGAUGUGUGCGUACAUCAUGGUUAUUAAUCCCUCUGGUGUUGUUUCCUUAAGGCACAUUUUCUUGAAGAAGGUCAAAGGUCCCUUCCCCGCUUUUUGUAUUUGGGGGUGUUGUGGGAAGUCUUUUAGUUGUAGAUACCGAAAGAAAUCUGCGGGCGUGAGAUGUGCUUUCUGUUUGAGGUGUUCAAAUGACACUACAUCAUUGUCCUCAAACAUGUGGCAGAUUCUUUACAAUCCCACUUUUUCUAUGUUUGCGAACUCUCUAGGUGCCAUACCUGAGAGGAAGGGCUCUAUUUCUCAGUAGGGGUGUUAAUGGGGAUGGCAAAGGUCGCCAGUUUGUAUUUGUGUGCCGAAGUAUCCCGUAUUCUUAGGGAGUUUAAUAUUGCCGGGCAGUUUGUUCUCAAAAUUGGCCUAUCUUCUUUGGGUACCCACAUGUGGUAUUGGGGUAGGUCUGGUCCAGUUAGGAGGGACUCUAAGUCUACCCAUCUUCUUAUUUCCAGUGGAGCGUGCCACAUGGUCACCUGGGCAAGUUGUGCUGCUAAAUAAUUAAAAUAUAAAUGUGGUAGUCCCAGUCCCCCUCUCUGUUUCUGUCUGUAUAGGAUGUUUCGAGAUAUUCUAUGGCGUCUGUUCUGCCAUACGAAAUCUCCAAUAGCUUUUUGUAGUGGGGCUAGAUCUGAUUUUAGGAGCUUAAUGGGUAGUGCCUGGAAGAGGAACAAUAUACGGGGCAAUACAUUAAUUUUUACCGCAUGAAUAUGUCUGAUCCAAGAAAUGGGUUUAUCUAGCCAUUUUUCCAUAUCCUGCAUCAGUGUUCGUAUGAGCGCCGCGUAAUUCAGUUGGUAUAUUUUGGUCGGAUCGCUCGGUAAUUGGAUCCCUAGAUAUUUUAUGUGGCCCUUUGCAAUGGGGAUGCUAUGAUUUGCUCGUAGUGCCGCCGUGUCUGUCGCAGACUGGCCCAUCGGCAGAGCGCUGGAUUUUUCUAAAUUGGUCUUGUAACCCGAGAAAGCUCCGAAUUGUGUGAGGACUUCCUGUAGGGCGCCCCUGGAUUCUUUCGGGUUUGUGAGUGUCAGGAGGACGUCGUCCGCAUAAACGGAUACGAAGAAUUCCUGUCCUCCCACCGUAAUCACUUGUAUGAGAGGGUGUUGACGUAGAGCUUGUUAAAGUGGUUCCAGAGUGAGCAGGAAUAGGGGGCACCCCUGCCUUGUUCCGUUCCCCAGCUUAAAGGGUUUAGGCCUGGCGCCAGCGAUUUUCACUUGUGCGUACACCUGGUUAUAAAUGGCUUUAAUGGUGGACACGUAUUUUUCCAGGAAUCACAAAAACGUCAGGAGAUUAAAAAGAUAGGGCCAUUCUACCCUAUCAAAGGCUUUCUCCGCAUCUAUCAAUACUAUUACGGUAGGUGUGUCCGUGGUCGUUUGUCGCCAAAUGAGGUCGAUGUUUCUUCUGGUGUUCUCAAGUAGUUGUCGGUCGGGUAUGAAACCCACUUGGUCCGGGUGGAUUAGGGUUUUUAAAAAGGUGUUGAGACGGUCUGCCAGAAUUUUCGCUAGGAUCUUUAUAUUGUGAUUGAUAAGGGAGAUGGGUCUGUAGUUGUCUGGGAGUAAAGGGUCUCUCCCAGGUUUGUGGAGUAGUAUUAUGUUAGCCAUUGACAUCUCCCUCUUUGGGUUCCCACCUUCCAUAAAGUCGUUGAAGAGCCUUUCCAAGCGGGGUGAGAGUUCUUCUCUGAAGGUUUUGUAAUACACUCCGUCUAAUCCGUCUGGUCCCGGGGCUUUAUUGCCUUUGAGGCCUGCAAUUGCCUUAUCUAUGUCUUCUCCUGUAAUGUUAUCGUUCAAUAGUUGAGCUGCUGCUGUUGGGAGUUUUGGUAGGUCGAGAUUUUUCAGUAAGGCUCUCAUUCCCGAUUCCGUCUCUUCCUGUGCCGUAGGGUCUCUGGGUGUGUGAUUGUAGAGCUUCUCGUAGUAGUCUGUGAAGACCUGAGCUAUGUCUGAGGGGGUAUUUUUGAUGGAACCAUCUUUGUUUGAUCGAGGUGAUGUGUGCCCUGUCCUGUCGUGUAUGUAGUGUCCUAGCCAAUCGAGUGUCCAUCUUAUUUGUUUUCUCAUAAUAAGAUCUCUUAGUGAUUCUAGUAGUUGGGCAAGUCUCUGCGUCUUUUGAGCUUUUUUUCCGUGUGGCCAAAUUGAUGCAUUUGCCCCUAAUUAUGGCCUUGUGUGCGGCCCAUAUAAUGCCUGGGGACAUGUCCUCCAUUUCGUUUGUGGUGAAGUAAUCUUGAAGUUCUUUUCGGAUUGCUCCCUGGGAUUCACGGUCUCUCAACAGGUGGGGGCUCAAUCUCCAGUUCCAUGGUGAAGCCGUACUUAGAUUUCCCAAUGUCAACGAUAUGUCAGCAUGGUCUGACCACUUAAUGGAACCUAUCGUCGAAUCAACCACUCUGGCCAUACUAACAUUAUUCACCAAGAAAUGAUCUAUCCUGGAGUACGUCCUGUGCGGGGCAGAAUAGAGGGUGUAGUCUAGCGAACUCGGGUGUUGAGCCCGCCACACAGUCCAGGCCGUGCUAUUCUGAGUUGGCUCUGUCGCCCGUUUUGGAGCAGCGGCCUGUCGGGUGCCCCCUAGGGUGACACCAACCUUUGGUGAGGUUGUAGGCAGAGGAUCAGGGUAUAUAUUGAGGAUGGGGGUCUGGGGCGAUAUAGGUGGGCUAGCGGAUGCCGUUGUAGAAGUUCGGUAACUGUCGUUUGGGUGUUCGUGGGCUUUUCCGUUACACUUCCCUAUGUCGGAUGCCAUGUCAUGUCCCGGUCAGGUUUACUUGGAUUGAUUAGUGUGGGGGUAAGUAGUUUUGGUGUGGUGAAUAUGCGACCCCCUAUUUGUGGCUGGGGCUCAGGUGUGCCCUUGUCUCUGUGGGCUUUUCAUUUACCCCUCUAUUUGCUCGUAAUGUCCAGUCUGCUCUGAUAUUUAAUGCUAUCGUAUUAAUGUAGGGGAUAUUGGAGUAGGACCUGGGUUAUCCUGUAGUCUGGGUAUAUUUAACAUCGGGAAGUGGUUUUUAAGAAAUUGCGUAGCUAAUUGGCGUUAGUGUGUCAGUGUCUGGUCCUUCUGUAUUGGACCCGUGACCCGUGUGUCCGUCGUUUGCUAGGGCUUUAGUAUGUCAGUGCCUUGGGGGGUUCCUGAGUCUCCCUAACUAUAUCCCAGUGUUAGAGUAAAUGUUGAACCUUAGUUUUAAGCAGUUACAAUAAACAUGAAAGGUACAUAACUGAGAGAUAACUAUAAUUGCCGGGAGGCCCCUCGUGGAGGAGGAUGCUUGCCGUUCAGGCGUGUAAUAAAGUCAGCGAUUCUCAUCCUUAGUGUGUUCCCCAAGACCUCGGUGCUAGGUUGCCAGCGUGGCUACAUAAAGACCUUCUUCUAGCUGGUUGUCUGCAUGUACUUUCCAGUUUGGGUUAUAUGUUUUUCCGGCUUGGGGCUCUAGUCCCUGUCCAUGUCCAUGGCCCUUCCCCCGUCCCCCCGACCCCCCUACCAAGUUCCCGGUACCCGGGGAAGUCCGGGGCUUAAUAGCUGUUGGAAAGGGAAAAUAUUGUGCCCAUUGUGUGGAAUGUCUGAUCCCAGUCUGUUUUUUCAAAGAAAAACCCCCUCCCCACAGUGUCUGUUAUGCCCUUCCUUUUAUCACUGGCCGGUUGGCUCCAUGAGUGAGCAUAGGCCCAGUUGGCCCUACGGUGUAAUGUACCCCCGGUACCUCACUCUCUGACGGUCUGCUAUUCUCUUGGAAGAGGUGGGAGUUCUCCUGUUCCCGUUAGCAUGGCAGGCACCUGCGCUGGAGUCUGGAGUCCCAGGUCUGCGAAUAGUGCUGAGGCGUUAUCUCCUGGUUGUAAGACGUGUGUUCUGCCAUUUUGGAAGGCCAGUAGUUUAAAGGGGUAACCCCAUGCGUAGCGAAUGUUCGCUGCUCUUAAGGCUUCUAUAAUAGGUUUCCACUCCCGCCUUCUUUGUAAGGUGGCCGGUGCCAGGUCUUGAUAUAGAGUCAGGUCGGAUUCUUGGUAUGAGAUUGUACCGUCUCUGCCUCUUUUGAUUAGCGCUUCUUUGGUCUGAAAGUGUAGGAAGCGGAUGAUGAUAUCCCGCGGGGUCUUCGCGUCCAUCCUCCUGGUGCGCAGGGCUCUGUGUGCUUGCUCUAUGUGCCAGAGAUGAUCUGGUAGGCCUGGGAGCAGAGGCUUGAGGAUUGCUGUCACUAUAUCGAUCACCGGGCCUUCCCCUGUCACCUCUGGUGAGCCCCUGAGGCGCAUGUUGUUCCGACGCGAUCUGUUCACCAUGUUCUCUAUGGCAAGUUCAGCUGCAGCCAUCCUGGUGGUCAGUUGAUUAAUCUGGAGGAUCGCUGUAUUGUGAGCGGCUGUAGUGUCUUCCAGGCGAUUUUCCAACCUCGUGGUGCGGUCGCCUAUGGCCUGUAUUUCUCCUCUCAGAACGCGUGUGGAGUGCUCUAUCUCCCCUGCCAGGUAAUUUUUUUUUACCUCCGUCAGGGUUGCCAGAAUCGUUGCGGUCUCUGCUGUAGCAUUUGGUGUUCCCCCCAGUUGCGGCUGCAGUUUUUGUCGGCGAUCCCUGUGAUCCCACGGUUUCCACAUCAGCGUCGCCGCCAUAUUGUGGGCCCGCGGGUCCUGCGCGUGGGCCCGAGAAAUAUUCUGCUACGGAGGCUCCCAAUUCCUGGCCCUUCUUUGGUUGUUUUUUGGCCGGUCUCUUCUCCAUCUUGAUGAGCUUGUUUUGUAUAUUUUUAUGAGUUUAGCACGCGUGUAUAGGCUUUCUAGUGGUGUGGUCGGAGCGGAGCUCUAGGCAAACACGUCCAGGCCAGGCCCUAAUUUUUUUUUUUUUUUUUUUAAAUGCUGUUAUAUAACCAUAAUCUGCAGCACAUAUUGCAAAAAUAAUUUUCAAAAAACAUUGCGUUCGUUACUGCAUCUUCCCUUUUAGAAGUGGAUCAUGUUUUAAGGUCCUAGUGCACCUACCCUUAUACAGAUUAAGGUUACAAGAUACACCUGCUAUUCUCUAAAUGAGAGUACAAAUAUAUAUAUAGAGAACCAGGCAAUAAAAAAAAAUGCAUCCCUUUGUACAAUUUUAGGAACUGAUUGUGUUUGUAAACUAUGCCAUAAGAUCUUUUUAAAUAAAAUAAACCAAUUUUCAAAGCUUUGUAGCAUCUGUUGUUGCAGUGUGCAGUGAAUCACACAGAUUAAGUGGAUAAUGAACACAACGGCUUUUAAAAUGAGCAAUUCUUUGUUUUUUCCUGUAAUACAAUGUUUUGGCCACCACCACCGUGGCUUUUCUGAAGCACUGCUCAGAAACUGUGUAAAUAGUGCAGGAAUAUGAGCCCAAGAAUUCUCAUGCAUUCUGCCAGUAGAAAUCUUUUUGUGCUUUUUCAUUACGUUGCUGAAUGAGACUGCUUGUGCCGUAAUACUGAAUAAGCAUUAGCUUUUAUUAAAAAGUAUUCUCAAUAUGGUAUGACAAGUGUAACCACAUACUACGGAGGGAUCUCCUUACAGUCAAUUUAAAAAUGGUCAUAUUUUAUGUAUUGUCUUUAUCCUCACAGACAGAUAACUAUAUGUAAAGAAACAUAUAUUAGGAUAAUUACAGAUAUUUGCACACUUAUGAAAUAAGAUAUAAUGAGCUUUAGCUUUGCAUAGACAUGGAUGGCGAGUAAUAUAAGGUAACCUUCAGGCAGGGACAGUGGCAGACUAUUUUGCACCCUAAGUCAGAUUAGCUACGUGCACCCCAACUCGACCCAAAACAAAAAUCGCCAACUUUGUGUCUCUUUCUCCCCAACCCCUUUGUGUUUUCCCCCUUCCCAGUCCCUCUGUGUGCCUCUUCGCCCAUAGCCCCUCUGUGUGCCUCUUCGCCCAUAGCCCCUCUGUGUGCCUCUUCGCCCAUAGCCCCUCUGUGUGCCUCUUCGCCCAUAGCCCCUCUGUGUGCCUUUUCACCCAUAGCUCCUCUGUGUGCCUCUGCGCCUCUAGCCCCUCUGUGUGCCUCUUCGCCUCCAGCCCCUCUGUGUGCCUCUUCACCACAGAACAACUUGAAUUUCCUACUGCUUGGGUUCGAUAAGGUGCUAGAAAAAUACUAUUGGUAUUUUGGUAUUUGUUAUCUUAAAAAUCACAACACAGUUCCUGGUGUUUGGUUUUUUGUUUUUGUUUUUUUUUUUACACACAAUCAUGAUGUGAGUCUGCAGUUCUGCCUCUACCCAGGUGUGCUUCAUAUACCCAUAGAUUUUAUCCUUCGUCACUACUACAUUGCAGGGUUUCGCUUAUUGCUCCAAAGCUAAGACUAAAGUAGACAGAGCCAAUUAAAGUAACUCUCGCAAAAACCUUCGCUGUGCCAAUAAAGGACUUCUUAUCUGAUAUACUCAGCCAUGUUGUAGGAAGUCAAGUGAGCAUCUUGGCUUCCUGAGUCAUUUUUUAUUUAGUGGGAUCUUGGUGCAGAAGCUACAAAGCUUGGGGAUUUGCAGCAUAUACAGGUUUUUCAAUUGUCUCUCUCAUUUAUCUUAUUUUUUAUUUUUAAAAUUUAUGCUUUCUGUAUUCUUUUGCAAACCAUGAAGGAAUGCACACAAUCACUAGAAGCACUCAGAUUUGCUUUGACAUUCAAAUCUCUUGGACCUAAUGAGGGCAAAGAGAAAAAUAUUCCCACAUGUUCACACCACCAACACUGUAGAUGACCGCAAUUGAACGUGGCAUGAUCUUCUGCUGUAGUAUCCCAAACAAUUUGCAAUAAGCUAUUUAUUAAGAGAUGCAAUUUCUGUAUAGAAUAUGUGUCAUCUCGUUAUCCGUUUGCACACAUUUGGCCCUUCUCAUCUGACUUUUGCAACAAAGAGGAGUUAGGCGCUCACUAAAUAAACUAAAGGUGGGCAGCAGUGAACCAAGCAGGAAUUCCCAAUACCUGCUCACAGUAGUAAAACAGAAGAGACAAAAGUGGUAAACCGCGCCCAAACAGUGCAAAUAAUAAUUAAAAUAUAUACAUACAGAGAGUCCUCUAAUUAGGAAUGUAUAAAACCUUCAAGACAAAAAAGUACAGAACAAUAAUAGUGCAAUAUGUCAAGUGAAAUAAGAGUAUAUAAAAGCUUAUAAAAGACUCACUCACACUUUGCAGAGCUACUCAGAGCUCUGCCGUAUAGCGCCUAGACGGUAUAAUCCCCGUCUCAGGAUAUCAAGUGAUUUACCACUUUUGUCUCUUCUGUUUUCAUCUGACUUUUGGGCUUUUUUUUUCUGUGAACUUCACAGACUGUUGAAUAAGUUAUGUGUAUCUUGACAAUUGUGCCAUGGACAAAGACAAAUUCACAUCUACCAUAUCAUAAUAUUUGGCCAUACAAUGAGCAAACGUUUUGACUGUGCUUGCAUGUUUAAAGGGCCACUAAAGUCAACCAGACCCCUUCAUCUCCGUGCAGUCAUCCUGUCGUUUUAACCCUUCAUUGCAAAACAUUACAAUUUUGUAGAAACUAUUUACAUUCUAGGGUUAAAUAUACUUAAAGUGGCUGUCUUCCUCCUCCAGAACUCAGUGAUACUGAAAGCGACAUUUGAUUGGAAGAAUGUGGCGAUUUGGCCACGUUGACUAUUUUCAACCCAUAACUUACUCUUGCGUCUUUAAAGACGAGGGGGGUGGGGGAGACUGGUUUUGGUUUUCUCAGGUCUAUUGGUUCUCUUUAGCACGUUGAGUUGCAGCUAUAUAACUCACCGGCAUUCUAUUCGUAUGUGUGCUUAUAUAUUUCAUUUACACAGACGCAAGUAAUCCCCAGUGUGUGUACUUGAAAACUACAGCGAUUUAAUUUAUCUUUUCUGGUAAAAUAAUGUUUGAGAAGAAAACGUUUUAGAAUUCCACUUAUAUUUACAGCAGUAAUGUGAGAAGUACACAUGAAUUGGUAUAUCUUACAUCUUUUUACAUUUUAUAUAUUAUCUCUUGGUUAUUCAUUUUAAGGGCCAUUUCUCAGGACUUUUAUUUACUAUGUUUAAUUAUCCCUAUAUUUAACAAAUAAGUAUUUGUGGAGUGUGAAAAGGUAAAUUUAAAUGUGGGAAUGCACACCUGUUUAUCAUGCUUCUGUGCACCUCCAUUUUAGCUCCCUGUCACUCAUUGCUGUAUGCUCUGUCAGUUGCACCUGGCAAUUAGCACAAAAAGACAAGGAAAAAUGUAACAGUUUUUCAGUUUCUCCUCUUCAUUUACAAUGUAGGCCCUGUCUUUGACAUGUUUGAACUGGAUUCUGGUGCCAUUUUUAAAAAUAUUUAAUUUAGGUUUAAAAUAAAAUGGAUUAUCUGAUGCAAAAAAUGGUUAACAUGUUUCAAGUGAUUUUCAAUAAUUUAUACAAAGAAGUGACCGUUUCCAUGUAAGUGGCAGUUGACUAGUGAACUGUAAAAUUCUGCCCAAAAUAGCAGAACUACAAAAAUCGCUUUGCUGGAUAUUGGUUACAGUUUAGCUAAUUUAGAUUGCAGUGUACGACUUGUCUUAUUCGUACUGUAUUAGACAGUUUACUAAUGGAAAAUAAAAAAACAAAACUGUAUAAGUGAUCCUUUUAUUAGUUAGCAAAAGAGGGACUUAUUACAAGCUAUCAUGCCAAAGGUUUGGUUUUCAGGCAAGUUUCUUGGGUUAACCUCCGGCAUAUACGUACAUAGAACAAAAAGUUAACCCGCACACUAUCCCAAAUCACUACAUAAUUUAAAUAACGGGAGGUUUUAUAGCACCACUCUAAUGGGCAUUAAAGUGUAAGCUCACCUGCCACGUCAAGGCUUGCUGUUUUUUUUAUAGCUAAAAUGAGACAGAAAAUCGGUAUUUUGUUGACCCCUUACACACUUAUUAACCCCUAAUAGGCCAACAUGUGCUGGGAGGCAGCACUGUAACAUGAGUGUGAGUGUGUAAUACAAAAGCAAACACCGCAAACUGGGUGGCAGCAAUCGCUACAGUAUAUAUCAACCCCGAUACAUAGAACACACAAAGUUACCUGCACACUAUACAAAUCCUUAUGUACAUUUAAAUAACUAGAGUAGAGGUUACCUGCACACUAUACCACAUUCCUAUGUGCAUUCAAAUAACUAGACGCAGGGGUAGGCAACCGUCGGCACUCCAGAUGUUGUGGACUACAUCCCCCAUAAUGCUUUUACACCCAUAAUACUGACAAAGCAUCAUGGGAGGUGUAGUCCAAAACAUCUAGAGUGCCGAAGGUUGCCUAUACCUGCACACUAUACCAAAUUCCUAUUCACAUUUAAAUAACUAGAGGUUACCUGCACACUAUGCCUAAUCCCUAUGCACAUUUAAAUAACUAGAGGUUUUGUUUUUUUAAGUAUUACUUCAAUGGCUGUUAAAUAGUGAUGUCAGCAGCAGACCCUCCCUCCCAGACCCUCCCACUUCCUGGACAGCAUCCAUUUUGAAGCUGCAUUCUUAGUGAGCUGUCCAGGAGGUGAGAGGGUCUGGGAGGGAGGGUCUGCUGCUGAUUGGCUGGAAUGUGUCUGCUGACUGUGAGGUACAGGGUCAAAGUUUACUCAAUGAUGAGUCCGUGGCGAACCGUUCGGGACAUCACUGUUAAAGUAUAAGCUGACCUGUAUAUAGUUAGGAAAAAGACAAAAUACAAAUACAGAAAUAAAAUUAGGAUGAAACAAUGUUUGAAAUUUUAAUUUUAGCUUUCUUUUUUUCUUUUACUUAUUAGAAUCUUGGUAAACAUGGAUGAUAACAUAAUCGAGCAUUACUCCAAUGAGGACACCUUCAUACUGAAUGUGGAAAGUAUAACCGAGCAAGGUUUCAAAAUCACGUUGACCGAAAUUUAACACAGUGAUGGACAUAUGCCUGAUGAGUUGUUACAGAGAAACAAGUGAUGGAACAUCUUAAGAACAUUCUGCACUUAUCAGAGACAUUGAUAGAGACGAUCGUGAAGACCUUGUUCUUGUUUAGCAGGGCAACGGAUCGAUUUCAUAAUUUAAUGGAAAGCUGGACUACUGGUAUUAUUUAUUGCAGAUCACUUUGUAAUUAAGUGGUACGUAAGUGACCUAUUUAGAUGGAUUAACUGGAAUCUUCUUUGUAGUCUUUGUCAUUUGUGAUGGAGUAAAAGUGGAUAAACUGAAUACCCAGAACUUCUUUAGAUUAUUGUCCACAGAUUAUAUAAAAUAGCCAUGAAGAUCGAGAAAAUGGCUAUUCCGGAAGAAGAAACCAACUUGUAUACCAAACGCGCAGGGAGAAUUUAGUCGGUCUAAUUUCUGAAUACAAUCGACACCCAGAAUGCAGAUUUAUUUGUAUUUAUUUUUUUAAUAAAACCCUUCAAAUCACUGCAACAAUGUAAAUACUCUAUUUGACCCAAAUUAUACCAUUUGUAAUAUUUGACAAAUGGGUGUAAAGUGAAUGUACAUAAGAUAUAACAGUAGGUUUAAGAAAAUAUUUUGUAAGUUAAUCCAAGGAAAAACCUAAAAAAAUAGAAAUGUUUUGUAAUAAUGUGCAAUAUUGUAUUUGUCAUGUUUUACAUUUUUUUACUGCCAUUGUGGCAUUUAUAUGUUUUGCCUUCAACAUUUUCCUUUUUUUCUAUUAUUAUUAUUAUUGCUAUACCAUUUUGUCUGUUGUUAUAGUAAGAUUUAAGAAUCUUUGAAAUGGACCAAUUGUGACAUAUGAAAUGAUGACCAAUCUUAAAUAUUUACAGUGAAGAAUGUCUGCUUUUACACAUAAUGUGUGUAUUUUUUGUAAUAUAUUUUGUAAAAUUCUUCCACACUUCAUCUCGAAUAUUCCAUUGCAUGAUUUCAUGGGGUAUCUAUGUAAUUGGAUAUUUUUAAUAAUCAACUGGAUUUCUUUAACAUAUUUGUUGUAUGUCCAUAUUUAAAAAAAAAAAAAAAAUUUCAGCCAAUGUGAAAUAAGUAGCCAAAUGUACUCUAUGUAUUCAUAUUUUUAUCAAAAUCUGUGUAAUUUUUAUUUUAAUUUUUUUUUUUUUUGGACAUGCUUGCAAUAAGAUGUAUUUUGACCAUUUUAGUUGUGAAAAUUGCUGUUUUUGUUUGUAGCCCAAAAUUGAAUCAAGAUCAUGGCAAUGCAAGGCCUAUUAUUGCUGGUUUAUAUAAAUACUGUAAACAUGGGUGUAUAACCAUUUAUAUAAUAUAUUUAUAAAAUAUAACAGAUGCUGGCAGCGCUCACUGCUUGGGGAAAAAAAAAAGCCUUUUGUGUGAAAUAAUUUGAUAAAGUAAAUAACCUGCACAGGACUAAAUUAAAAAUCCAAACAUUUUAAUAAAAUAGUUAAAAAAGUGAGAAAAUUAUAAAGAUAAAUUAGAUAAUUAUAAUAUUAUGUAGUAGUCACGUAUGCUCAUGCAAAGUUUUGUCCUAUAGUUAAGUCAGAUGUAAAUUUUCUACGACUAUAUCUUAAAUAGUGCAGACAGGGGUAGCCAGAUGUUGUAGACUACAGCUCCCAUAAUACUCCUGAAGCUAUAAUGCUGUUAAAGGACCACUAUAGUGCCAGGAAAACAUACUAGUUUUCCUGCCCCCACCCUCAGGGUCCCACUCCCGCCAGGCUGGAUGGCAAGGAAAGGGGUUAAACUUACCUUUUUUCCAGCGCCGGGCAGGGAGCUCUUCUCUCCGCCUCCAAUCCUCCUCUUCGGCUGAAUGCGCAUGCGCGGCAGGAGCUGCGCACGCAUUCAGCCUGUCUCAUAGGAAAGCAUUCAUAAUGCUUUCCUAUGGACGCUGGCGUCUUCUCACUGUGCUUUUCACAGUGAGAAGCACACAAACGCCUCUAGCGGCUGUGAAUGAGACAGCCACUAGAGGCUUUAGAGGCUGGAUUAACCUAUUUAUAAACAUAGCAGUUUCUCUGAAACUGCUAUGUUUAUAAAAAAAAAGGGUUAAUCUUAG